AUGGCGGCGCCCAGGAGCCUUGUGGACAUGCUUCCGCGGUUGUUCAGGGGUAGGUGAAUUCUGCGCGCUUGUGGUAUUCCUGAAGGGGGUGUCCCCGCAUAUGGGGGAAAGCGCGGGAGAGGAAUUGCGGGCUAUACUACUGAGGGGAAGAGGAACUGCGCGCGCUUCUCUCCCUCGUGCGCACCCCUGGCAGGGGAAAGAUGCCGAGGAAAGCCGCCUUUCGUUCUGAAGUGCACCAUAAAUAAAUGCAUGUUUGUUGUCCGCUCCCCUCCCUGUCAAGUGAGGGGGCACUUGGCCGUUUUGCAUCACGGGCUCAAAAAAGUAUUGGGCUGCAACGCUGUACCAGUUUGUCUGGAAGCGAGCGCCGCUGAACUCAGUAGGAUUUACUUCUGAGUAGGCAGGCGCUGUGGGUUAAACCACAGAGCCUAGGGUUUGCCGAUUAGAAGGUCGGCGAUUCGAAUCCCCGUGACGGGAUGAGCUCCCAUUGCUCGGUCCCUGCUCCUGCCAACCUAGCAGUUUGAAAGCACGUCAAUGUGCAAGUAGAUAAAUAGGUACCGCUCCGGCGGGAAGGUAAGCGACGUUUCUGUGCGCUGCUCUGGUUCGCCAGAAGUGGCUUAGUCAUGCUGGCCACAUGACCUGGAAGCUGUACGCCCGGCUCCCUCAGCCAGUAAAGCGAGAUGAGCGCCACAACCCCAGAGUCGUCCGUGACCUAAUGGUCAAGGGUCCCAUUACUUUUUAGGCAGGUAUAGGAAUGCGCACCAGUGCUGUGAAGCCCCAGGUUGGGAUUCGUAGUUUAUGUGACUGGAAAGUGGAAGGGGGGGAGAGAAAUGAUAUUCCAGUCCAGACCAUCGUAUCAACAACACAAAUAUGAAUUAUGACUUCUCUCUAGGUUUAGUGCCCUGUUUCAAAGCUGGCAACGGUAUCUUCCUAGGGAAUGAUGGUGUGAUUUAGCAUAUUUAGCAUACCUUCAUAUAAACUGAAUAUAUGAAGCUGCCGUACUCAGAUGGUUGGUUCAUCUUGCCUAAUGCAGUGCUUGCAUGAGCCUGGCAGCCUGAGGUCCUGAAGGUGGUAAUGAUUGUGCUUAUCACUUAGCUAUGGUCCCUACUUGGGGUUCUUGUACAAAUAUAGAUGUGGUUAGCCUGUUGGUGGCUGGUGCUUGAGUCUAUCGAAAUUAGAAACCAAAGAUGUGCAUAAAUAGCCUUUGACUAGUUGUCAAAUUACUCCUUAAAGUGGACAGCUCCCAAUAUGAUUUCUAAGGAGAAGUGACAUAACCAGGCUUUUUUCAGCUUGUCUAGUGUGGUUAGGGCAAACAGUCUUCCCAUGGCUUAUAUUUCACUUUAUUACACUGGAGAAAUAACAAGAUUAGUAAGCAGAUAAGAUUUGGAUAAAUAUAUCAUUUGUGAUUUUAGCAGGCCAGGGAAUAGCAUUUUGUGUAAGUCAGGCAAGUUAUGUAUUAACAUUGUGAACAGGUUUUUUUGUGGGGGGAGCAGAAGGAGCUUGAGCAACUGUGAGCACUGCACUGGCAGAGUAAUGAAAACUAAUUUAGAAAGAAAUAAUGGCAAGAAAUUUAUUCAAAUGGCUCUUUGUGGAAGUAGAAAUAUUUAAAAGCACCUUAAAAAUUUAAAAGCAAGCAGCCGUUACUAGUAGCUGCUAAGCUAUAAUUCCUUUGAAAUGAGGGGCAAUUCUUAUAUGUUCUGCCAUAUUGUGCAUUAAAUUUUAAAUACCAUGGCCCCAGUCUAUACAAAGCUACUCCCACAUUUCUUUGAAAUCAACAGGACUUAAGCUACCACACAAUUAUAUGCAUGCUUACAUGGAAGAAAGUCUUAUCAGUUAAAUCAAACUUAUUCUCAGGUAAGUGUGCAUAGGAUUGAAGACUUGGGUGCAAGUCAAACCCUCACUCCUGACAGUGAUGCCAUUUCUGCAUCUGUAGUCCAGCCUUUCACGGUGGCUAUGGCAGAAGGGAAGGACCUGGCCUGAUCUCUGCACCAACUCCAGGCUGCUGCAACCACUGGGUCUGGAUCAGGCCUGAUGCCAGUGGAUCUUGGGCCAGCUCAACACCACCUCUUCUCCAUUCUCAGAAUGUCCCAUUUCAGGACUUUCUGCUGGCAGGGAUAUUGCCAGAGCGCUACCACCUCUCUGUUUGGAAGGUAGAAGUAGGAGAUUGAUUCUGACAGAGAUGCUUGUGCUUCUCCAUUAGCAGUAACCAGUGAGAGUCUGAUUCCUCCUGCAAAGCUGAGCAAAGGGACACCUCUACUCAAUCCAACCUGGAGCAAGGGGUGGGCUUGGAUUUUUCGGUCAGUUGCAACUAGCUCCCCCGCCCCCCAUUGUUUGCAGAAGAGCUUUACUAGCAUAUCUAAGUCUCUGGAUCGGAGCACUAGCUUCAGGGACAAUUUGGAAGGCCGGAAGGAGAAGGCCUUUGCUGAACCAACUCCCUCCCCUUAAAUAAUGGUGCAAAAUGGUGGUAAUCGUUCUAGGCUGGCCUUCCCCAACUGGAUGCCCUCCAAAUCUGUUGGAUUACAACUCCCAUCAUCCCUUAUCAUCGGCCAUGCUGGGUGAAGCUGAUGGGAGUUGUAGGUGGACUAGGACCUGAGGAUUCUCAGCCACAUGGAGCCCAUGGGGUGAUUUUGGGCCAGUCACUAUCUCUCAGCUUAACCUACCUCACAAGGCUGUUGUGAGACUAAAAUGGAGAGGGGGAGAAGCUUGUAUGCCACCUUGAGCUCCUUGGAGAAUAAUAAUAAUCAAUAAUAGCUAUAAAUGAAAUAAUAAAACAAGUAAACAUCCAGAGGGCACCAGCUUGGGGAAGGCUGGUCUAAGGCACUGUUAUAGUCUACACUGGCAUGAUUGAUUAUGCUAUUGUAGUAGAUUGUAAAUGUUCUAAUUAUGCAUUGGAACAGCUCUCAAGUAUUAGCAAUAAUUGCAUCAGGGUGACACUCCCAUUGCUAAUAACAAAAAAUCAGGAUAAUGCCCUUUGAAAACCAUCUUAAAGGGGCACGAGAGACUGCAGUAUCCUUAUGUGCACUGAUUUACUGAUUUUGAAAAGCUAAAUCAUUACGAAGCAGGCACUCUGCGCAUCGUCGUGUAAGUGGCUCUCAAUCUUCAGAAAUAUUCAGUUCCUGGAUAAACGCUUGAUUUUAUAUUUGAAGUCCAAAAACAAAUAGGAAGGCUAUAAUUUUUUUCUUCUCAUUUGUGACUUCUUGAACACGAAGGCUCAGGAUGUUGACCUAUAAGAAAAUAAUCAUGUUUAUGAGAAGAAGUCACUUAUUCAGUCAAUUUCUUCUUGCCUCUGUGUUCAUACUAGUGCAGAGUGAUGUCUUCUGUGGCUCAAAAAGGAAAAUGGAGGGGAAGGUUGUUUAAAUUUUGAUUUACUGCAAAAAAAGAAGUUAAAAGUCAUGAAGUUGUACUCAGUAUGCAUUUCUAGGUAAUAUCUUUAAGAAGAGUGCCUGAAUGGAUUUAUAGAGUUUGUAGGGGGCCUUGUAAUAUUAGAAUAUCAAGCAGAACCUUAUUCUGAGUGAGGUUUUCUUUUUUACUGGACAGCACUUUCUACAAUUCCUGCCACUAGGAAGAGGAAAGUGUCCCAUAUCGUAACAUUCAUGAGUGCUUUUCUGUGCCAGGAGCCUGCACGUGCUUGGCAGUUGCUUUUGUAAAACUGGACCUGUAUUGUAUGUAGAUACAUAAUAAUAAUAAUAAUUUAUACCCCACCCAUCUGGCUGGGUUUCCCCAGCCACUCUGGGCGGCUUCCAACCGAAUAUUAAAAACAAUACAGUGCCAGACAUUAAAAACUUCCCUAAACAGGGUUGCCUUCAGUUGUCUUUUAAAAGUAAAAUAGAUGUUUAUUUCCUUGACAUCUGCUGGGAGGGCGUUCCACAGGGCAGGCGCCACUACCGAGAAGGCCCUCUGUCUGGUUCCCUGUAACCUCACUUCUCGCAGGGAGGGAACCGCCAGAAGGCCCUUGGCGCUGGACCUCAGUGUCCGGGCUGAAUAAUGGGGGUGGAGACACUCCUUCAGGUAUACAGGACCAAGGCCAUUUAGGGCUUUAUAGGUCAGUACCAACACUUUGAAUUGUGCUCGGAAACGUACUGGGAGCCAAUGAAAAACAGCGAUCCCAUACAGGAAAUGUUCCCAGUGUUGUGCCCUCUGUCAGGGUUCUGGGAAGAGAUACAUUACUCAUCUGUGCUUUAUUUCUUUUUUUGGUUGUUGGAUGCUUGUUGUUUGUGAAAGAUUCCUCCUUUGUGCGAAGUUUCUCCAUCAGCAGUCUAUACUUGUAUGCUCAUAGUGCUAAAGACAUUGGGGUGGAGUAACACAGCCUGCAUCAAAGCACACCUUGAUAUAUGAAAUCUUGCAAUUGCUGCAUCUUGCAUAGCUAUCAGUGUGCUGUGAUUGUUUUCCUACCAUCUGUGGCUUUGGAGGCAAAGGCAGGGGAACAGUGAGGCUCUCUGUGGACUUUUAAAAGAAGAGUGUUUUAGCUUUAUUAGGGUAGUGAUACAUUGUGGGUUUAAAUGUGUAUGAGCUGUGAGGGAGAAUAGGCUCUGAACUACACUUCUCACUUUUUCCCACUUCUCUUGCUGGUGCUAGACUCUGCUAGUGCAAGGGAAUCGCUAGACUAGUGUAGAUUCACUAUCCUGGUGCGCUUUGCCAGAGCAGGGUGUUUGUGUUGUUGUCACAGUGUCAUUUCCCUUCUUCCCCAGCAGGUGUAACUCAGAGACAGGAUUGUGCUGUUGUCAUAAGUUUGCUUCCAAUUAUUAAGCACAGACAAAACAACAGUGUGCAUGUCUAACUCAGAAGCAAGUCCUGCUGCAUUCAGUGGCACCUACUUCUGUGUAAGUGUAUAUAGGAUUGGAGCCUUUAUGCAUUUGCAAAUGAAUACAACAAUAGUGUCUGAUUUGCAGGAUUUCUUUUUGCCAAAGAAUAAAUUUGCCCUCUUCAAAAUGGCAUAAUUGUCCAUGCUCCAAUAUGGAAAUGGAACGUACUGAUACUUUAGAAAAGAGACGUGAGGAAACAGAUACACUGCUUGAUCCUAAAUUGAUUGCAAUCAGUAUUAAGACUGCAGCCCUUAACACAUUCACAUAAGUAAAUGUGUUUAAGAGUGAUGCAGAAGGCAAUGGAAGUACACGUACUUGUGGGGGGAAAGAGCCCCACUGAAAUCAGCAAUGUGGGCUCAAACUCCUGCAUAGUUGCCAUGGGCCUAGUGUUAAGAUGCUUUCGCCUCAGCACAGAGUCUGUUGUGAUGUUCCUAGUCCCUUUGACCGUCCUCUGGUAUCAUUACUGUGGUUUAAUAGCAAACAUGAAAGCUAAAGGUCCAAGCCAUCAGACAGAAUCGUAGACACUGAUCAUAGUUGAAGUCUUUGGCUAAUGGAUGUGCUGAUCAAAGGACGGCUCUACUUUAUUCUGGGCCCUGAAAUAAUAGCUGAAAAUGGAACCUUAUUAUUACAUCUUGACUGUGAAAAAAAUAAUUAAUUCAAAUCUGUAUUCAGCUAGCGCUGUAUUUUUUUAAGUGGCUGCUGAUUCGCAGGCCUUAUGGUUUCCCCCAAACAUUUUUAUUAUAUCCUAUGACAGGAAGUGUUUGGAUGGAAAGGGUAAAAAGUUGGGAAUUUUAGAUGAUUUUUAACUAUUCUGAACUUUUGUUACAUCCCAACCCUUCCUGUCUUCCUUUGUUCCUGAGUGGGCAGCAGUCACAGUAUAGUCAGGGUGGACCAUUGUCUCAGCCUUGCUCAUCAUUCGAAAGCAGAUUAGGCACAGUGUUUGAAAUUCACCAAGUAUCAGGCACAUUUUGCACCUGGCUAUCGGCCACUUGCGACCAAGUGAAGGUGUCUGAGUUCCAAGAUGGUGCCUGACAUCUCCACUGUUAUGUAUUCAGUGGUCUGUGUUUGCCUGAGCUUGAGUCUGGACUAAGGAUUCUGAGCCCCUGCGUUCUCAUUCGAUACAUGAUAUCCAAUCACAGAACAUUUCAGGAUUUGGGCCUCUGCCAUUGGCCCUUAAACUCUGAGUCAUGAUUCGCAGCUUGGAAGUUUAGACAACCAAUCACGUGGGGAGUGGGAGUGGCCCAGGCCUUCAGAAAUGUAUAUAAGCAGUUGCUUUGCCCCUGUUGUCCAGUUCUGUUAAUUCAAUAAAGGUUCUUGCUGUUAUCACUGUGUCUUGCCUCGUGGGAACCCACUUACACUUCAUCUACCAUCUGGAGGUGCAUGCCUGGAGAUCCUUGGAUCUUGAUUGUUUUCACACACUAGCAACACAUCCCGUAGAAUUCUACCCAUUAUAUUUUACCCGCACAAUAGGAAUGAAUUUCAGGAACCAAAAAGUCAUAUUGAAAAAUAUGACUUUCAAGCCGUCUGGCUCAAAAAUGGCAACUAGGCUAAUGCAACCCUGGUUUAAGGAGCCAUUUGGCGCCUAGCUUAUAUAUCUGAUGCAGGUGGGACGUGGGUGGCGCUGUGGGUUAAACCACAGAGCCUAGGACUUGCCGAUCAGAAGGUUGGCGGUUCGAAUCCCCACGACGGGGUGAGCUCCCGUUGCUCGGUCCCUGCUCCUGCCAACCUAGCAGUUCGAAAGCACGUCAAAGUGCAAGUAGAUAAAUAGAUACUGCUCUGGCGGGAAGGUAAAUGGCAUUUCCAUGCGCUGCUCUGGUUCGCCGGAAGCGGCUUAGUCAUGCUGGCCACAUGACCCUGAAGCUGUACGCCCAGCUCCCUCAGCCAGUAAAGCGAGAUGAGCACCGCAACCCCAGAGUCGUCCGCGAUUGGACCUAAUGGUCAGGGGUCCCUUUACCUUUUAAGCAGGUAUAGGAAUGUGCACCAGGUUGGGAUUCCCAGUUUAUCUAACUGGAAGGUGGAAGGGUGGGGGGAGAGAGAAAUGAUAUUCCAGUCCAGACCAUAGCAUCGACAACACAAAUAUGAAUUUGUGUCAGGGGUCCCUUUACCUUAUAUAUCUGAGUUUCUAACACUGAUUCAGUGGGCAUUUCACAGGCAAAGGCUUCUAAAUGCUUAACCAAGUCCUGUGCUUGAGCUGUUCAGCUGGAGUUGGAUGAUAAGUUAAGUUGGAUGAUAGGUUGCCUGAAGCUUAAGAUCUGCCUGACACAUAUAGAAAGGGACUUCUGAAUCCAGACUCAAUAUUACAGUACAGCCAAAAAGAAACCAUCUGUAGCACAUAAUACAAAUUAUUUGCCUGUUUUCUGCAGUUUGGGCAGCUUUAAAGGCUAGAUUAUUUUUUUACUUGUUUACGUUGGCUUUUAAUAUUGUGUUGUUAUCUGAUGUUAAUAUAUUCAGAUGUUUGUUUAAAUAUGUUUGGUUAAACUUGCAGUAUCUUACCACACAUCACCUCUUAGCCAGGCUAAGUAAAAGUUGUUGCUAGCCCUUUUAAGGGAGCUGGGUGGACUGAGAUGGGACGUCCUUUCUCUCCACCCACCCCAAAUCAGGUUUUUUUUGGGGGGGGGGGGAUGGUUUGUGUCCAGGGAGAGGAAGUCCCACUUCGUUAGAUACAGCCCAUUGUAUGCAGAUAAGCUAUAACAGUAAUCAGCCAACCUCACCAAAUAGGCAAUAUAAUUAUGGGUCCUUUUUUUCAUUGGUUCUACUUCAUGGGACCCCGAAAUAGCUACUUUUCUAACUGACCCAGAAUGUCCUCUUGUUUUUUUUUAAAAAAAAAUUCAAGUACCAUUGUAUAUGUUGUGAGCUUUUAAUAAUCCCAACUAUUACAUUACCAUAUGUGAACGUGCAGAACAAUUUGCCUUUGGUCUACAUGGUCUGUAUCUUGCAGUUAUUGCAUGCUGCAGAAAGAAGUCCUUUCGUUAAGGCGGUCUGCUAAUUUCAUUUUUUAGUCUUCAGUUACAAGCUUCUGGCAGGUUUUCUGACCACUACUGUUACCUGGUGGCGCCGAUAUUUCAUCAGAGUUAGACAAGCAGACUACCUGGACCUAGGCCCAGAUGCCCUGUUGUAAGUGAUGAACAUGAUCCCUUGUGUUAAGGAAUUCAAGACUUAUAGUGCUGGGAUUCCCAAGGGAGUUGAAAGAAAACUGUGUUCAAGCAUUCCCUUUGUGCGUUCUCUUUGUGCUUGUUACGUACACAGCAUUAUGAGCUCAAGCAAUUACACAUCACCCCGACGAAAUCCUUUUUUCAGUUAUUGAUUAUUUAUUUCAGGUAGAAAGACUCUCUUAAUUUGAACGAAUACAAGCCAUUAAAGAUGCAGAUGCUGUUUAAAGAUGACCUGAUAAUAGUGACUAAGGAAAACGUAGCUCGUGUUUAGCACCAUUUUUAUUUCUUUUUAACUCCGAUAAAAAUUGACACCAACGUUAAGAUAAUACAUCUCAUUCCAGCAGUUUGAGUGGAUUUUGUUUGCUUAAAAUUUUAUCUCUUAACCCUGGACCAUUUGUAUGUUAUUGUGUUGAUCUGUCUGUUUGGGCUGUAUGCUGGUUUGGCUUUUUAAGACUUAUUGUGGAUUUCACUGUAUAAUUGUUAUGUUUUUAAAAUAGAGUCACCCGAUGGCCCUAGAUGACUUGUUCAUGAGGCUUCUAACAGCUAUAAAUCAAUAAAUACUGUACCCGUCUAACAUUUCCUUUUACAUAUAGUAACUUUAUGCUUACAUUUUGGGAUUGUUUAAAAAAAUUAUGUUUAUCCUACAGAGUGUGCCAUGCUUAACUGUACUCUGUAUUUAUAGCAUGUCAUAUGUUAAUAUGUUAAAGUUGGUAUACUAUAGAUAUUGAGUGGCAAGUCACUAUUCAAUUCUCCUGAAUCGGCCCCACUGAAAUGUAUGGGAGCUGCAUCCACUUCAGUAAAAUUUGUGCAUUAUUCCGCUGAUUGGAUCUGGGUUGGAUUAAUAAUGGUUUGGAUUAGAUGUCAUCUAGAUUCCCUCUAUGACCAUGAUUCAGAGGGCCUCAUAGGGAACUAGAUAUGCUCAUCAGGGCUUCUUGAGGUGUGCAGCCUGGGAGUCAAUUUGGACUCACAGCUGUCCAUGGAGGCGCAGGUCAAUUGUGUGUCCAAGGCAGCUGUUUACCAGCUCCAUCUGGUACAUAGGCUGAGACCCUAGCUGCCCGCAGACUGUCUCGCCAGAGUGGUGCAUACUCUGGUUAUCUCCCACUUGGACUACUGCAAUGUGCUCUACGUGGGGCUACCUUUGAAGGUGACCCAGAAACUACAACUAAACACCGGUCUUGAAAGACCUACAUUGGCUCCCAGUACGUUUCCGAGCACAAUUCAAAGUGUUGGUGCUGACCUUUAAAGCCCUAAACGGCCUCGGUCCAGUAUACCUGAAGGAGCGCCUCCACCCCCAUUGUUCUGCCCAGACACUAAGGUCCAGUGCCGAGUGCCUUCUGGCAGUUCCCUCGCUGCGAGAAGCCAAGCUACAGGGAACCAGGCAGAGGGCCUUCUUGGUAGUGGCGCCUGCCCCGUGGAACACCCUCCCACCAGAUGUCAAAGAGAAAAACAACUACCAGACUUUUAGAAGACAUCUGAAGGCAGCCCUGUUUAGAGAAGCUUUUAAUGUUUAACAGACUAUUGUAUUUUAAUAUUUUGUUGGAAGCUGCCAAGAGUGGCUGGGGAAACCCAGCCAGAUGGGUGGGGUAUAAAUAAAUUAUUAUUAUUAUUAUUAUUAUUAUUAUUAUUAUUAUUCUUUCCAUCCCUCUUGCUUGUUCUCUUUUCCCCCCUCAACCACUCUCUGCAAAUUGCAAGCCUUAUUUCAUAUAAUCAUAGAAUUGUAGAGUUGGAAAAAAUCCCUGAGGAUCAUCUAGUGCAAUCCCUUGCAAUGCAGGAAGAUGCACCAUGGUGGGAUUGAACCUGCAACCUUGGCGUUAUCAGCACCAUACUCUAACCAACUGAGCUAUCCAGGGCUAUUUGCUGCUUAGCAAGCUGCUUCAGUUUUUAAUUUACCCGUUUCAGAAGUGGUUAGUAAGAUGAGGAGCUACUAUUUGGGAACCUCAAUGAGAUGCCCUCACACACAAUAACAGGGAUUGCUAGAUGUCUGUUCACAGGGGGUGUUUAGUGCAUUUAAUGCUAGUUAAGUCAGUGGGCUUAAGCAUGCUUAACCCUGUAUAGGAGUGGGCUAUAAAUCCCUAGUUCUUGGAACUGGGAUAUUCGUCCCCAACUGGUGUGUGUGUGUGUGUGUGUGUGUGUGUGUGAAAUUCAUGAGCAUGGGAUCAAGGACCAGAAACCACCAGCCUCUGAUCUUGAAAUGCGUACUGGGUGUUAGCAGACAAAACAAUUUAACCUGCAGCCACAAAAGAGAGGUAAUACUUACUUCUUUGGCAGGUUAAUUAGUUUGCAUUUGCAAAGUUCUUUGAAGAUGAAAAGUGCUAUAAAAAUGUUAAAUAGUAUUUUAUAUGCUGUUCUCGAGUGGAUUAACAGGUGCAGAAUUAAAAGCUGGCAGUUGCUGAGAACACUUAAUAGUAACUUCUAUCUUUCAUCUGCUAAUGGUUUUAACUCCCCACCCCGCAAAAAAUAUAAGAAAUAGAUAGAGAUUUACCUAUGGUAAAUAUGUAAACUUCAGGAAUGGCUGAGGGAAUUCAUCUAAAACUGGCUUUCAAAAACGUAACUGAAUCAAAAGAAGCAUGCACUUGAGUAACCUGGCAAUACUGUUUGCCAAUCUUGACUAUUGUUUAAUAAAAUCCUCUGGGAAUUUAUAGAAUUGUAGAGUUGGAAGGGACCCGAAGGGUCAUAAAGACCGAGUCCCUGCAAUGCAGGAAUCUCAAACCUCCGAGGAAGGAGAGUCCACAACCUCCUGAGGUUGGAUCUGUUUGAUAUCAUGUCUCUUGGGACUAGGGGGUGGCUGUUACGUUAAUAAGACCAAGCCAUUUUUAUUCUUAAUCAUUUACAUUUACAGUUUCCAGAGGGGUAACUGUGUUAGUCCGAGAGACAUUGCACAUACCUUUGUAAAUCAAGAAAAUCUUUAAUAAAAAUACAUUUUAAAAAACACCACUCUGUGAGGUGAGUGGGGCUGAGAGACUUCAGAGAAGCGUGACUAGCCCAAGGUCACCCAGCAGCUGCAUGUGGAGGAGCGGGGAAGCGAACCCAGUUCACCAGAUUACGAGUCCACCGCUCUUAACCACUACACCACACUGGCUCUCUUGAUCUGAUUCUUAUGGGUGCUAUUAAAUUUCUGCCAGCUCUGGAGGAGAGCAGACAUGUCUGGGAAAGGGAAAAGCUAGGUCAGGGCAGUGUUUUCUUCUCCUUUCUAUCAUGUUCUGCCACACUCAUAAAUCAGUUUCAUCUCUUUGACCACACAUCUAAUCAGCUCCUAAAUGGAGGAGUAUCUGCAUUACAUCUUCAGCAAACCAAGCGACAGCAGAAAGAGGGAAGAGAGAGGGACAAAUGGUGCCCUAACCAAUCGGCCCCCUUUUCCUACCAUCUCUGUCAUCUUCCCCAGGCUCCUGAACGAAAUAGUAUACACAUGUGCCCUAUAGGGGCUUGAGUCAAGGGUCAAAUUAUAACUUCCCAGGGUUUCUGGUCCUUGGUCCCACGACCUGCAAACCUUGAGAAGUUAGUUUGCAGGGAUUCUAGGCUGCAGAAUGCUGCUAGAGUAACUUAGCUCAGCCCUCAAAAAGGCCAGGAGCGUCAAUAGGCCUCAUCUUAAAAUGAGUUAACUUAGACCAGGGAGGCUCUCCUGGCGCCCUUAUUACAUAUAUUUAGGCACCAGGCAAAAAUGUUCCUCUUUUCCCAAGCCUUUGCCUAAUUAAACAAUCUACACCCUUUUAAACUGGGCCGGGUGGGUAUUUUUGUUUGUUUGUUUUUAUAUUGUAAACCACCCUGUGCUCCUCAAAUGAAGGGCAGUAUAGGAAUAAUAAUAAUAAUAAUAAUAAUAAUGUUUUACUAUGUUUUUAUACAGUGGUGCCUCGCAAGACGAAAUUAAUCCGUUCCGCGAGUGUCUUCGUCUAGCGGUUUUUUCGUCUUGCAAAGCAACCCUAUUAGCGGCUUAGCGGAUUAGCGCUAUUAGCGGUUUAGCGGCUAUUAAAGGCUUAGCGGCUUAGCUGCUAAAAGGCUAUUAGCGGCUUAGCGGCUUAGAAAAAGGGGGGGGGAAGCGAAAAAAAAUCUCAAGACUCGUAAGACAUUUUCAUCUUGCGAAGCAAGCCCAUAGGGAAAUUCGUCCUGCGAAGCAACUCAAAAAUGGAAAACCCUUUCGUCUAGCGGGUUUUCCGUCUUGCGAGGCAUUUGUCUUGCGGGGCACCACUGUAUAUGCUAGAAGCCUCCCAGAGUGGCUGGGGUACCCCGUCAGAUGGGCGGGGUAUAAUAAAAAUAAAAAUAAUGUCUGAAUCAUUUCAGUUUAGCUGAGAUAAUUUUGAAUCUGGUGCAGGGAAGUUCAUCUAGUACAGUCAUAUCUUGGAUCCCGAACGCCUUGCGAGUCGAACGUUUUGGUUCCUGAACGCCGCAAACCCAGAACAGAGUGUUCCUGUUUGCGAAUGUUCUUUGGAACUCGAACGUCUGGCACAGCUUCCGAUUGGCUGCAGGAACUUCCUGCAGCCAAUCGGAAGCCACGCCUUGGUUUCUGAACAUUUUGGAAGUCGAACGGACUUCCAGAACGGAUUCUGUUCGACUUCUGAGGUACCACUGUAAUAGGAUUGUCAAUGAGCCCUCUAAGAUGGUGCCCAUUUUGUGGAGCCCAAAGUGGAAAAGGAGGAGACUUUACCUGUAACUAGGAACUGGGUGGGAGAAAAGACAGGAUUUUUGGUCAGGUCAUCUUCCAUGCCUUUUCCCCCCUUUUUUUUCCUUUUCUUUUUUCUUUUUGAGAGAGAGAGAGAGAGAGACUUUUGACUUAGGGAGAGGGCGACAAUGGCUCUUCAGUUUGUGCCUUUUUCCAGUGAGGAGGGUAUGGUUGGCUUUGUUCCUUAGAAGCAAGCUGUCUCUUUUUCUCCAGCCAUGGCUCUGAGAGAGCUCAGAGUUUGCCUGCUGGAGGGACACUGGUGUGGGCAUAUCAAGCACUAUAUAGUGCUUUGUAGAAGACCGCUUUGAUCCCAACAUCAAUCCAACAAUUAGAGCAUCUUUUAUGAGAAAGACAGCGCAGUAUCAGAAUGGGUUGCGUAAAUUCCUAAUAUGGGAUACAGCCGGGUAAAGACGAUUUCACGCUCUAGCGCCAAUGGACUAGUGAGCUUCUGCAGCAGUUAUUUAUGUUUAUGACAUCAUCGCAAAAGAGGAAACGUUUUCAAUUUUAAGGAGCUGUGUGGAAGAACUCCGGUAGCAUGGAUAUCCCAACAUAGUUGCUGCUAUUGCUGGAAAUAAAUGUGAUCUUAACGAUGUAAGAGAAGCCAUGGAAAAAGAUCCUAAAGACUUUGCAGAUCCCAUCCAUGGAAUAUCUGGAAAGAACAAGGCAAAAAUUGCAACAAACAUAAAUGAACUGUUUAUAAAAAUUAGUCAUAGAAUUCUAUCGACAGAUAGUAAAGGUAAAGGGACCCCUGAACAUUAGGUCCAGUUGUGGCCGACUCUGGGGUUGCGGCACUCAUCUCGCUUUACUGGCUGAGGGAGCUGGUGUACAGCUUCUGGGUCAUGUGGCUAGAAUGACUAAGCCGCUUCUGGUGAACCAGAGCAGCGCACGGAAACGCCAUUUACCUUCCCGCCGGAGCGGUUUAUUUAUCUACUUGCAUUUUGACCUGCUUUCAAACUGCUAGGUUGGCAGGAGCAGGGACUGAGCAACAGAAGUUCACCCCGUCACGGGGAUUCGAACCACCGACCUUCUGAUCGGCAAGUCCUAGGCUCUGUGGUUUAACCCACAGCGCCACCCGCGUCCCUCUAUCAACAGAUACAAACCCUCAAAAUGCAGCUGCUGUUGACUUACACUAUCAUAUACCAGAGUAGUUUUUAGAAAGUGUUUGACCUUGGAAAUUAGGGGUUUAUUUGGAGUAUAGUUGACUUGGUCCCCUCCAGAUUUUGCUGGACUCCAGUUCCCAUCAGCUCCAGCUAGCAUGGCAUAUUAUCAGGAUUGAUGGGAGUUGUAGUCCAGAACAUCUAAAGGACACCAUUCUGGCUAUCCUGCCAUAACCAACCUGCUCUCUACCUGCCAUUGUCGUAUUUGUGUUUUGAUUGUUUGCAGAUUCAUUCACCGCUUUGCAGCAGAGCAUUACUGAAGUGGUGUACCAUAAAAUAAAAUAAAAUAAAAUAAAAUAAGAUAAGAUAAGAUAAGAUAAGAUGAUAAGAUAAUUGCAAACUCAGUAAACCAAAGACAAUAAAACAAGUCAUACAAUUAUACGGUUAUUCUUUCAUAAAAUAAUAGGUCAUGUUUUGCUCAACAUCUACAAUUCCCAUAUCCUUUGUGUGAAAAGUGAACAGGUGGCACGGCAACCCUAUCUACUGCAAUGCUUUCUUGCAUGUAUGAAUCUGUCAGUGGGUUUAUUACCAUGUCAGUUUUGAUCACAAACUCUGAGUUUUCAUUUAAUUUUUUUGGCCUACAGAUUGAGCCAUUAAUUCAUUGAGUUAAUUGACAAUGACUUUACAGCUCUGACUUUCCCACUGAACUCUGGAAAAGCUCCUGGCCUUGCCUAUAAGGUCCAGAUGUUGUGCUUAAACUAAAAUGCCGCAUGGAGGUCGAAGGGGGACUGAUUUGAAUACCACACCAAACUUCAGAAAAGGGCAAGAGAUUUGAGUCUCUAGUAAAACAUGCAUACUUUUGGAGCAAGGAGCAGGUCUGAGGGGAAAUAAUAUUGUGCAUUCUGAACUUGAACAAGCACUCUGUAACUGAUUGUACUUGCUACUACAAAGAAAGGUAUUAAGAGUGAUUCCGUAAAACUUUCAAAUGGCCACCUCUUCCUUCUUUGCUAUUAGCUUGAGUGGUCUAUGGUGUUAGAAAAGUAAAAAAUGCACUUUAGUGUUUGGAAGACACACUGCCCAAGACAACUGCCCAAGACACUGCCCAAGGAGCCGGUAGGGAUCAUAGCUUAAACAAUUUAAUAUCCUCUAUCUUACACAUGCACAGUCAAAACAGGUCUUUAAAUAAUGUUUAUGCCAGUCUUGUGUGUGUGGAAUCAACUGCAAAUAAAGUGUUUUAAGUGUGUUGCAAUAUACAAAUAUGACACUAGAUGGCGACAGUGAGCUAUGGCAAAUUCAAUAUAUUUUUCAAAAUGUUUUUUAAAAAAGCAUUUUCACAGCAUUUUUUUAUAUGUGUGUAGAUUCCACCAGUGUGUGUGUGUGUGUGUGUGUUAUGAAACAAGGAGCCAAGUAUAUGAGUAAGGUAGAACAGUAUUACGUAGUUUUGCCAUGUUGCAGAUGUAAGGAAUGCAAGGGUAAACGUGGUGAAGUUUCUAGUUUAUAAUGCAAUCUUAACAAUGUUUACUCAAAAGUAGGUACUUUUGAAUUCAGUGGGGUACUCCUGGGUAAGUAGGUUUAAGAUUUCAACCCCAAUUUUUAACUCAGUUAUGUGUAUUUUUUAAGAAGCUCAGGCUAAUGUGAAGGUGCUGAAGAAAUAUGUGAUUGCCUACCUAUUGAUCCUUAACAUUAACAGCAACUGCCUUUGAUGAAGGUCUUUGAUGAAGGAUGUGUUAUGAAGGCAUAUGGUCAGUGGCAGCUGUUGUGGUGGAUAAGAGCAGUGGAGCUACCCUCCCCAGGUCACUACAACAUGGACGGGGAAACUUUUUGGAUCUGCAGGUCAAGUGUGGUAUGUGGUGGAUCUGGCUACUGUCAAUCAUGUGACAUCACAAUGAUGUCAGGUGAUUGGUGCUUUGACGUCCCAAAGUUGGGUCGUCAAAGCACCAUGCACAACCAAUUCAGGAGGCUUCAGCUCUGGCCCCUAUUGGCUUAUGGGUGGUAGAGGCUGAAGCCUGCUUUCCCUUGCCAAUUUGCAAUCAGGCGCGCACUUGAAGUGCCCCAGUUAUGCAUUGGCAACCACAUAUUACCUCAGGUAUAAGGCCGUGGUGUAUCCAAGAAGAAGAGUUUGGAUUUGAUAUCCCGCUUUAUCACUACCCGGAGGAGUCUCAAAGUGGCUAACAUUCUCCUUUCCCUUCCUCCCCCACAACAAACACUCUGUGAGGUGAGUGAGGCUGAGAGACUUCAGAGAAGUGUGACUGGCCCAAGGUCACCCAGCAGCUGCAUGUGGAAGAGUGGAGACGCGAACCCGGUUCACCAGAUUACGAGACUACCGCUCUUAACCACUGCACCACACUGGCUCCUAAGAGUGGCCAGCCUGAUGCUGGCUGCCCAUAUGCAGGUGACACAGGUGAUGAUCUUCUCUUGUUCUUUGUCAGAAUACGUAUACGGUAUUCUGGAGGAUGGUAUAUUGGCUCUGUACAUGGAGGGUCCAUUGAGCUAUCAAGACUAAUAGCCACAGGUUAUGCUCCAUGUGUCUAUCUCAGAGGUUUCCAAGCUAUUUGAGUCCAUGGCACCCUUAACCAACCCCAUUCUUUCUGCGGCUCCCCUGUGGGCUAUUGGGGAAUCUCCCCUUGUACAGGAGUUCCAUUUCGGGCCGCCGUGUGCAUCACUUGAACUUACAUAAGUGACAUUCCCCUGUUCUGUCCCUACCCCUUUUGGGUACUGUUUCAGCGCACACUCUUUCAAAGAUGAUCAGCAUCACAUGGCACAGAGAUGCAUGAAAAUGUAGACAAGCGCAUCUCGUUUGCCUAUUUGAUUAGCAGUGGUGUCCAAACUUUUUUCAAAGAGGGCCAGAUUUGAUGAAGUGAAAGGCCGUGGGGGCUGACCAAAGAGCCAACCAAAGUUAUUGACCUUUUUUUAAGGAUUGAUAUUGCUGAGCUUCUUUUAGGGUUGAAAUUGUUGAGGGUUUUUUUUAGGAUUUUACCCCUUGAAAUAAACUGCCACGGGGGCUGGAUUAAACCAUCCAGCGGGCCUGAUUAGGCCCCUGAAAUGGACUGGAGUUUCCGACUUCGUGUUGUUAUUUUUUCAUCAGAGGAGGGAGGGAAGGAAGGAAGGAGGGAUGGUCAGCACCCCUGACCAUCAUUCAAGUCACCCCAGGGUGCCACGGCACACUGGUUGAAAACCAUCUACCUGAAGCCCUCUUCAUGCUUUGCUUGUGUGAAGAGACAAAGCAAGAAGAUAGGGGUUGUGGGGCUUCACUUUUGAAGUCUGGGCAUAACUAGUGUGGCCUUCUGAUGUGGGUUGUUGUUGUGGUUGUUGUUUAUUGAAUUUAUAUACCACCCUAUAUAAAAAGUGCGGGUGGCGCUGUGGUCUAAACCACUGAGCCUCUUGGGCUUGCCAAUCAGAAGGUUGGCGGUUUGAAUCCCCGUGAUGGAUUGAGUUCCCAUUGCUCUGUCCCAGCUUCUGCCAACCUAGCAGUUCGAAAGCACACCAGUGCAAGUAGAUAAAUAGGUACCUCUGUGGCGGGAAUGUAAACGGUGUUUCCGUGCGCUAUGUGUUCCAUCACGGUGUUCCAUUGUGCCAGAAGCGGUUUAGUCAUGCUGGCCACAUGACCUGGAAAGCUGUCUGUGGACAAACGCCGGCUCCCUCGGCCCGAGAGCGAGAUGAGCGCCGCAACCCCAUAGUCACCUUUGACUGGUCUUAACCGUCCAGGGGUUCUUUACCUUUUUACACCCUGUACCCAGAGGUCUCAGGGCGGUUCACAGAAUAAAAUCAAAAUAUGAAACCAGAAAAUGCAUAAUAAAAAAAACCCAAUAACCCCCGCCCUGAAAAAAACACAUUUUAAAAAGGCAUAGGAUGUCAAUCAAAUCAACCAUAGGCCUGGUUAAAAAGGAACAUCUUUGCCUGGCACCUAAAGGUGUACUGUAUAAUGAAGGCGCCAUUGUUUUUCUCUACACAUGAAGUCUUCCUUGGAUCCUGGGACUCUGAUUGCUUAGGAUUCCGUAAUACAGGGAAGCCUCUGCAUGAAGCAGCACUCAUCCUGAGGAAGCCAUGUGCUUGGGGGUGGGCAAAUGUCUCCCCUCCCCCCUACUCUCUACUUGCUUUCCCUCUUUACCCGAGUAAAGCGUGAAGAAGAGGGCUUAAUUCUGCGCUAGUUCUCAGAAGUGGGGUGUUAAUUGGGACGAGACACAGGGCAGCGAGCAACUGUGCAAGCAAUCUGCGCUGCGCUCUUGCCUCAAAUCAUGUGCAAAACAGCAGGUGCAGGCCUACUGAGAGGCACCACGAGCCGCAACGAGCCCCGAAACAAACGCUGAUUGCCGGCCUCAUUGACAAAGCACUUUCUGUAGCUGGAGCGGGCUACCCCUGCGACUGUUUCCCAUUUGUUUCUUCCUGUGUACCAAAAUUAGUUUCAUAUUGUUUGAACCGAGUGGUAAUGGAUUCUCCGUCAUGCAAGCCCAGUCCCCUUCCAACAAAGAAAAGAGCCUGAUUUGGUGGAGGGAGGGGAGGGGAAUGCGGCGCUGCAUAUCAAAUACAUGCUGAUGAUGCGGUGGGACGAAGCGCAUUCCCCCCGUUUCUCCUUACACCUGUUUGGACAGAAAAGGGUCACAGAGCAGGGUCCCCAGGGAAGCCCCCUGGAGAGGUGAUUAAUUGCCUACCUGCUGAUUAAAAGGAUCCAAGCGGCUGAAUUCACCCAAGCCCGUUUCCGUAGGUGUCGCCAUGUGCUGCAGCGCAACACUAACUGCUAAAGUUACAAGCCUUCCAAGUACAGUGGUACCUCGGGUUAAGUACUUAAUUCGUUCCGGAGGUCCGUUCUUAACCUGAAACUGUUCUUAACCUGAAGCACCACUUUAGCUAAUGGGGCCUCCCACUGCUGCUGCACCGCCGGCGCACGAUUUCUGUUCUCAUCCUGAAGCAAAGUUCUUAACGUGAAGCACUAUUUCUGGGUUAGCGGAGUCUGUAAACUGAAGCGUAUGUAACCUGAAGUGUAUGUAACCUGAGGUACCACUGCAUCCCUAUUUCCGAGGGCAGCCCCGGGUUUACAGAAACAGUCCAGGUUUCUGAUUUGAUCCCGGAAUGUCCCGCUUUUCUUUAGGACGUCCCCAUUCCAUCAGAGAAAUGUUGGAGACAUGUGACCCCCGAGCCAAGGAGUUAAGAAACUACACAACUUUUAAAAGACAUCUGAAGGCAGCCGUGCACAGGGAAGUUUUGUGGUGUUUUAUUUUCUUCUUAUAUAAGUUGGAAGCCGCCCAGAGUAGAGGGGCGGGGUAUAAAUAAUAAAAUUAUUAGUAUGGAAUAGGAUGUCCCUAUUUUCAUCAGAGAAAUGUUGGAGGUAAAUGUUGAAGUAAAAUAGUAAGAGCUGUGCAUACAGUGGUCGAAACCACUGAGCCUCCUGGGCUUGCCGAUCGGAAGGUCAGUGGUUCAAAUCCCUGCGACGGGGUAAGCUCCUGUUGCUCUGCCCCAGCUCCUGCCAACCAAGCAGUUCGAAAGCACGCCAGUGCAAGUAGAUAAAUAGGUACCGCUGUGGCGGGAAUGUAAACGAUGUUUCCAUGCGCUAUGUGCUCCAUCACGGUGUUCUGUUGUGCCAAAAGCGGUUCAGUCAUGCUGGCCACAUGAUCUGGAAAUCUGUCUGUGGACAAACGCCGGCUCCCUCGGCCUGAAAAGCGAGAUGAGCGCUGCAACCCCAUAGUCUCCCUUGACUGGACUUAACUGUCCAGGGGUCCUUUACAUUUUUUACCUGUCGUUGGACUGCCUUCUUCCUCUACCCACUGCCCAUCUCUGAGGUGCUUUGAACAUCUUGCAAUUCCAGAAGUCAAGGAAACUUACUCCUUGGCUUGUGAAAACCAUGCCCGAGUGUUGACGAUGACUGCCUUUGUGCACAUGUCGUAGUAACGUUAUAACUAGCAAUCUCGAGGGGGGGGUGGUUUCGCCUGUCUCCUGCUCAGAUUGCCUGAGCUCUCGCCCUUCCUCCUCUGCAGAACAGUCUUCUCCCAAAGAGAACCAGGCCAGGCCGGAUGCCCGGUCAGGUUUCUGCCCCGCUUGAUGGUAAGGUGACAGCAAUUCUGCGCCUUCUGGCCUUGAACCAGGGAAGGGUGGGCCAUUCCUUGUCAGGAGGUGUUCUCUGUGUGUGAAUGAGGGGCUGGGGGGGUGAGCACAGCUCUAAUGCCCUGCUGUGUUUUCCUGCUGUGAAAAUAGGGGUAUGCUGUGACAGGCCCCAGGCCGGGCCUUUUCUCUUUCAAAGAGAGGGGGGCUGAAGAAACAGGUGCGCUCUGCGGUUGCUCUAUAUCUGCUGCCUUUGUGGCGGGGCUGCAUCUGGUCAGCUGAAGGCGCUUUUUUAUUAUUUAAACUUUCCACGUGUGAUUAGGGAAAUGCUUGAUUGCAUGGGCUUGCUCCCUUAUUAUUUGGGCUCUGUCAGUUCUGAUUGUGUGGCUAUUCCUGUAUCUUUGUUCCAGCGCACUCCAGGCAAUGCAUUGGAGUGGUGAACAUUUAAUCCCUUAGAUUUUGGCUUUGUUUUGUUUUGUUUUGUUCCGAGCAACUCCGCAGGAAACAGAAAUCCGAGUCAUAAACAUCCACACAUGGUGCUGCUGAACUACACAGAUCCCAUCAACCCAUCCCGCUGGCCAUUCUGGAUGGGGAUGAUGGGAAUUGUCUUGGGGCAGCGGGGGGGGGGGCUAAUAGGUCCCCUAGCCCUGGCUUGUUCAGCACCUCUGUAUCAUCUUGCUGCUGCAUGGAAUAACACAUGUAUCAGACCUUUGGAUUUAGUAAGUAAAGCAAUUUAAACUUUUUUUAAAAAAAAUGCCUUCCACGCAUACCUGCUACUAAGUGGGCUUCUCAAUGACUGCCAAUCUGUGUAGGUUGAAGCAGCAAUGGUCAAUCUGUGGUCCUCCAGAUAUGCUCCAGCAUGUCCAUCGGUCUGAGAUAAUGGGAGUUCUCAUCCAACAACAUCUGCAGAGCUGCAGGUUGCCCACGCCAGGGUUAAAAUGGCCAGUUUGCCCUGGGAAUCAACCUUGUGAAGGUUCCCCCAGGGGGUGAUGUUCUUGACAGGGCUUGGAUUAGCCUGACUGGUCUUUUGUAGGAAUUCAACCGCACUGCAAACUUAAUGAGAUCAGGGCUCCUUCCAUCACCUCUUCCAAGAAACAAUAUUCCGCGGUGGCUUCUCAGUUUUUGCCCGUCUUGUUAAAUCUACCAUCCGAUUCAGCCUGGCGUCCCUGCGCACAUGUAAGGGCUUCUAUUUCUCUCUUGUUGAAACUCAGGCGAGUCUCUUUGAACAGCUGCUUCAUCACCAGUUAACCUAGCAGGGGUCGCGAUCAAAUGUGAUCAUUCCAUACGAUUGCACCCAGUGAUUUGAUGCAAUUUACUUUUUAUGACUCUGUGUGGAGUUUCGGGGCUGCUUCCAAGUAGGAAAAGCAUCACAGGUGAGAUAAUCUUCUUGACCCAUGUACUCAGUUGCGAAAUACCUGCAAUGUGCUUCACAAGGUACAAUAUGCACAUUUCUUCCCACCCACUUGUGUACAGGUGGCCCAAGUAUUUAUUUGGCUACAGUGGAUAAGAGAGGGCAGUGAUAGAUUCACAUGCUUUGUGUACACAAGGUCCCUGGUUCAAGUCCCAGAAGUGUUAGAAACUCAGAUAUAUAAUCUAAUCACCAAAUGGCACCUUAAACCUGGGCUGUGGUCACCACAAUGCAGUGUCUAGGCUCUGUUUCCCUCCCACCUAUGGGAUGUUAAAUUAUUAUUAUUAUUAUUCAUUCAUUCAUUCCACUUUUAUACCGCUUUAUAUUUUAAAGAACAAAUCUCAAAGUGGUUUGCAACACAUUAAAACAUACAAAUAAAACAAUCUGGAAUAGAACUAAUUCAAGCUUCAUGGAAAAUAUUUCAAAUCCUUCCCUAAGUGACAUCACCUCCUGGCAAAUAGAAGGGGAAGAAAUGGAGGCAGUGAGAGAUCUUACUUUCCUGGGCUCCAUGAUCACUGCAGAUGGUGACAGCAGUCACGAAAUUAAAAGACGCCUGCUUCUUGGGAGAAAAGCAAUGAUAAACCUAGACAGCAUCUUAAAAAGCAGAGACAUCAUCUUGCCAACAAAGGUCCCUACAGUUAAAGCUAUGGUUUUCCCAGUAGUGAUGUAUGGAAGUGAGAGCUGUAGUGAUGUAUGAAAGAAGGCUGAUCGCCAAAGAAUUGAUGCUUUUGAAUUCUGGUGCUGGAGGAGACUCUUGAGAGUCCCAUGGACUGCAAGAAGAUCAAACCUCUCCAUUCUGAAGGAAAUCAGCCCUGAGUGCUCACUGGAAGGACAGAUUGUGAAGCUGAGGCUCCAAUAUUUUGGCCACCUCAUGAGAAGAGAAGACUCCCUGGAAAAGACCCUGAUGUUGGGAAAGAUGGAGGGCACAAGGAGAAGGGGAUGACAGAGGACGAGAUGGUUGGACAGUGUUCUCGAACCUACUAACAUGCGUUUGACCAAACUGCGGGAGGCAGUGGAAGACAGGAGUGCCUGGUCCAUGGGGUCACGAAGAGUCAGACACGACUAAACGACUAAACAACAACAACAACAAAGUGACAUUUUGCUUUCCCCAGUCGCCAGCCUGGCAUCCAGAGAUAUCCACGUGGUCGCCAUUGGGCCUGUGCUAGUCACAAAACGUGACUAGCACCUGGCUAAUUUUGAACACUUGAGUCCCAACAUCUCCAGUAUGAAGGUGGAUUGUUGGCCACUGUGGGGAUAGGAUAAUGAACUAGAUAGGCAUUUGCCCUGAUCCACCAGGCCUUUUCUUCUGUUCUUCAGGAGCAGCUAGGAGGCGAUCUGAAAGACAUGGAUAGCUCGGUUGGCUAGAGCAUGGUGCUGAUAGCGACAAGGUUGCAGGUUCGAUCCCCGUACGGGGCAGCUGCAUAUUCCUGCAUUGCAGGGGGUUGGACUAGAUAAUCCUCAGGGUGAGAUGCUGCUUGUCAGAGUAAACAUUACCAGGUUAGGUGGAGACACAGUCUUAGCUCUGCACCUUCCCCGUGUUCGUUUAUUAUUACAUUUAUGGUCCACCUUUUCUCCAGAAAGUUCACGAUGGUAUACACACUUCUUCCCCUCUCCGUUGUCUUGUCACAGCAACCUAGUGAGGAAAUUUAGGGCCGAGAGACCUUGUCUGGCCCAAAGUCACCCAAUGGGCUUCAUGACUGAGAGGGGAUGUGAACCCGGAUCUCCCAGGUCUAAGUCCGGCACACUAACCACUGCUUCACUCUGGAUGCCACUACGCAGAUAACAGCAUGGGCAUGUUUUUGUGCUCAGCUGUGAAAUUGCAUAACCUGAGAUUGGUGUCUUGAGCUCUUGGGAGGACGGGCAGGGUACAAAUAAAAUGCUUGACGAGUUGGAUCCAGGGUGGAAGGCACCAAGGUCCAGGCAAGGUCUCCUGCUGAAGGAAGGGGACCAAUGAGGAGGCAGCUCUCAGUGUUUUCCUCUGCAUCACCCGCCACACUACCAUAAUCCUCCACAGCAGAUGCUUUUAGGGGACAUGGGCUGCAGGGAGAAGACAGAAUCUGCUUGAACCGCUUCUUCCACAUUCUCCACUGGGAGUGGGGCUGGGCGAUACCUGGUUUUCAGCACCGUGAUAUAUCACCAGCUAAACACCAUGAUGGGAUGUGGGUGGCGCUGUGUGUUAAACCGCAGAGCCUAGGACUUGCCGAACAGAAGGUCGGCGGUUCGAAUCCCCGCGAUGGGGUGAGCUCCUGUUGCUCAGUCCUUGUUCCUUCCCACCUAGCAGUUCAAAAGCACGUCAAAGUGCAAGUAGAUAAAUAGGUACCGCUCCGGCAGGAAGGUAAACGGCGUUUCCGUGCGCUGCUCUGGUUCGCCAGAAGCGGCUUAGUCAUGCUGGCCACAUGACCUGGAAGCUGUAAGCCAGCUCCCUCGGCCAGUAAAGCGAGAUGAGCGCUGCAACCCCAGAGUCGGUCACGACGACCUAAUGGUCAGGGGUCCCUUUACCUUUACCUAAACACCAUGAUAUACCGAUUUAUGACAGUAUCCGAAAGGAGGAUGGAGCUGUGUAGAGGUAUUGGCUAGCUUCACGUUUUCCCCUGCAGAGUUAACGGGCUGCAGGACUCGAGAGAAGCAUUGGCUGGCUUUACCAGUUUUCCCAUGUUGAGAUUUUUGCAUAGUAUACACACACAAGCACAUCAUAUCAUGGUAAAGGUAAAGGACCCCUGAACAGUUAAGUCCAGUCAAAGGUGACGAUGGACGCUCAUCUUGCUUCCCAUGCCAAUAGAGCAAGUGUUUGCCCCCAGACAGCUUUCCGGGUCAUGUGGCCAUCAUGACUAAACUGUCUCCGGAGCAAUGGAACACUGUGACAGAAACCAGAGCGCAUGGAAAUGCCAUUUAUCUUCCCGCUGCAGUGGUACCUAUUUAUCUACUUGCACUAGUGUGCUUUUGACUGCUAGGUUGACAGGAGCUGGGACAGAGCAACGGGAGCUCACCCCGUUGCGGGGAUUCGAACCGCCGACCUUCUGAUCAGCAAGCCCAAGAAGCUCUGUGGUUUAGACCACAGCGCCACCCGCACCCACUGGGAGUAGGGCUGGGCUGUGACUUUUGCCGGUGCCUGCUCUUGUGAUUCACUCCCGCCUGCAGGAAGCAAGGGAGAGCUAAACCAGCAGGGUUAACAGGGUCUGCAGGACUCGAGAGAACCAGUGUGGUGUAGUGGUUAAGAGCGGUAGACUUGUAAUCUGGGGAACUGGGUUCGCGUCUCCGCUCUUCCACUUGCAGCUGCUGGGUGACCUUGGGCCAGUCACUUCUCUGAAGUCUCUCAGCCCCACUCACCUCACAGAGUGUUUGUUGUGGGGGAGGAAGGGAAAGGAGAAUGUUAGUCGCUUUGAGACUCCUUCGGGUAAUGAUAAAGCGGGAUAUCAAAUCCAAACUCCUCCUCUUCUUCUUCUUUGAGAGAAGCACUGACUGGCUUCAUGAGUUUUCCCAUAUUGAGAUUUUUCCAUAGCAUACACACACAAUCACAUCAUGAUUCAUGAUAUGUUGCCAAGUCCAUAAUUGUGAAACCAAUAUCAUGAUAUGGACUUCAAACAGGUUUGGGACGAUAUAUCGCCAAGCCCUAACUGGGAGCAUCCCAUAAGCAGAGUUUUGCUCACUUGAACUCUGGAUCCAACCCAUUGAAAAUAUUACUGUCAGACAGACUGGUUCUAUGUGUAGACACUUGUGUGGCUGUGAAAAAGAGGGCCCCAUAUUCUUGAUGAACUGGCUUGGGUGCAAUAGGUUCUCCAUGCUUGACUUAGAGCUUGGGUGGCCAAGAUGUUCUUGGACUACAGCUCCCAUCAUUGGCCAUGCUGGCUAGGGCUUAUGGGAGUUGUAGUCCAUCAACCGCUGCUGAGAUGAAGGCGGCAGCAACCAAAGGCUGAAAUGGCCCGGUUGAACCAGCAUUUAAUUCCCCCCCUAUAUAAUUCUCCUUUGCUUCCUAGUCUGUUUAGUUCCCCUCCUCACACUUGGCAGAAGAGACUCACCUUUUCACAGCAGUACUUCUUCAUUUACAAAUUACAAUUUUCCCAACAAUUUGCUGUGUAUAAAAAUUGGCCUUAUGUGCAACCGGCCACUUAGUUGGAGAAUGGAGCCUGCAGCCUUGACGCACUCUGUGAACAAUUGGUAAUAACUCUGAACCGACCCCAUUUACUGCAGUGGGAGUUCUUGACUACAGUCUGAAUUCUUACCAGAUAAACUCUGCCACCCACUUUUGCUCUGUGCUAAGUUUGCUACCGAUGCAAAUGUCCUCUGAAAACCUAAUGGACUUCCAUGUGUGUAUGCGCCAAAACAAUUUGUCUCGCUGACCUGAGAGGAAAUUUGGUCUCUUCCGUGUGACCGCAAAUGCCUCUUUUUCUAAUUCUUAAUAUUGGCUGCCCAGUUAUUCUUUUCAGUGAUGUGGAUACAAUACUUAGCAAGCAGUAGGUGAGGGUGGUUUUUCAAAAAUCUUCUGGUUUAGUUUUCAAUACUUUCCCUCCCUUUUAGCUCUCUGAAUGAUUAAUGGGAAUAGGAAAAUAGUGUUGACCCAUUUAAAUCGUGUUGGACAACCUUCAUUGCUCAUCUGCAUAAUGAAAUACACACUGAGCAUUACGUCUUAAGUGUAGGAGCCACUGAACUACAAAUAUUUCUCUAAUUCAAAUUAUGAAGUAAAUUAUAGAACGUUCAGUACUAAUAAUAGUAUUAAAUAUUAAGCCACCGUGUAAAUUGUAAUUGUCAGGGAGAACCAUAAAUUGAAAAUACUAUUAUCAAUUUAGCUAUAACAGAUAAUUUCGGUAACCUGCCUCCCUCCCUCCCUCCUUACAACACUGCAUUUUGGGGGGGGGAGUCUCUGUGUUGAAAUCCACUUGUAAUAAAACGCUAAAAUCAGAGUGAUUUAUACGUGUAUCAUUUUGUGUUCCAUUUUAAGUUAGCAAUAUUAAUUUGCAAGGCUAAAAUAUAUUGAUUUUUUUAUAACACUGUUAUCUUUUUGCUUGAAUGCAAUUUUUAAAAAGCAAAUUAUCGGUAAUUGAGAUGGAAAAAUCAUUCUGGGCAAUGGUUAGGAAACAAAGAAAACCAUUGGGCUCUAAAAUAAUAAUAAAAAAACCCCACGAAUUUUAUGAAACGGGGACAUAAUUUGCAGCGUUUUAAAAUAAAUGCAAACUUUAAAAUGGUGAACUUGGUCUGCGGGGUUUCUAUGGUUACCCACCUUCAGACAGCUUUAUAAGAUGCGUAAAUAGGUCUAUGAGUGAUUUAUAAUUAUUUGUGUGGGGUUUUUUGUUUGAUAUGUUGGUAACCUCGUGUUCCGUUUGCAUGUAAUACAUUUUGCAUGCUUUGGUUUAUGUAUAUUUUAGCACCUUUGAUUGACAAUGAUUGAGCGUUCCUUUCUUGAUUUUUUUUGUCAUAGAUGAUGGAUGUUGAUAGUGUUGAAAAUGUAAACAAUUUUACUUGCAUCACUAUUUUGAUAAACAAGGACUCUCUUAUGCUAAAUGGGGGGGGGGGGGGAAGGACCUGUAUAUCUUGAGCAGGAAAGCUCCUUUCCUUUAUGUUGAACUGCUCCAAGCAGGUUCCGUAAUCCUGCCUGUUAAAUAUAUUCAUCAAAUCAAACGCCAGACUCUCGUGUGAAUAAAUAUGCUAGGUAUGCAAGAAUGCCACACUUUAGCAGCUGCCUGACAUGAAAACAAACAAUGUUCACGAAGCUACCAAAUUUCAGAUGAAAUUGGACUUUUGUCUGGAACGUCUUCAUUACACAGUAUGUGGUAUGAAAUACAAAAAAAUAUAUUUUCGGAUUCCAUCUACAUCUUAUAAAUGCCAGGCCGCAUUUUGUCUGUCUGCGCAUUUGUCAGAAUAUCUCUUCCAAAAAUAGCGGGGUGACCCCCCAUCCUUACUUAGUCUAGCGUCUAGAGUAAAGUUUGGGGGACAUCGCUGUUUUAGUUGGAAAUUAGCUGCUCACUCCACGUACAGUGGUACCUCAGGUUACAGACGCUUCAGGUUACAGAUGCUUCAGGUUACAGACUCCGCUAACCCAGAAAUAGUACCUCGGGUUAAGAACUUUGCUUCAGGAUGAAAACAGAAAUCUUGCAGUGGCAGCAACCUGAGGCCCCAUUAGCUAAAGUGGUACCUCAGGUUAAGAACAGUUUCAGGUUAAGAAGGGACCUCCGGAAUGAAUUAAGUUCAUAACCCGAGGUACCACUGUACACCCGGUGUGUUUAUUCUUGAGACCCUCCUGUCCAUGCAACAGGCAAAUGGGACAGGGGAAUGAGGAAGAGAGAGGGGAGAAGCUUGCUUUGCAGCUCUUUUGGGCCAUUCUUGGAGAAGAGUUGAUCCAUAAAGACUGGGGAGGCUUGUGCCCUGAUUUCCGCAUCAGGAGGAGGUAGUGUGCGGAUGUGCUGAUCUCCAGGGGAAACCUGCAACAGAGCACAGAAAGAGGUGGGCACAGCCCCCCAAAUGGUGGCUUGCGGUGCCAAUCAUUGCAACACAAGAGGCGGUCAACAAUGUUAGAAAGACAGAUACAGUGGUACCUCGGGUUACAUAUGCUUCAGGUUACAUAAGCUUCAGGUUACAGACUCCGCUAACCCAGAAAUAGCGCUUCAGGUUAAGAACUUUGCUUCAGGAUGAGAACAGAAAUCACGCAGCAGCAGCAGGAGGCCCCAUUAGCUAAAGUGGUGCUUCAGGUUAAUAACAGUUUCAGGUUAAGUACGGACCUCCGGAAUGAAUUAAGUACUUAACCCGAGGUACCACUGUAUACUAACCAAGAGCCAAAUGGUUCCUUAAACCAUGGUUACAGUCGCCAAAAUGGAAUGUCUAGUUGCCAUUUGGGGGUACGACAGCUCUAAAGUCUCAUUUUUCAAAUGAUGGACUGACUGUGAUUGAUUAUCAGUUAAACAUCUGGCUAGUUUAGAUGACCUGAAGGAGCGUCUCCACCCCCAUCGUUCUGCCCAGACACUGAGGUCCAGCUGCGAGGGCCUUCUGGCGGUUCCCUCACUGCGAGAAGCCAAAUUACAGGGAACCAGGCAGAGGGCCUUCUCGGCAGUGGUGCCCGCCCUGUCGAACGGCCUCCCAUCAGUUCUCAAGGAAAUAAACAACUAUCUGACUUUCAGAAGACAUCUGAAGGCAGCCCUGUUUAGGGAAGUUUUUAAUGUUUGAUGUUUUAUAAUAUUCUGCUGGGAGCCACCCAGAGUGGCUGGGGAAACCCAGCCAGAUGGAUGGGGCAUAAAUAAUAUGUUGUUGUUUAUUGAUUAUUAUUAUUAUUAUUAUUAUUAUUAUUAUUAAGAACCUUUAGCUAAGUUAGGAACUUUGAUAACUUAAAGAAUAAAAGUCACUUGAUCCAGGCACAAUCCACAUACAUAUUGGCAUAUUCUGAUCUCUUUUUCUUAAUGGUGACACAGACCAUUCCUAACAUAGGAAUAUUCUUCACAACUGUGAGCAGGGCAAGGGGCGUGGUGGUAUGUAAGUGAAGGCAAGCUACGACAAUUACCUAUAAUUGCACAGAAAAAGCAUUUUGAUUCCUGAAAUUCAUUCUGAUUCUGCAGUUAAAAUAUAACUGAUAGAGUUCUACAGGAUGUGGUGUUAGUGUGUGAAAGCAGUCAAGAUCCAAGGACCCCCCCAGGCAUGCUCCUCCAGGUGGUGGAGAUGUCAGGUGCCAUCCUGGCACCCUGGCAUCUUCACUUGGUCGCAAGUGGCCGAUUGUUGUAGUUGUUUAGUUGUGUCCGACUCUUCAUGACCCCAUGGACCAGAACACGCCAGGCACUCCUGUCUUCCCCUGCCUCCCGCAGUUUGGUCAAACUCAUGCUGGUAGCUUCGAGAACACUAUCCAACCAUCUCGUCCUCUGUCGUCCCCUUCUCCUUGUGCCCUUCAUCUUUCCCAACAUCAGGAUCUUUUCCAGGGAGUCUUCUCUUCUCAUGAGGUGGCCAAAGUAUUGGAGGCUCAGCUUCACGAUCUGUCCUUCCAGUGAGCACUCAGGGCUGAUUUCCUUCAGAAUGGAUAGGUUUGAUCUUCUUGCAGUCCAUGGGACUCUCAAGAGUCUCCUCCAGCACCAGAAUUCAAAAGCAUCAAUUCUUUGGCGGUUAGCCUUCUUUAUGGUCCAGCUCUCACUUCCAUACAUCACUACUGGGAAAACCAUAGCUUUAACUAUAGGGACCUUUGUUGGCAAGGUGAUGUCUCUGCUUUUUAAGAUGCUGUCUAGGUUUGUCAUUGCUUUUCUCCCAAGAAGCAGGUGUCUUUUAAUUUCGUGGCUGCUGUCACCAUCUGCAGUGAUCAUGGAGCCCAAGAAAGUAAAAUCUCUCACUACCUCCAUUUCUUCCCCUUCUAUUUGCCAGGAGGUGAUGGGACCAGUGGCCAUGAUCUUAGUUUUUUUGAUGUUGAGCCGAUAGCCGAUAGCCAGGUUCAAAAUGCACCUAGCACCUGGCGAAUUUCAAACACUGGCCAUCACUAUGGGCCAACAGAGGAGGAUGGGCUGUGGGCCCAAAGAAGGGAGGAGCCUACAGGAGAAGGGGUGGAGUUGGCAGAGAGACCCUGAGGGCUCCCCAAAAUGUCUCUAGCCCAAACUCCUGUAGUUUCUCCAUUCUAAGGGAGUGGGGAAUCAAUGUCAUUGUUCAAACUUUGGAAGGAUUAAUAUUUAAUUUUGUAGUAGCAUGAAAGAUACCUAAAAUGUAUCGUUUGAGCAUAGGCAUGCUGAGGCUUCUGUGGCUGUUACUUACAUUUGUAAAUUCUCUCUCAAUGGGAGGCUAACCCCCAUAAUGUAUAAAAUUGUGUUUUCAGAUUCCUGCAACUGCUGCUUAUAAAACAAGAUAAUGCAGGUAAUUAACCAAACCUGACACGGUGGAGGAAAAUGCUCACUGCUAGAUGCCAUUUCCAAACAAGCAGUAUUUUAUUAAAAGAUUUCUCUCAGAAAACAAAUUCUGACAUGAUUUAUACUUUUCUCCAUUGUUGAGGUAAGGCUGGCUUUAUGGCUCAAGAAACGGUUGUUGUAGUUUCUCAGGUACAUGGCUGCAAAACUGAAAUUAAAAUAUAAUGACCUCCAACAUUUCCCCAAUGAAAAUAGGGCCGUCCUAUUCCAUCAUAAUAAUUUUAAUACAUAUACUUUGCCCAUAUGCCAAGCCACUGUGGGCAGCUUCCAACAUACAGUGGAACCUCAGUUUUCGAGAGUCUCGGAAGCCAAAUGAUUCAGAACCCAAACGUCAAAAAGCCGGAAGUAAUUGCUUCCGUUUUCAAACGCACCUUGGAAGUCGAACGGCUUCCGAGGUGCGUUUCUCCAUUUUUUCAAUGGAUUUUGCCGACCACCCAUUGAGCCUCGGUUUUCGAACGAUUUGGAAGUCGAACAGUCUUCCGGAACGGAUUACGUUCAAAAACCGAGGUUCCACUAUAUAUAAAAACAUUUUAAAAAAUUAAACAUAAAAAAACUUCCCUAUACAGGGCUGCCUUCAGAUGACUUGUGGGUCAAAUAACUCAAUACCCUUCGACAUUUCUCCAAUGAAAAUAGGGUUAACUUGAGGAAAAGUGGCGCAUUUUGGAAUUAAAUCAGAAACCAGGACAGCUUUUGUAAAUCUGGAACUGUCCCCAGGAAAUAGCGACACUUGGAGGUAUGAAAUAUAUUGGUGAGUAACUGUGGGGUUGGUAUCUAUUUUAUUUAUACAGUAUGUAAAGAAUGAUAAGAGUAGGUUGCAUAGGAGAGUACAGAAAACUAUUAUGCUAGAUUCUUCGUUUUCUUCAUGGAUUUUCUUUAUGGAUUUAUGUUAAAAACCAGGAACACUGACAGGAUUAUUACUGUUUUUAAACCAGGUUAUUUUCCUGUACACAUAUAGCGCAGGAAGCAAUAUGUACAUAUUAGUACAUUGUACACAGAAUACAAUUGUGUGGCAGUUGUGAGUCCUUCUUUGCUUUAGCUUUGCAAAAAAAGUAAGUGAAGCAUUGUAUGCAACACGUAAGGACACAAACCAAUAGGAAUGUUGCCUAUACAGGCACCAUUGAAAUUAGUGGGAGUUGUGUAAGCAUGCAUUAAAUAUUUCCCAGUGGGUUGCACUUGGGAGAUGUGCCUGUUAACAAUUAUUUAUCUUAAUGCCUGCUCAUUAGUAGGCUUUUGUCUGUGUUUAAAAAUCUAAAUACUAAAUCUGUUGAAUGCUUAGUUUCCUGUCAAAAUUGAGAUUUGGGGGUCAGGAGAGUUGCUAUCACUUCAAAUUGGAUAAUCCACAAAAGAUAUGAGCAAAUCUGUACAUUCUGGUUAUAAUUGUAGACAUAAAGUUAUGUGUUUUCCCCUUUAUAACAGAAGUGCAAGCAAGUUAAUAGGAAUGUUUCUUUAACUGGUUUUUUUUUAAAGUUGAAAUUUGCCAGAUGUGCGAGUUUGAGGCCUGUAUUCCCCUGGUGUUAACCAUGUGUGAACCUUUUUUAAAAAAUCGCUCUGUCCAGCGUUUGGCUCUGACUUGUUUCAUUGAGCUCUCUUGUUGGCUCUUGACUUAGGCUUUCACGUUACGCCAUGCUAGCAGUGGGAAAUUUUAUCAAAAAGAAUAUUGAGAUGUGAAUUCUAGAUUUUCUGCUUUCUUCGUAACCCUUUUUACUGUACUGGCUGUAGAGACACGAUUUCUUUUCAUCAAAGAAAUGCCUGUGGUGUUAAAGAAAAAGGGGGAAGGGUUAAGAAUCCCAUUUUUUAAAAAUAGAAAACGCAUUACAUCUAUCCACACUUUUAUUAAUAGACAAUGAAACCCCUUUGGUCGAAGGAUGAAUGGAAGAGGCUUGCAAUAUUCUGCUGUGGCUGUUCUCCAUACAGACACACCCCCAACAGCUUCAGCGUUUUGUUCAGCAAAGCACUAAAUUAACUGAUCUUACUGUCUUUUUGUUUUCUUGGUCCCCCCCCCCCAUAUCUCUUUUUUUAAAUGUACAACCACUGGGGCAAUCAUCGGCCGAAGAUUUGGGGAUUUAUUUUUAAGGGUGUAAAAUGAGACGUCUUCCGACUUUCUUUAGGCUUGUUAAAGUUGCACGGUAUCAAUUGCUAUUGAUAAAAGGUGGCUCCAAGCCAGCUUCCUGGGAAAAAGAGCUCUGGGGAAGGGUCAGGGUUUGUCAUGACCCAGGCGCUAUUGCUUGAAUGUUGUUAUUAUUGGGCCAGAGUACCCUUAGGCUGUCAUCCUUCCUGUACUGAUUCUGCAGAGUUUCCAACUUACCUUCCUCUAUGCAGCAUAAAAAAAGCAAAAUAAAGCAACCUAGUCUCUUAUGCUUGCAGCACAAGGACUGCAUUAUUCUCGGAGAUAUUGCGACCACAGCAUGAAUGUUGAAAAUGGAGUCGGGGAAAUGAAAAACAAGCCACGCCAGUGGUUACGAAAAUGACGGCUGAGAUUUAAUAUGCGGUAGUUUACACAGUUGCAAAAUGUGCAUGUUGCUGAUCGAUAUUAGUUGAGCUAGGCAUUAUUUGAGUCAACUGCAAAACUUCACAUUCACAAAGAAUAGCGUCCAGGCAAAUUCUCCUUAGUUUCACCCUGUUUAGGAAUCCUGAUAACAACCAAUUUAAAACAUGGCUUCAUAGUCGCAUCGACAUGUGUGGUCAUGGGAAUAUCCCUCCCAGGUGAGGACAGUGGCCAAUUGAACACCAUGGGUGGUCAACCUGCACCAGGAAUAUCAGAAAUGGGACAAGAACAGGGGUUUGUGCCAUUCCUGGACAAGGUAGGAAUAUAGUCAGGCCUGGUUUCCUCUCCAGCGCUCCUUGGCUCAGGCUGGAAUCAAAACAGCUCCAAGGCGUGGGUUGGGGGAUAGGACUUGCUUUUUACUUGGACCACACCUGCAAAAGUUGCCUUCCCUCUAAAACGUUAGACAAUAUGUACAGUAUCUAGCACUGACCCAGCUAUAGAAGCAAGCUAUACAAUUCCAUGAUGUCCCAAAAUUCCAGGGCUGCCUCCUUCAGCCGGGUCAAAAUCUUGGAGAGAAAGUCAGUUUGGGAAGGAAAUACACAGGUUAGGGCAGUGGUUCUCAAACUUUUUCCCCCUCUGGGCCACACUUUCGGAAUAAAGAUCUGCUCAAGCAUUUUAUUUUAUUUUAAUUGAGAAUAAAUACAUAGGAAAACAAAAAGAAACAAUCCUAGCAGUUCAGUGGUACCUCGGGUUAAGUACUUAAUACGUUCCGGAGGUCCGUUCUUAACCUGAAACUGUUCUUAACCUGAAGCACCACUUUAGCUAAUGGGGCCUCCCGCUGCUGCUGCGCCGCCGGAGCAUGAUUUCUAGUCUCAUCCUGAAGCAAAAUUCUUAACCCGAGGUACUAUUUCUGGGUUAGCGGAGUCUGUAACCUGAAGCGUAUGUAACCUGAAGCAUAUGUAACCCGAGGUACCACUGUACUUGAUUUAUAACAUAGAACACAACUGCUUUAUAAUAGGAUUGUGGGACAUCCAGAAAGUAUAACACAAUGCAGCUACAUAAGAUGACCAAUCAUUCCCAAAAUAUAAUUAUAAACGCGCCUCUUACACAUGUACCUUAAGUAUGUUUAGAAGUUCAAGUGAGAGGCGUGAGCUUGCUGUGGCCAGGUAAUCUCAUUUAUAUUAAGUCUAAUUUGAGAUAAACAAACCCUCAUUCCUUUGGAUCUUCCCAGCAUAUUUUCCAUCCUCUCCUGCCACACCGGUGUGGCGUACCACACAGCCUUUGAGAACUACUGGGUUAGGGGUUCAUUGGCUUGGUGAGGGUCUCUGCAUUCCAGAACAGCCUUUUCCAACCCAGCUAUUGUUGGGCUUCUCAUCGUCCCUGACCAUUGGGCCAUGCAGGCUGGACAGAUGGAAGUUGUAGUCCAAAAACAUAUGGGGACCUAAGGUUGGGAAAGGUUGUUCUCGAAGACACACUGAGAAGCUCUUGGGUCUCUGUCACCUGUCUAGGGCAAGGGCAAUCUUAGGAAUAUAACACUGAGUCACAGAAUUGGUCCAUCUCCCGGGUUUCAGGCAGGGGUCUCUCCCAGCCCUACCUGCGAUUGAAUUUGAGACCUUCUUUGUGCAAGACUGGUGCUCUACCUCUUCCCUAUAGCCACAGGUGUAAAGAGGGGGAACUGCAAAACUGGUGAGCUUUAAAAACUAGAAUAGUAUCCCUAUGUUAUUAAUAGGUUUUACAGUACUUAUGACCUUGAUUAUUUAACAAUCUCCCCCUCCAUUUAGUUUUGGCUUUUUGAUUAGAUGGGCACUUUUAUAACGCAGUGGUGAGAUAAUUCUGUUACACCAAACUGAUGAUAUAGAAGUGUAUUUCUGAGCAGCAUCCCAGUCAAGUAUUGUUCAUGGGAAGUGUAUUGUUAUGCUGUUUGGCAUGUAAUACAGUAAUACAAGUAGAAGGACGCGGGUGGCGCUGUGGUCUAAACCAUCGAGCCUCUUGGGCUUGCUGAUCAGAAGGUCGGCAGUUCGAAUCCCUGCAAUGGAGUGAGCGCCCGUUGCUCUGACCCAGUUCCUGCCAACCUAGCAAUUCGAAAGCACGCCAGUGCAAGUAGAUAAAUAGGUACCAUUGGCCAUGCUGCCUGCAACUGGUGGGAGUUGUAGUCCAAAACAUCUGGAUGGCACCACAUUGGGGAAAGCUAUCCUAGGGCAACAAAAAUUCACUUAGGGCAAGUUGUUUCAGACAUUAUAUAAACAGAGUAUAUUCUUCUGAUUAAAAUUUUGGCACGCACUACACCUCAGGGUAACUAGCCUCGCUGAGAUGCCAAAUAGUUUAUCAACUGAAAAUGCUGAACUUGAUCUUGUCUCAACACUAUCUUGGAUAUCAGCAAAGUGUUUUAUUGGAUUUUAACACUGUAUGAUUAUAGCCUGCUUUAGGUUACAUGGGGAAGGGCAGGUAAGAAAUCUUCUACAUAAAUAAAUAAAGUCCCCCCCCCCCAAGUCUCUGGAAACUGCAGAUUAAACAAUUACUUAAAAGUAUAUCAUACAAUGCAAUUCAUUCAAUGAUCGACCUCAAGAUUACUUUCCUAAGUACAGUCAUACCUCAUGUUACAUUUGCUUAAUGUUACGUUCUUUCAGGUUACGUCCCGUGGCGACCUGGAAGUACCGGAAAGGGUUACUUCCAGGUUUCACCGCUCGUGCAUGUGCAGAAGCGCAAAAUGACGUCAUUUGCAGAAGCGGCAAAUCGCAACCCGCGCAUGCGCAGAUGUGCCGCUGCGGGUUGUGCUCUUUUCAUGUUGCAAACAGGCCUCCGGAACGGAUCCCGUUCGCAACCAGAGGUAAUGCUGUAAUAAACUCAGUUCAUUCAUGGGCAAGGAGAUGUUGUAGUUCAGGAAUGGGGAACUUGUGGUCCUCCAGGUGCUGUGGCUCCAACUCCCAUCAGCCCCAGCCAGGAUGGCCAUUGGCCAAGGAUGAUGAGAACAUCAAGAGGGCCACAGGUUCCCCAUCCCUACUACACUGGAACUGAUUCACAGGUGUGGUAUAAAGUAAAGGUAAAGGUACCCCUGCCCGUACGGGCCAGUCGUGUCCGACUCUAGGGUUGUGCGCCCAUCUCACUUAAUAGGCUGGGGGCCAGCGCUGUCCGGAAUCACUUCCGGGUCACGUGGCCAGCGUGACGAAGCUGCUCUGGCAAGCCGGCACCAGCGCAGCACACGGAAACGCCGUUUACCUUCCCGCUAUAAAGCGGUACCUAUUUAUCUACUUGCACUUAGGGGUGCUUUCGAACUGCUAGGUGGGCAGGAGCUGGGACCGAAGGACGGGAGCUCACCCCGCCGCGGGGAUGCAAACCGCCGACCAUGUGAUCGGCAAGCCCUAGGCGCUGAGGUUUUACCCACAGCGCACAGGUGUGGUAUAGAUUGCUAAUUUUGCUGCCAGGUCUGUGUUCCCUGUGCAUUCCAUUUCCGUUGUCAAAUUCAUCAUGUGGGUGUGGAUGAACAUCAUGGAUGGGUGGAUGAACAUGUGUGUUUACAUAUUUUUCCAGCCAUUUAGGUCACUAUUUUUUUGGACUGAUCCUGUAUUUCUAGUAAGCAUACAUACUAGGAAGUAACCCCCAUUUCCCAAAAAGUGUAGGUAGCCAGUGGUAGCCAUCAACCACUGACUAGGCUAAGACUAUACAUUGACAGAGUCAAUUGCAACAGUGGCACCCCGGUCAAAGUCCAGGGCUCUGUCCUUUGGGUAGCACAGGUUCUCUUGCCCACCACCUUCCUCCAAAUCAUGGAAUCAUAUAAUUGUAGAGUUGGAAGGGACCCUGAGCAUCAUCUAGUUCUAGGCCAACUCCCUGCAAUGCAGAACUAUGCGGCUAUUCCAUACAGGGGUGGAACCAGCAGCCUUGCCAUUAUCAGCACCGCAAACGAACAAGUUGGAACAAAUGUAGCUCCGCGUUGAACCUCUGACAGGUGGACAUUCUUUGUGGCCUGCACUAUUGUUCUGUGUAUGUGGUAAAGAUUUGUUAUACAGUGGUACCUUGGGUUACAUACGCUUCAGAUUACAUACGCUUCAGGUUACAGACUCCGCUAACCCAGAAAGAAUACCUCAGGUUAAGAACUUUGCUUCAGGAUGAGAACAGAAAUCGUGCUCUGGCCGCGCGGCUGCGGGAGGCCCCAUUAGCUAAAGUGGUGCUUCAGGUUAAGAACAGUUUCAGGUUAAGAAUGGACCUCCGGAACGAAUUAAGUACUUAACCUGAGGUACCACUGUAUGUCCAGAGCUGGUGUAAGGGGCUUCAUAUCCUUGCAGAAGGCUCCCUCAAUCCCCAGGGGUCCUGCGGCCAGUAGUAGCAGCCCAAGGGGUCAGGCAGAGCCGCCUUUCUGAUAUUAGUAGCUCUGCAGCUUGCCUGAACAGCGCUAGAGCAGCGCGGCAGCGGAGUCUGGAUAAAUGCAGUGGCAGGAACACCAGAUGAGCCUCUUUGUGUCCACACAGCCCUGAACUUGCCUAGCUCCCAUGCCAUCCAGGUAAGCCGCAGGGCUGCUUCUUCCUACCAUGCUUGCUGCAAGUCCUCCUGGUUUUGUCGCUCUUCCUCUGCGUUGCCACUGCCCUCCCUGAGCAUGCAGACAGUGGCAACAGUGAGGAGGUGAAGCAGCCUCUCAGUGGCGUAGCGUGGGUUGCCACUGCCCAGGGCUGCACGGAGGGGGUGGUGGGAGGGAGGAAAAUGGAUGGAACACACAUGCUCAUUCAGCUGCCUAAUGGUGUAUAUGUCACCCAAGGGAUUGCAGCUGCAGAGAUAAGAAAAGAAGAGUCAUUCCGUUGUCUGGAGAGGUCGCUUCCUGGUUCGCAUAGAGAAGCUCUUUUCAACAGAGUCAGCGCACAGCACUGAGUGUUGAAAUUUUGCGCCCCCUAACAUUUUUGAACCCCUGUGCCCCUCCCACACUACACCACUGGAGCAGCCUCCUGUAUCUCCCCCCUUGAACCUGCAGCCAGCAUUUUACAAAAGCUUUCCGAAGAAUGAUCUGGAUAGACUUGCUUGCAGUCUGAAAAAGUAAGAAGACUGUGGGGGCAUGAAAGUUUCAGAGGAUUCCCAGGGAUUGUUUUGUUUAGGGUCGCCAUGGUGCAGGAAGGAUGGAUUCACAAGAGGGGAACAGACUGUGAUGGGUGGGAGUUCCUGCCUCUAGGGAACUUGUAGGCUUAAGAGGCUAGGAUUUGUGAAGUGUGGGGCGGGUGGUGAGGGUGGAGAGAGAGAGAGAGAGAGAAAGCGGAGAGAAACACAUGAGAAUUGUCUUCCUUGGGGCUAAACAUUUCUUCUAAGGGGUCUGUCCUAUAGCCAUGAUUUCCUGCCACGGAGGGAAAAGGGCUGCGAAGCAUCUGGAGAGAAGGAGACUCUCUUUACCAGCUUGUUUCCUGUACGUUAAAUUGGAAUGCCUUGUCUGUGCAAAUAGAUUUCAAAAUAGAGCCUGCCCUUUGACUGUCUCUGUAAUUGCAUGGCUCUUGCAGUGUUUUAUUUGGCUGCCAGAGUAGUUAACCCCUGGAAGUAAAGGGUUGAGGAUGGCGUGACCAGCACGGGUGUGUAGACAUGGCCAUGUGAAUGCCGCCUUGUUUAAAUAAGCCUGCUUACCCACGGCCCUUUUUCUGAAACAUUUGUACUCUCUCUCUCUCACUCUGUGAUAUAUAUAUAUAUAUAUAAGUACCACACAUAUAUAGAUAUAUAUCACAUGCAAAAAGUUGAUUUAAAAUAUGCUAGCUCCUGGGUGUACAGAUAAUGAGGUGGUUUUAGCUACCCAAAAGGGGGGGGGUGGAGUUUUUUCACUGCUUUGAUGUAACCCACAUCUGUCAGGCCUGGCUGGGGGUGGGGGCUUGAAUUUGUUUUUGUUUAAUUUCAAGGGCUCUUGUCUUCCUUAUUUGCCCAAUCAGUUUAAGCUUCUGCCCCAGGCACUCCCUUGUGCUGUUCUUUUCUUCUGCCAGCGCACAGGUUAUUGCGUGUGAAAUGUGAGCUCCACUUCUCUUGCGCAGGUUACAGAGAGUUGCAAAGACCCUUUAAUCUUUCGCGGUGUGGUUUUCAAGCACAUGUACCCAGCCCAACCCCAACCCCCCGGAAUACAACGCAGAUACAGCUACAUCAGUCUAUCAUUGAGCGCUUGGGGUCCUGCCUUCUAAGAAUCUCUGUUGUGACUUAUCUUUGCGUGAAACAUUUGGUGUCUCUGUUUGGGAAAUUUGAACCGCUUAACUAGACUUAAGAAUAAAAGCCUCACACAUUCCAGUUCAAUUUGUUAGAGUCCGUAGUCCGUUUUCUCUCUCAACCUGUUGCAAAAGAGUUAUCCAAAUUUAAGAUUUAUUUGUUUUUUUAAAAAAAAACCUGGAGGCACAGACGAGCUUCGUUGCUUAUUCCUUUGUGCAGUCUUCUAACGUACUAAAUAUCUUAAACAUCUUGAAAUACGGGUUUGCAAAUUAGUAAUUUCUUUUCAAAUUGUCGAACAAUUUUGAAUUCACAUCAGACAUUAGUGGGAAAUCGCUAAUAAUUUAAUGCUUGAUUCAGACAAAUUUUCUUCACCCAGGAAUCAGUUUCUUAAGAAUGGUAGCCUAAUGGGCCUUUGUACUUGAUAUUGUCCACUUUUUGAAAUUAUAAAUGUUUUGGUUUGGGGUAUUUAAUUGGCAUUUGCAAAUUGUAUUACAAUUGGUUAGUAUUUCACAAUUUUCGAAUUCUUUGUUGAGUGUGGGGUGUGUGUAUGUGUGUGUAUGAUAUUUUAAUUAGCAGUUGCCUUUAUUUACACUGUCAUCUCUGCUGUGGCAAAUUUUCAGCAGCUUAAUUUUGAGGUUAACCAAACAGGUUUUAAUAGUUUGAUGAAACAUGAGAGCACUUGCACUAAUGUGUGUUGAAAAUAACGUGGGCUUCUAGUUCCAGUUAUUGAUGGACUAUGUUACUGCUCUCUGGAACAUAAAGCAAUUAUUCCUGUAACUAUUAAAUAAGAAACACUUCAAAAGGAGUCAUUGCCAACCUUUCUCUCCGGGGUGGGGGAUCUUGUUGACCGGAAGAAAAGUCACAUCUGAAUUACUAAAAUCAGCUUAAUUAAGGGUCAUUUUGGAAAUACACAUAAAAAUCCUUACUACUCAAUGGGUGAAAUGGAAGCAUUUCAUUAUAUACUGUAGCAUGCAUGAACAGAUAAUAAUUAAAACAGACCUGCAGUAAAGAGGCUAAUAAAUGUGGGGCAUGUAGCUUGCUGUAAAAUUAAAAUACUCUUUCCACUCCAAUCAUCAUCAGCUGAGUUCUUCAUUCAUCCCCUUUAACUGAGUCAGUUAAAAGAGAACCAAGAAUUGUUUUAAUAAAAAGAUUACUACUUUUUCUGCAAGUUAUUGAAGAGGAAGCACCCCAGCAGAACUAUAUUACUGAAUGCUAGUUAGUAUCCCUGAAAAGUAUAAGAACAAAGGUGUAGCUUUUAUGAAGGACACGAAUCCGUUUUACAACAAUAUUCAAAUCAAAGUAGAAAAAUGACAACAGCCAAAGAACCCAACGGCUGAUGGGAUUUUUAUUAUGUACGCUGCUAAUUCCUGUUAUAGAAGUUUGUAAAGGUGUGAUUUAUUCAUCACAAUUUCCUCUAUAGAUUUGCAGCCUCUAGGGUACAGUGGUAGGUGGUCAAUUUUGCACCGCUUUUAAGAUUAGUAGUACAAAAUGCUAAUUUUGAUGUGUGUGUUUUUCCUUGCGGUUCGUAGCCCAUUCCCCCAUAGAAAUAUUUUAAAACUAAAACUGCACCCGGUAAGCAAGCCUUUGGUGUUGUUGAUAAAUCAGUGGGCUUAAGUAUAUAUAAUACCACAUUUGGUUUUUAAAGCAGCAUUUCAUCUUUCUUUGAGAUGUACAUCUAGGGCACCAAACAGUUUAAUGCAUGAGAGGCUGUCAGCUGUAGAAUAAACAGGAGUAAACAGAAUUUGACAAUGGCUUAGAUUUGCGUAAAGUGUUCUUGUCGGGUGGAGGCGAAGUCUGUAGGAACUAGAUUGAGAAACACAGCCAGCAGUUCUUGUCUCCAGUGAUGGAUGAUGUUAGUGUAUCAAAUGGGCUGUGAAUGUUAGAAGUUUGGAAACUUGAGUGGAUUUUGAGGUUUUAAAAAGUAUAUUAUUUGUAAAGAAAACAAGGCGAGGCAGAGUAGGCUUUUCGUUGUUCUGAAGACCCUCUCCGCGUAUUAGAUUUCGCCCUCAUCAUGCUUGCUUGGACUGCCUUUUAUGUUAAAACCCCGAGGAGGGGAAUAAUUCUGGUUUCGUUUUUUUAUGCGUGUUUAUCUUAACACAUUUCUUUGCAAAGGCUCUUCUUUGUGUGCUGUUGCUGCCUGGUCCUACGCUGGGGCGUAACUCUCUCCCUGCUGCUGCAGCAUCCUGCAUGAAACAAAUGAGCUGGUGUUGCAAGUUGCUGGAAAGCAAGGAGGGAAAGAAAAUCCUUGCUGCAGCUUGCAGCAGUCACAAGAGGGAGCUGAGGGCUGGCUACAUGGGCCUUAGGAUGGAGCUGAAGCAGCCUGCCUCCCAUCUAUCCCUCCCGAAGCCCCUCUCUGUUCUAUUUCUUCUCUGUGCUUGGCAUAGCCCUGGUGAGAUCUGCUGGUUUGGCAACAGGAGAGCCAGUUCUUCCUCUUGCCUGAAGCAAGGAAACGUCAAAAAACCCCAAAAACCCUUGCAUCUGCCCUUGAAGCUGCGAACACAAUCUUGUGCACAGCAGGCCACAGGAUCCGGCCUUUAUUGCGUCGUAUCCCUUAAUUCCAGCAUAUAACAAACAAUUAUUACAGACACUCCAAGUGUCCUUGUUUUCCAGGGACAGUCCCGGAUUUACAGAAGCCGUCCCAGUUUCUCAUUCAAUCCCAGAAUGUCCUGCUUUUCCUUAGGACGUCCUAAUUUUCAUCGGAGAAAUGUUGGAGGGUAUAGAGUUAUGCGACCUCCGAGCCAAGGAGAUAAGGAACUAUACAUCCUUUAGAAGACAUAAAGGCAACCCUGUAUAGGGAAGUUUUUAAUAAUAAUAAUAAUGAUAAUAAUAAUUUAUUUAUACCCCGCCCAUCUGGCUGAGUUUCCCCAGCCGCUCUGGGCAGCUCCCAAUCAAGUGUUAAAAACAAUACAGCAUUAAAUAUUAAAAACUUCCCUAAACAGGUUUGUUUUUAUGUAUGCUGGAAGCUACCUAUUGUGGGGCAACCCAGUCAGAUGGACAGGGUAUAAAUAAUAAAAUCAUUGCUAUCAUCAUUGUUGUUAAAUAGAAUGUCCUUAUUUUCACUGGAGAAAUGUUGGAGGGUAUGUUAUUAUUGGAAGGGUUCUUGACAUUAUCCUGUCAUUUUAUUACUCACUUUUAGAAUAUAUUCCUCCCCCCCCCCCAUUUUUCCCCCUUUUGGAAAAGUGGUGAAAGUUUAAGAGAACUUUGACUACUGAGUUUGCGGUCAUUGUCAAGAGCCACAUUGUGGAAAGGAAAAAGGCACCCAUUGUUUCAGUUCUUUGGAAUUAAGCACUUUAUAAACUCUUUGUGAGCUGCUUUACCACCCUUACUCAUAUUUACAGUAUCUCAGCCAAAAAGUGCAUGACUUGACAAAGGCAGGAUCAAUGUCUAAGCAAGGAUUUAAACUUAAGUCUGGUUCUCUAAUUUUUCGACUUUGCUGGCUGAGGGAGCCAGCUUGUCAUUAAUUGAAAGGUUACUUGAUUUCUUUCUUUCUGCUUCUUCUUAAAUGUCUAUGCAUGGUCUGGCUUGACAGCAAACUCCUUCUUAGAUAGGGAAACACUGAAAUGCACUUCUGUGAUGAACGAAUCAGCGCAGCCUGAUUCAUAACAGAGUCUAAAGUUAUUCGCAGCACAAUGCCAUGUAUUAUUUUUUUUUACACACAAGUUAGUCACACUGUGUUCAGCAGAACUUACUCUGGCCCUCCAGAUGUUUGGGACUAUAAUACCCAUCAUCCCUGACCACUGGUCCUGUUAGCUAGGGAUGAUGGGAAUUGUAGUCCCAAACAUCUGGAGGGCCAGAGUUUGCCUAUGCCUGCUCUUGGGCUUCCCGAUCAGAAGGUUGACGGUUCGAAUCCCCGUGACAGAGAUUUAUUUAUUUUUAGUUAUGUGUCUCCUCCAUGGCUCACAUGGGCAUCUUUCCAUGAGCGAUUAUGUACCUACCUCUGGCUUCCUGGCAGACCUGUGAACUGUUGCACAUGUUCAGGACAGGUGUUUUAAUGAGUCUCUUGGGCUCCCUGCCUUUUACACAAGUCCCUACACGACGUAACAGCCCUUCCAAAAUCUCUCCGAACCACACAAGAGGUAGCCCUCCCCCCCCUUAAUUACCAGACAGAGCGCGCUCAGUAUAUUUCAGGCUCGUCUGCGAGAGCUGGAUUUAAGUCAUCCCUCUGUGUUCCUGCGCCAUUAGUCCAUAUACUAUACUUCUGGGAUAAUGGAGAGUAGAAAGUUGCUGGUAAUGUGUUGGGCCUCUGUUGUCCCUUGAGGUGCUAUACAAAUCUAAGCAAUUUUCGCUUACUUGCCACUUGUCAAAAUCUGGAAAGAACAUUAUGAACCCUGCAGAAAUUCUUAAAAUGGCAGCUCCUAUUCAGCCAGGGCUUUUGUUCUGUAAUUUUUGGGCUCCUGAAAGGAGUGCCCCACUGUUCUAAUUAAAAUAAAUGGGCAAAGGACAGGCUUCUGCAUUUCACAUGUUCUAUGGAGUACUAAGGGUUGGGGGGGUGGGGAGUAUAAAAGAAGCCAAAUAUUUUACAAAUGUAGAGGGAAAAUGUCUGUACCAUAGUUACAAAGGCUGUAUUUUGUAGGGGGCGGGGGGAACAGGUAGAACCAAAAAGCUGGUAGCCUUGAAGAAAACAAACAGAGACAAGUUUCCCCCCAACAUUUUCUAAAACUAUAUCUAUCUAUCUAUCUAUCUAUCUAUCUAUACACACACACACACACAUAUAUACACACAGUGGUACCUCGGGUUACAUACGCUUGAGGUUAUAUACGCUUCAGGUUACAGACUCCGCUAACCCAGAAAUAGUACCUCGGGUUAAAAACUUUACCUCAGGAUGAGAACCGAAAUCACACGGCGGCAGCAGGAGGCCCCAUUAGCUAAAGUGGUACCUCAGGUUAAGAACAGUUUCAGGUUAAGAACGGACCUCCAGAACGAAUUAAGUGCUUAACCCGAGGUACCACUGUAUAAACAUUUUUAGCAAAUCACAUUUAAAGUGCAUUUAUAGCAUGGCUUCCUCCAAAGAAUCAUGGGCGCUUCAGUUUCCAAAGAGCUUCAGUUCCUGGAACCCUUAACAAACUACAGUUCCCAGUGCUUUAAAUGACCAAAUCAUUCUUACCUUACCAUUCAUUCAGGCCUUGCUACUUCUUCCCCAAACUCCGUCCUCUCCCUUUGUUGUUGUUUUUCACUGUGUAACUUAGAUGGGGGGCAGGCGGUAGAAUUCGAUAUAACAACCAAUAAUGUGUCCCUUUUCUAUAAAAUUGUAUGACCAUGUUAUACAGAUGUCCUGUAUUGGGUCCAAAGGAUGAAUGAAAGCGAGACAUAUUUAUGUUGACGAUAUGUAAUACAACUGCUGGGAUAGCUCAGUCAGCAGAACAUGAGACUCUUAACCUCAGGGUCGCGGGUUUGAGCCCCACGUUGGGCAAAAGAUUCCUGUAUUGCAGGGGGUUGGACUAGAUGACCCUCGUGGUCCAUUCCAACAAUGAUUAUAUGAAUAAAUGAGUAAAAAGUCUCCAGUAAGAAGGAGAUUGCUACUCAUCAAAGAAAGGAAACUUCCAGAUAAGGCUCCUUCGUUUAACCACGACCACAGGGGGGAAGGUAUUUCCACACAUUAGUUUUGAUUGGCCUGGAUAAAUUAAUACGGAGCAGGGAAACUGGUGCAACUAACUGGGUUCCAUGUUAGAGGUAAGGAGAAAAUAUUUUGUUCCAAGAGCAGUUGUUUGGAAACUGGAGGACUUUUGCUGUUCUCCCUUUAUGGGUGCACACUAAUGUGUCUGAUAGUAAGCUAGAAUCCUCUUUGAUAUGGGACUGUCUGCUAAUAAGGUUAGAUAACCUUCUAUUCUGGAGUUAGGCCCACUUUACCUGAAGGAGCAUCUCCAACCCCAAGUUUCCAAGCACGAUUCAAAGUGUUGGUGCUCACUUUUAAAGCCCUAAACAUCCUUGGCCCUGUAUACCCAAAGGAGCAUCUCCAGCCCCAUCGUUCAGCCUGGACACUGAGGUCCAGCUUCAAGGGCCUUCUGGCAGUUCCCUCACGAUGAGAAGUGAAGUUGCAGGAAACCAGGCAGAGGGCCUUCUCGGUAGUGGUGCCUGCCCUCCCAUCAGAUGUCAAGGAGAUAAAGAACCACGCAACUUUUAGAAGACACCUUAAGGCAGCCCUGUAUUGGGAUGUUUAUAAUGUUUGAUGUUUUUUAAUGUUUUUAUAUGUGUUGGAAGCCACCCAGAAUGGCUGGGGCAACCUAGCCAGAUGGGUGGGGUAUAAUUAUUAUUAUUAUUAUUAUUAUUAUUAUUAAUUAUACUAGAUAGAAGAUGCUGACAUCCCUCCCAGCAAAUACUAUUCUGUGAGUGUAAAUAAGCUACGCUUAAAAAGAUUUAGCAAAGCAGAACUUUCUACAGGGCAUAGGGUUUUGUUGUGGGUUUCAUUGGUAGUUUUAGUAUGAUUGUAACAGCAAUGCCGUCGUAAAAUGCUGUUUAAUCAUUCCUUUUAUGUAGAUAUUAUAUAUAUCUAUAUCAAUCCACAGGUUGCACGACUGGCCGUCAGCGACUUUUCUCUUCAUCAGUUGAUCAUAUCUACUUACACAAGCAGUCAAGCAUUCAGCAAAGAAGAUAUCUCUUUUUCCAGAGACAAAGAAAUACUCCCUAUAGCAUAGUCUGGCCAGCUUUGGUUUCUCCGGCUCAUCCAGUUCCUAAGGUACUGUAAUUUCUAUUAUCUGAUCCUUUCUCCAGUCAAUAUAAAGGUUGACUGCACGAGUGAUCAAGUACAUUCAUCCCUGACAGCUGGGAAUUUGAAUCAUGGUUUUGUUACCAGGGCUGAGAUUUGAUAUUGGAACGCUGGUGAGCCAAGUUCCCUGCUCCCUGCUAUGCUAAAGACAGCGCCAAAUCAAUUUCUCAGCCAGUUUAAAUCUGAUGCUCCUUCAGCUGCCGCAAACCCAAAUGCGCUUUUUGUUUUGUUAGUCUCGUUGUUUAAAAAAGAAAGAUAUUUUGCAAUUGGUUAGAAGUCAAGUCAAUGUGAAUUGACUGCACUUGAGGGGGGGGAUAUCACUGUACGUUUUUAAAAAUAGCAAACUUAAAAACAUUUCUGUCCAUUUCCAGCUUUGUUUAUUUGCUUCCACCUAAAAACUGAAAUGCUUAUUAAAAGGUCAGUGAGCUGCCCUGCUAUGUAUCUUAUCAAGUAAACCUUCCUGUUACUUGCUGAAACUAGCUUCUUGGAAUACAGAGAUGGCAUAUUUUAAAAGGCAACCUGGAAAGUAUGGGUUGAGGUUGCUGUUUUUUAAAUUUCAGUGUUCAUUGAAAGUAGUAACUCAAGCUAUUUCAUAGUUUUGACAUACGCAUUGUCCAGUCCUAUGCGGUAUUUACUCAGAAUGAGUCCCAUUGGUUUCCAUAGGGCUUACUCUCAUUGAACUAUGCUUAGGACCUGAUCUCAUGAUGAUUUGCUCAAAAUUAGUUCAGUGUAAGUCUUAAAGUAAGAAGAGCUUUCAGGACAACUCCCAUUACAAUGUCCCAGCUCCUUCAAAGACCUUCCUGCAUUCUGUGUGGAGGUCUGUGCUCAAUGUGAAGGGAGAUUCAAAGCACAUUUGGGUAACAACAACAACAACAAAAACAACAAUUUUGUUAUUUAUACCCUGCCCAUCUGGGCAGCUUCCAACAUAUAUAAAAACAUAAUAAAACAUCAAACAUUAAAAACUUCCAGUUUACAGGGCUACCUUCAUAUGUCUUCUAAAAGUUGUUUAGUUAUUUGAUGGGAGGGCAUUCCACAAGGCGGGCCCCACUACCGAGAAGGCCCUCUGCCUGGUUCCCUGUAACCUCACUUCUCGCAGUGAGGGAAACGCCAAAAGGCCCUUGGAGCUGGACCUCAGUGUUCUGACUGAACGAUGGGGGUGGAGACUCUCCUUCAGGUAUACUGGGCUUAGGCCGUUUAGGGCUUUAAAGAUCAGCACCAACACUUUGAAUUGUGCUUGAAAAUGUACUGGGAGCCUGUGUAGAUCCUUUAGGAUCGGUGUUAUAUGGUCCUGGCAGCCGCUCCCAGUCGCCAGUCUAGCUGCCGCAUUCCAGACUAGUUGCAGUUUCCAAGUAAAUGCAUUUAGAAGCCUCCCCAUGAUUGACACAAUCAUGACACAAUUAGAACCUCUCUUCAGACCUUCAAGCUCAACACCUGAAGGUCGGAAGUGGAGCUGGCACAUGGGGAAUGUUUGGGGUGGGGUUUGUAUACCUAACUUGCCCCGCUUUUACCCAUCUGCUAGGGCAGGGCGAUACAACACGCAGCCCAGGGGCCACAAUUGGCCCUCAGAGCCUUUUUGGGGGCAGCCCUGGGCAGCAUUUGACACACAUACCCCUGCAGCUCUUGCACUGCCGUCCCAAAACCAGGUAAGGAGGCACUGGGCUGUGGGAAGGAGACGUGAGGGCUCUGACAGGACCCUCCUAUAAUCCCGAUAUCCCAAGUCUAACAUUGCUUCCUCUGGCUAUUACUAGCUUCUGUUAUGCAAGCUCUGAAUUUUGGAAAGUAAACUAGUAUCUACCGUAUUUUUCGCUCUAUAGGACGCACUUUUUCCCCUCCAAAAAUGAAGGGGAAAUGUCUGUGCGUCCUGUGGAGCGAAUGAAGGCUUUCGCUGAAGCCUGGAGAGCGAAAGGGGUUCUCGCUCCCCGGGCUUCAGGCAGCUAUCUGCAAGCCUUCUGAGCGCGGCGGGAGUUCCCGCCGAGCUCCGAAGGCUUGCGGAUAGCAGCCUGAAGCCCGGGGAGCGCAGCGCCAACUCCCGCUGCACUUCCUGGGCUUCAGGCAGCUAUCCGCAAGCCUUCGGGCUCCAAAGGCUUGCAUAUAGCAGCCUGUUCUGGGGGCUGGGGUUGGGGGAAGCCCGUCUACAGCCCCCGCAAGCUCUGGGAGUGGCGGUGAGGUUGCACGCAAUCUUGCCGCCGCUCCUGGACCUGUUCUGGGGGCUGGGGUCGGGGGAAGCUUGGGCUUCCCUCGCCCCAGCCCUGUGGCUGGGGGGGGGAUUUCCCCCCCUUCAUUCCCCCCCCCCAAAAAAACCCUAGGUGCACCCUAUGGUCCGGUGCGCCCUAUGGAGCAAAAAAUACGGUACAUCUUAGAUGUUUUCAGAAAUCUCAGGGACGAGUAGUAGCACAGGUGCAUGAAUUUAUCUAUAAAUGUGGUGCCAGAUGAAAUGCCGCAAACCGGUUUGCAGAGACUGUGGAACCCAGGAAGCUUGCCUGUUUUCUGAAAUGCCUUCAGUGAUGCAGAUCAAUGAAAUAAGCUGUGUUCUGUUCUGAUUUGCCUGCUCCCUUGCUAUAUUAUUUACUAUUACUACUGUAGCUAUUGUUGUUAUUAUUUGUUUUUCUUACCCGCCCUUCACGACAAGGUCCCAGGAUGGGUUACGCUGUGCAGCUAAAACAAUAGGCAACAACAGCCCCAACUAUAAUCCGCCCCCACCUCCAUCCAAAAAAAAUCAUUCCCUGCAACAUGUUACAGGGAGGAUACCAAAAUCAAUAUUCAGAUUUAAAAGGCUGGAACGGGUAGCUACAUACACAAAGCACAAUGCUAAGACCUGCAUGCCUGAGCAACCAAUCUGCCUUCUGAUAUUAAUGUCAAAAGGAAGAUAGCGAAUAGUGAGAACAACCUCAUUGAAAGUGUAAUUAAAAUAUGUGUGUCUAUUAUUAUGUGUGUCCUGUGUCUGCAAAGAGCAGCACUUUGGCAGUUGCCUUUUUUAUAUUUUGCGCUGCCUACAUUUUGGGUUCCACAGUGCAAAUCCUUAUCAGAAUAAGCCUCGUGGGCCAAAUCUGAUAGGUGGGCAGGGGCUUCCUACUACCUGUUAGUCACAUGACAUCACAUUAUUGGCUGGUGGGCAGGGCCCGCCCACCUGUUGCAAUUGGGGUUCCCGCUUGGGAACCGCAGUCAGCCCUGUGUUUCAUGCUUUGGGAAGCUCUGAGCAUUGGGACAGCAAACUCCUUGUCCCCCCCCCCCGCCCUUCCUGCCAUUUACAAAGGCAGGAUAAGCAAGUCUGAAGAUUGCAGAUGACAGCUGCAAGCAGGCCUUUGCCUGCAAAACGUACCAUUGUUUCUCAACUUCGUAGAGUCGACAUAUUCCAAAAAGCAAAAACCCGGACACCCCCCCCCAAUCGUGACACCCCUUCCCACCAUUGAACAUCUCCGUCAGGUGGCUGGCACCGUGAGCCAGCCUCACACUGAAAGAGAGAGAGGGGGGGGGAUAGAAGGGAAGGGAGAGAGAGGUGGAAUCUACACACAUAAAAACUGAAUAUGCUUUUUUUAAAAAGCGUUAUUAAAAAUACAUUGAAUUUUCCAUAAGGCUCACCAUUGCCAUCUAGUGUCACAUUGUAUGUUGCACUUACUUAAAACACACUUAAAACGUUUUAUUUGCAGCGAUAUAGCUGAAUCCACAGGGACGCGGGUGGCGCUGUGGGUAAAACCUCAGUGCCUAGGACUUGCCGAUCGUAUGGUCGGCGGUUCGAAUCCCCGCAGCGGGGUGAGCUCCCGUCUUUCGGUCCCAGCUCCUGCCCACCUAGCAGUUCGAAAGCACCCCUAAGUGCAAGUAGAUAAAUAGGUACCGCUUUAUAGCGGGAAGGUAAACGGCGUUUAAUCUAAAUGCCUUCUAGAUUAUUGAAACUACAAUUCCUUCCAUCCCUCUUGAUUAGACUUGCUGUCCAGGACUUACGGAAAGGCUGCACUAUGGUUUAUUUACCACAUCGUGCAAACACGGCCCAUAAUAUGUGUGUUUAUAUUUGUGCGUAUAAAGAUGUGUGCGGUUGCGUAGUAAAGUCCAGCGAAGCAAUUAAGUAAAGAGUUGCCUGAAUUUGGAGUCGCACCCCUGAAUUUGGGAGUUAUUGGGUUGUUGUUUUUAUUUUGAUUAUAUAUUUUGUGGUUUUAUAUUUUGAUUUUGUUCUGUGAACCACCCUGAGACCUCCAGGUAUAGGGUGGUAUAUAAAUUCAAUAAAUAACCACAACAACAACAACAAAUAAUUUAUAUUUUCCACAGAAUUCCCACCUGUGCUGUUUUGUGGAUGGGGGGUGGGUUGCAGCUUAUAUUUUAAAAAGCUGGGAUUCCUCCCCCUCGAUUUCCCCCAUAGCCACGAAGAAACCGAACGAUUUCGCUGGGUUUUGUCCGAAAACACAGCGCCGUUGUUUUUUUAAAAAAACGGGGCGGCGAAACAGGAGCCGGUUUGGCUACUUUGAGGAGCCUUCUGAUAGUUUUAAGCCUCGGAGUGGGAAGCAGCUGCGGUAUUUUGAAUUUUCAGUGCUGUAAGGUUAACAGACUAUCAAGAGUUGCUGGCAACGGACAACGUUAAGUUCAAAAGGGCAGUGGCAGAAACACUGAGGCAGCCUUGAGGGUUUGCCCUGAUGGCUUAGGAAGGUCGCUAGGGCGAACGAAAGGCCAAGCUGCCAUGAAGCAGGAGGCUCUAUCUGAGAAAAUGAUCCCAUUGUCAUGCUUCCCUUUUUUUUCUGAUCUUCCAUUUUCAAUCCUUUUUCCCCCCUCCCAAGCACAUAAAGAAACCAGACUAUGUGACGACAGGCGUUGUACCAAGCUGGGGAGACUACAUAGAAAUUAAGAACGAAGAUCAGAUUCAAGGACUUCGCCAGGCUUGUCAACUGGCCCGUCACGUCCUCCUUCGAGCUGGGAAGAGUUUAAAGGUAACAACCGCCACGUGGAGGCUUGGCCAGUCCUCACCUUUGUCGUCCGGCAUGUUUUGAGUUACGCCGUUCUCGGUUUGUAUUGAAAUAUCCUUUAAAAAAAAAAAAGUUUGCAGAAAUAGUGAAAAGAGAGUUUCAGCAUAACCGUGCUCUCAGCUCUAAAUCUGCAUUAAAAGAACCCUAAAUUCAGAAUGAAUAGUUUCAGCUAAGCUUAUAUGCUGAGAACAUUUGUUUAACAACCACAACUUAUUAUUCGUACCCUGCCCAUCUGACUGGGUUGCCCCAGCCACUGUGGGUGGCUUCCAGCAUAUAUAAAAACAGAAGAGAACAUUAAACCUUUAAAAAGCUUCCCUAUACAGGGCUGCCUUCAGAUGUUUUGUAUCUCAAAAGGGUAUUUUUAAAAAUAUAUAUAUAUUAUUCAUGUUGCCUCAUUCCAGAAAGGUGGGCUAAGAUCCAUGCCUGUAAGGAGAAUAUGGAAAACUAACUUUCUUGACAGCUGGAAAAAUUGGGACUUGGAGCUUGUCUGUAUGAACGAAGAAAAGGUCUUUGGAUUCCGGUUUCCACCAGGAGUGUGUAUAACGCAUUAGAUGCUAUGUAAAUAAAGCACUUGUAGCUCUACAUGUAACCCUAAUAGCAUUUAAUCAGGGUUUGACAUACAAUUUACUUGAAUAUAUAUAUUCCAACAUGCCAUGUUGCAUAUGUUUGUCCUAAGGCACAUGAGAUUCAGCGUUGUUUAGUCACAAAGCAAAAUCCCUUUGUUCAUACUUGCUAAUUUUCAGCUGUGCAUUUAUGUAAAUUGGAUUGGGCUGCUCACUCCCUUUUUAGCAAUUUUACUGCUUCUGCCUCCCCUUUCUAAACAGGCAUAUUUUGAGCUUCAAACUCAUUUAUAAAGCAGGCCGUGGCAUAAUGUCAGAAGCACUUGCUAUUCUUUCAUGUCUCUUUAGGGUAUUUUUAUGUUGUUUGCUUCCCUUUUAUUAAGAGAAGAGCGUUAUGAAGAACUUCUUACAAGAUCUUGGGAAAUGGAGGGUAUUUUGCUUUUUUUUUUUUAAAAAAAAAAAAAACUGCCCUAAAAAUAGGAAAUAUAAUUUUGGUUGCACGGAGACACUACUUGGAAGGAGUGGCAAAAGAAGAUACAGACAGAGCCCAAUGGGAUUUGCUUCCAAGUAGAGGUGUAUAGAAUUGCACUGUUCAGAUUUCACUAUAGCCCACUGGGAAAUUGUAUAAUUAGCUGAGCUAUAACUUUGUCCUUCUGCGCAUAUUAAUUCCAGGAGGUUAGAUUCAAAGAACCACAUUGGGUGUCCCAUGUGUGCUUUUCCAGCAGCAGCAUUUCCUUGCCCCCCCCCCCCCAAAAAAGCAACUUCUGAAGUUCAGGGAACUUCCAGCAGAUCAUGCAACAUAGCCCCCUGGAAGCUGCAGCUGGGGUAGAAAUGAAUUUGGUGAGCUUCUCCGUGCAUGAGCACAAGUGCCUUCCAUGUUGCUUUGGGCACUAUGGAAACGAGUGAGUAAGUUUAACUACCGUGUUUUUCCGUGUAUAAGACGCCCCAUGUAUAAGACGACCCCUGCUUUUGGGAACCCCAAAUUUAGAAAAUGGGCAUAUGCACUAUCUGUGUAUAAGACGCCCCCCCCCCCAAUUUUUAACCUUAUUUUAAAGUAAAAAAACCUAGUCUUAUACACGGAAAAGUACGGUAUAUUUCUGAGAACAAAAAAUAUACAGUCUCUCUCUGUGUGUAUAUAUUUUAUUUUAAAACAUUUUAGUCCCCUCAAAGAGAUUCCAGAGCAGGAUGCAAUUAAAAAAUAUUAAUAUUUCCCCUUUAUAAAUAUUUUUUGUUAUACUGCUUGGAUUAACGCUGUGCAAUGUCAGCAUUACUUCGAUACAGAUUGUAUUUUUGGAAAUCAGUUUUGGUUCCUUAGUGGGUUUCAGUGAAUUAUGCAGCCAGACAUUUGCACCCAACUUUAGUCACUGCUUGAGAAUAACCCAGUUAUGCUUCAGUCUUCUUCAUAUUCACUUGGGAAUAAGUCGUGUACCACAACAUACAUUUAAUGCACACUAUAUGUGUUUAAAGCACAUGUUUUCCCCACCCAUCCAACUAGUUUACACAUCACAGAGCUACAGCUCCCAGGGCCAUGAUAAACUGCACCUUCCAGGGUUAUUUUAGGGAGAGACGUGCUUUAAAGCUAUGUUGUGUACACAGUGUAAAUCCCAUUGAACUUGUCAGGACUUCCUUUGAGCAGGCAGGGUUAAUACCAGUAGUACGAAGGAUACAAUCUUGUGCAUCCCUACUCAGGAGUAAGGCCUAUGAUUGUUAUUUAGACUUGUUAGUCACUUGUUAUCGGAAGGCCUCCAAGCGCUUUACAACAAAUUAGAAACAUAAAUAGAAAUGCAUUAUAGCGUUAAAAACAAAACAACCCCCGUAACAGUGUUGACGCUGGAUUAUGUGUAAACUGAGGGGCACAGCCAAACCAAGUCAAGUCGCAUAAGUUAUUUUGGCUGAGCUAUUUUGGCACUUGGGCCAGAAAUUCCCACAGGCACUUUCCCCCCUUCCUGGCAGUAGUUAUACAAUAAUCAGAAAUUAAAUGACUUAACAGUUUGCUGCUCUUUCAUGACACCCAAAAUCUGUUGCCUGAGGCAGCUGCCUCGUUCAGCUUAAUGGUAGGGCUGGCCCUGAUGAGGACACCGUUCCCAGAUUGCAGACUGGAGAUUCUGUUACAUCUGUGGCCGUAAUGAAUAUAUAAAAAUUCAGGGACCAAAAGGCCAUCUAGUCCAAUCGCUGAAAUUGCAGGCCUCCUUCUUAGUGCGGCAGACUUGUGACAGAUAAUCUUGCAGUUUGUGUUGCAUUGGUAUUCAUGGGAAACGGACCGUGUGGUAGAAGAUGCAACCGGUGGGCCUGAUCUCUCCGUUGCAGAAGCUCUCUUGAAGAUUAUAGAAAUAGAAACGCCUGUUCAGCUGACUGUGUUUGGGCAGACCCUGUGGAGUUACUGCCAACAGAUUCAAGGGCACUCAAUAUGGUGCAACAAGAGAUGGGGAUCGGGACUGCCGUGAAGAUAUGGAGAUGGCGUAGAGAGAAGAGAAGAGAUAGCGAGAGCAUAAUGAGCUUUAAAUAUAUGCCAAAGAAGUUUCUGGUGAAGAUUACAGGGAAAUGGGAGCCAGGGCAGAGAACAAGAACAUGGCGUCCGUAUGGAUGAAGUGAUAAGCCCUGAAUGUAGGUCGAGCACCUGGUUUGGGGACCAAAGCAAAAGAUAUGAAGGAGAAAUAUGUUUUAAUGAUAAAAGAAAAGACAUAGAUCAGAGUUGGAAGGGACCCCAAGGGUCAUCUAGUCCAAAUAAGCAGCUGUCCCAUACAGGGAUCGAACCUGCAACCUUGGCGUUACCAGCACCAUGCUCUAACCAACUGAGCUAUCCAGGCUGAUAGUGAAAGGCUGGUUUGGACACAUUUUGCUGAUCUUCCAAAUAUCAAUGUUGAGUACAGGCUGAACAUAGGAAGAAAAAAAAAAGUGUUUCCUACCAAGCCAACUUCAAACCCAUGGGUUAUGAAGCUGGCUUGCUAAACUAGCUUCAAACCAGGUUAGAACACAACACUAAGCUGGGAUUCUUAAAAUUUGAAACUAUACUCUGAAGAAGUCCUCCUAGCCAGCAGGAGGAGAAGAGGGGAGUGCGCAUGCAGACACUUUGCUACUGCCUAUUCUGGCUCAUCCACAUGGCGCCAGGGGCGUAGCGUGGAUUGCCAGGGCCCAGGGCUGCACGGAGUGGGUGGGAAGAGGUGGGAGGGAGGGAAACUGAGAGUAUGCAUGCACAUUCAAUGGCCUAAUGACUUCUGCAUCACCCAGGAGAUCACAGUUGCAGAGAUAAGAAAAGAAGAGUUGUUCUGUUGUCUGGAGAGGUCACUUCCUGGUCCACAUGGAGAAGCCAUUUCCAACAGAUCCCAGCGACAGAAGCAUGCAGCUGUAUUGAGGCAGCACUGGGUGUUGAAAUUUUGUGCCUCCUAACAAUUUUGCGCCCGGGGCAACCGCCCCUGUGCCCCACACGCUAUGCCACUGCAUAGUGCCAAAGCAUGGCUUAGAGUGAUGUGUGAAUGCGGCCAUGUGUAAUGCAUUUCAGAAAUUCAGUCUAGAUGCAACUACAUAGGUCAGACCUCCUCAGGAAUGGGCGUAGCUGAUGCACCAGUUUAAGCUGGACAAAGGUACUCGGGUCACCUCCUGAGAAUCCAGGAGCAAGGGUAAAUUGAGGAGUACCUCCAAACCAGUUCUUCAGGCGGAGUGCUACCCCGUCCCAAACAGUUUGAAUGCCUAUUCCAGAGCCUGUUCCCACACAACCAGGAAGAGCACCUCUGUCUUGUCUUGAUUAAGCUCACUCCACCCAUUACAACUACCAGAACAUCAACAGUUUCCUUGAUAUCAGAUGAAGAUGAAAAUGAGCCACACAUCCUCAACAUAUUGAUGAUGACACACUCCAGGUCCCCAGACAAUCUAUCCCAGUGGUCUCAUAGAGAUGUUAAAUUGAGUUGCCAUAUUUCAAAAAGUCAAAAUCCAGACACAAAGCAAAAUCACUUUUAAAAAUUGCCUAUUUUGAGCUAUUUUCUAGGGAAAUCAGCAAAAACAACACUGCCAACAUGGCUUGCUAUACGUCUGGAAUUUCCCAGACAUUUUGGCAACUUCUGCCUGGACACUGCUUCCAACUACAGUAUUCUGGGCAUGUCCGGGAAAUUCCUGACGUAUGGCAACCCUGAGUUCAUGCACUCCAAUGGGCAAGGCAUCAAGCUAGAAUCCCCUUUCCACUCCACCCAGGCCUGCUGAUAACUCUCUCAUUUUGAUGGCAUACUUGUUGGCAUACAGAAACACCGAGUUUUCUCUUAGGAGGAGUGAUAUCUAGAAUUAAUUGGAAGAAAUUGAUAAGAAAGCCAUAAAGCAAAGCUUUCCAAACUGUGUGUGGGCUGCAGUGUGUAGGCAUGUCACGCGAACGCUCUCCACGCUCCUUCCGGGGCUGGAAAUGGGUUAGUUUAACCUCUGGUUUGCUAGUAAAACUCAAUUGCUGUGCCAUGAAAUGAUGUGUGUCUAAAAAGUGUGUCACCAACCUGAAAAGUUUGGAAAGCUCUUCUGUAAAGGAAAAAGAAAAGGAAGGUGGACAAACCUUCCCCUACACUUCUCUUUUUUUGUUGAAAAUUGCCCCUUCAGCCUCAUAAAAACAUACUGCCAAAUAGCAACUGGGGAAAGUUUAUAGGGGAAACAAAGCAAAGAGGAAACAGAUAGAGAUUGAAAUAGGAGCUUGGCCUCCCCUCAGGAAUCAAUGCAGUUUGUUAAAGGUGCUGAGAGUUAGGAGACUCCCCCCCCCCCCCGACAGAGCCACAAAUCCUAGAGUUCCCUGGAAAUAGGGAAUGGCCGUUAAACCACUCAGAAAAUUGUGGUUUUCUGAGGUGAAUUGGUGUCUCCCAGCACCUCUCAAUACCCUUAACAAACUGCAGUUCCCAGGAGUCUUGAGGGGAAACCAUGAUGGGUUCAAGUGUCACGAUACUGCUUUAAAUGUAUAUUGCAGAUGGAACCCUGGUUUCCUAGGUCCACAUCUCAAACCCGGCUUGGAUCUGUAGCAGUGUUGGGAUAGAAACUGAACCUGCUGAACUGCCUGUUGUUAAAAUCACAACAGCCCUCGUUGGGUCAUGAGUUUUCAGUGCUGUACGUCAGUGAAGACAAAGUAUGUCUGUCUCAUUUAUUUAUAGCUUGCCUCUCUGCCCAAAGGCAGUGAGGUCAUUGCCCAUCUUCCGCGGUGGUGGAAUUCUAUCCAGAGUGAAAGAACAGAAUUCCUUGAAUGGCUUAAACCCAUUGCAGCACCUGACGCGCUCCCACAUACAUCAUUGUAACUCCCAAACCUCAACUGUUAUGUCCAUUUCACAUGGAAGAAGGAAUCCAUGCACAGUUAUGGCAUGACCUGAUUUCCUAAAUCUUUUUGCUGUAUUGAGAGCUGCUGCGUAUGGCUAGAAACCAAAGUAAGGGACUGAAAGUUUAUACCUAUCAUAGUGCCUCUGCUAAAGUGUCGUAUUCAUAGGCUUAUAGCUCAUUCAAAUCACAACCAAUUUUCACAGGAACACUCAAAGGCACUUCUUGACAAUGAGGGAGGUUUUCCUACCAAAUUUCAACUUUCAACCCUCGCCAUUUCACAGCUGGUUCUGUUCUGGGGAAAAGAGUUGUAAUGAUAAUAUUUAAAGUGUAUAUUUUCCUCCACUUUACUCAUAUUCAAAAAUGGUCCAGAGCUUUCUUCUUGUUCUUCUUCUUCCUCUCAAAUUCUUACUGGAAAUAAUCAGCUCCAGUAUAAAACAGAAUCUGGAAAAUCCAAGCCAGAAAAAUGGAAGUUUCUGGAAAUGAUAGGUGUCUGAAACUGGGGUGUCAAAAUGAAAAUGCUAAUACAGGUUUAAAUUGUAUUGUAGUCAGGGCUGCUUACAUUGCUAUACAAGCUGUUUCCAAGUAUGAAUAGAAAUAUUAAAGUGGCAUGGCAAUUCUGAAUGUGGUGCUAGCAUAUACAGAGGAAAAUAAUUUUGAUUGUAGAGAGAAGUUUGGAACAGGAAAUUCUUUUGUCUAAAGCUGUUGAGGAGAAAAUGGUUCUCCAGAAGAAUGCAAAUGCCAUAUUGCGGUUCAUUAUUUAUAUAGCACUAUCAGUGUAUACAUGGCAUUUUAUAGAGCAACGUAACAAAAACGCAGGACCCUGCACCAAGGAAUCUACUUCAGCAGAUGCGUGGAAGUGGCCUGGAAAGGCAAAGGGUACAUUUGUGGUAAGGAUGAAAUUUAGCCAGUGUUGGGGGGUGGCUCCCAAGAUGGUGGCAUUGUUGGGAAUUAGCUGGGACCCCAAGACCAGCAAAGCACCCGUCAACCCCACAAUGCUGCCAUUCUCUUUUUUAAUAUAUAUAUAAUUUUUAAUAAUUUCAACAUACCACUUAUUAUACAUUCCACAGAACUUCACAUCUUAUACAAUCUUUUUGGACUUCCGUCAGCACCUCUGAUGAUCCACCAUUUUUAUCAUUUCUUCUGCAUUUCUUAAAUUCCUAUUGCCUUUAAUGAUCUUAACUCACAAUCCACCUCUUUAGCCAUUUUUGCAAUAAUUCAAAUAAUUUACCUCACAAAACUUCUUGCAAACCUACAAACGUAAUCUGGUCAUCACAAUUACUUUUCAAAUAGUCCGUAAAUUUACACCAGUCUUCUGUGAAUCUCUGGUCCCGCAGGUUGCGAAUUCUUUCGGUUAGUUUAUCCAGUUCUGCAUAGUCCAUCAAUUUCAUCCUCCAUUCUUCUUUUGUCGGUAAUUCUUCUUGCUUCCAUUUUUGUGCCAAUAAUAUUCUUGCUGCCGUCAAUGCUGCCAUUCUCACUUUAUAAGGACCUUCCAGGAAGAACAGAGGUCAAGUGAGAGAAUCCUCAGUUUGCACAAUUUCUUCCAGAUUAAGGUCCGGUCUGCACAUGUGGAAGAUUAGGCUGUACCUCUUCAGAUGGUAUCACUUCACUUUAUGGAAGUGAGUCGUGGGCAACUUACAACCAUCAGGAGCCAUGCCUCAACGCCUUCCACAUGCACUGCGUCAGGAGAAUUUUGGGUACCACACGGCAGGACAGAACUCCAAACAAAGAUGUGCUCUCCCAAGCCCACGCUCCCAGCAUGUUUGCACUCCUGUCUCAGUGAAAUCCACGCUGGCUUGAUCACGUCCACAGAAUAGAAGAUGGCAGGAUGUGCUCCUGGGAGGAAGCUGGCUUCCUUCACCAGGCCAAUUGGCAGACCAACUCUGCACUGCAAAGAUGUCUGCAAAGUUGACCUGAAGGCAGGCAACAUCAGCCCUGCCAUGCGGGAGUUCCUUGCAGACGACCACAGUGCCUGGAGACAGGCAGUCAAGUUGUGUAUCCGUAGCAGCGACCAGUGGAGAAAUGAGAGAGAAGAAACGCCAUGGUGCAUCCGCAGCAGCACAACCGGAUGCCUUCAGCUAAACUUGCCUCUACAGCCACAACAGGCGCUGCAACCUUCCAACAGCUUGACCUCAUCCCCAAAGGUGCUCUCCUCCAUUGUCUCCCGAGACAGACGGAUGCCAACCAACACAUAUGGCAGAAUAGCCUGUACUGUUUCAGAUGGCUACUGGUGGGAGAAUACCACUUUUGAAAGUUCCCUACAUAAGCACCUCUUUUGUAAGUGAAACAUAACUGUAAUACAUGUUCCAACCUAGCAAGCUACCUGAGGACUGAUUUAUUUAGAGUAGGAUUCAUAAAUGAACUCCACUACCUGAAGUAUAAAUUACUCUCACCCAUGUUACUACUUGGGCAUUCUGCUACAAAUGCAGACCAAGUCAAAGAGUGCUCCAGGACCAUAAUUCUGUGGUAAAGGUAAAGGGACCCCUGACCAUUAGGUCCAGUCGUGGCCGACUCUGGGGUUGCAGCGCUCAUCUCGCUUUACUGGCUGAGGGAGCCGGCGUACAGCUUCCGGGUCAUGUGGCUAAGCCGCUUCUGGUGAACCAGAGCAGUGCACGGAAACGCCGUUUACCUUCCUGCUGGUGUGGUACCUAUUUAUCUACUUGCACUUUGACAUGCUUUCAAACUGCUAGGUUGGCAGGAGCAGGGACCGAGGAACGGGAGCUCACCCCGUCGCAGGGAUUCGAACCGCCAACCUUCCGAUCGGCAAGUCCUAGGCUCUGUGGUUUAACCCACAGUGCCACCCGCGGACCAUAAUUCUGUGGUAGAGCAGUGUAUAUCUUUUAUUAUUACUAUUAUUAAAUGUAUAUACUACCCUUCAUCAAGAGAUCUCAGAGUUGUUCACAGAGGGGAAAAUACAAGAUAAGACAUAAGUAAAUAGUUAAACCAAAACAAUAACCACCCCCUCCUUCCCACAGAUACAUUUAAAAGGCUGUAGGAUAUUAAUCAGCCAAGGGCAUGGUUGAAGAGGAAUGUUUUGCCUGGCACCUAAAAAUAUAUAAUAAGGGUGGCAGGCGAACCUCCCUGGGGAGAGCAUUCCACAAACGGGGAGCCACCACAGAAAAGGCCCGUUCUCGUGUUGCUGCCCUCUGGGCCUUGUGGAGGUGCCACACAAAGAAGGGCCUAAGGUGAUGAAAGCAGAGUCCGGGACAGUUUAUAUGGGGAUCCUUGACAUAUAGCGGUCCUGAGCAGUUAAAGGCUUAAUAGGUCACUUUUAAUUGGGCCCAGAAGCUAAUUGGCAUACAAAAGGUCCCAGGUCCAGGUCCCGUUAUCUCCUGGUAGGGCUGAAACCCUGGAGAGAUACUAACAGUCUGUGUCAACGAUGGUAAGGUACGUAGAUAAAUACUCAGUACAAAGCAACUUCCUUAUGUUUCAAUGUCCCUGUGGCCACUGGGCUAGCUGUUAGAGAGCAGUCUUUCCUGAGGGUCCAAAAUCCCGAGCUACCUGUUUGCUUUUCUUCUGGAAGUGACCAAGUGCCUCCCAUAACAGGUGCCUGGUAUUGAACCGUUCUUCAAGGAAGCUAAUUUUUGUCAGAGGCACAAGCUGUGUGGUAGCUCUAGUUUCUCGUUAAAAGCAUUCCUUUUAUCGUGUUCCAUAUGCAGGGCCCACUAGGCACUUAAUUCAUCGCAAAUUUUAAAUCGCAAUCUUUUAGGUUGGCAUGACUACAGAAGAAAUAGAUUGCUUGGUUCACCAUGAAAUAAUCAGGCAAGAUGCCUACCCAUCACCUCUGGGCUAUGGAAAUUUUCCAAAAUCCGUUUGUACCUCAGUCAACAACGUGGUGUGCCAUGGGAUUCCUGACAGGUACUCCGAGUUCUUGUUUCUUUUCCCUCCCAUUGCAGAAUUGAAAUAUUUUGCUAGUACAUUGUGUAUUUCUUUUUAUAUUUUAUACAAUAUAAAUGCAUGAUGCUUUAAAUCCACCCAAUUCAAUGGGUCUGUAUGGAAGCUUCUUCCUUAAUAGAGAUUUCGCAGCAGCCACGCUUGGUGAAUUGCACCCAGUGCCCGCAGCAGUUUUAUUGAAUGCUACCAAAAAAAAAGUCUUAAUACAGCUGGUUGUCAUGCUGUAAGAAAAUGAUGUUGGCACAUAAGGAAGGUGUGCAGUAAUAAAAACAAUGAUUAGUGCUUUGCCAUCUCUUCCCAGCAGGCUAUGGGGCGUUAUCAUCCAAGAGAGAGAAAAUCACUCAAAAGAAAAAUUAUAUUACCUAAAGGUGGAUUAAAAAAAAAAAAGAUUAUACACCAAUAUAUAGCUAAUUAUUAAUUAAUAUUGCCUCUUCACAAAGUAAAAGGUGCCAACCAUCAGUCUUGUAAUUGUGAUAAGAUAAUGAUGGUUAUAAUUUUCGUUUCUUGCCUUUUAUAUUAUUUUAUAUUAUGAUAUAUUAUCCCAUUUAUUUGUUUGGGAUUCUUUUGAACCGGUGGGAGCUUAAAGACCAAAAGUGGCGAUUCCAUCUACCUCCUCCCUGUUCUGCUCAAUGAUGUUCGCUCCUCUUAUGUUUGUUUAGGUGUAUAUGUGAUUAUGUGCAUGUUCGUGUGUGCGUUCUUAUAUUUCCUUAUUGAGAACUGCCUAUCACCAUUAUGUGUUGUUGUUUUUUCUCCCCUCCUAUGACGAUGCUUAAGCCGCCCUCUCCAAGAUGGUGAUAUUAUCAACAUUGAUGUCACGGUGAGUAAUCCGUGUUUUUGGGGUUGCUGUUUUUUUAAUAGCCUUUGAUCAACUUUCAGAAUUUCUAGUAGCAACAGGAAGAAUAGUAGAUUGCAAAUGUAGCGUACACGGGGUAAAUGUGCCGUUUUACAUCGAAGCCAAGCAGCUGGUUUCCUCUUUUGUUUCCCCCCCACACACACACCCUCUGUGUUUAUUCCAACUAGACCCAGGCCUGACUUGAAUUUAGGGCUGGAAUCAGAUGCACUGAGAUCAAUGUUGGCCUAAGUGAAAUGUCAACCCAAUCCUGCUAUGUGUCAUGUUUUUGAGAAGGUGUAAUUGUUAUUGAUCCACUGUGUAGUUAAUGCAGAGCACCACAGUACUGGGCAGCAGCUGAAGACAGAUAUGUAUGAGAUGAGCUAACAUGAAGAAAGCCAGCAUUUUUCCUUCACUCUGCCAAGAUUGAUCUCCCUCUUCCUGCUGAUUUUGAGUGGGGCCUGUCAUUAUCUUACUCUGUCAUUAGAGGCUACAUUGGCCUGUGUAUGUCAGUCUAUUUGGACAGCAACUCUUUUGCUUGCCGUAUUCCCUACAUUUAUUAAAAUCCCUGAAGGUAGUAUUGUGUUCCAUUUGUGGCAUAAGAGCCCUGAACCCCUUUGCUCACAAAUACGCAACUUGAUCUGCGGCUCAGUUAAUCCAAAAUGCUUGGAUUUCCCUCGAGACUUAAGUUUAUAGCCCAAUUCUUUGGCUUUGCACAACCUGACUCGCAGCUCCCUUAACUCAAAUUGCUUGGUUUUCCCUUAAGACUUAAGUUUAAAACCCAAUCCUUUCACUUAUCUGAGUUGUGGAUCCCACUGUGUAUAUAGAUAUAUAGAUAUCCAAUAUAGCCAUUGAUCUAAAUACGGGCGUUCCAUUUUUGUGGUAUGAAUCUUGGUUUGAAAAUGAACCUUGUAAGAACCAGUUUAUGCUCAAAGCAUAAAUAGGAAUAUACACAGUUAUCAAAAGAGAAAAUAAUUGGGUUUUGUCAAUAUUUCAUAACCUCCUUUCCUUUACAACUCAUUAAAUUGAUUUUGGCUAUUAUAUCUUUAUUAUGCAUGUAAGUCCUAAAUUUUAAUCUUUUAAAUAACAUAUAUGUUUUUAAACUUCCUGGGUUUUUGGAAGCUUCAAGUUUAAUUGUAAAUUUUUGUACAAUGGGUACUUCCUUGAUGCUAAUGGUGAUUUCAGCUUUAUUCCAUCUGUUGGUGCCUCUGUCAUGUUUGUAGUCCAUUAGACUCCUUUGAGGAUUUUUUGUUGUUGUUUUUUUGUCAUUUUUGCCUUAUGGACGCAGUGACCACCCAUCAAGUUAGGCAGAUUUUGCAAUACUUAAGAAAAAAUUGCAUAACCAUUCAGAGUUUCCAAAUUUUGCAGUGAUCAUUACUAGGAUGAUAUUGAACAUUAGCCAUACUCAGGGUAGACUCAUAUAAUUAAGUCCAUUAAUUUUAAUGGUUCUACUCAGACUUAGUUGGACACCAUCCCUUGCUUCCUCCCCAUAAAAUUUAUUUAAUUUAACGUUGGCACAGGUUGUACACUUUAACCUCUGAAGUCAGUUCAUGUUUGAUAGUUUAGAUAGAUGUGGAUUUAGAUAUUUUGAUCUUUAUACUGUAAUAAGUAUUAGUUUGUGGGGGUUUUAAUAAAAUAUAACGUACUGCAUUCUGCACAACCCUAAACUAAGCAUUGUAAUGUCACCCAUUUAACUACAAGUGACUUUUGCUGUUCAAAAUACAUAUAGGCCUAAUCCUCAAGUCUUCCAUGUUGACAAUCACAGGCAAACUACACGUUAGAUGCCAAAAUAUGAAAUGAUGCAUCAACUGAGGAAACAUGCAUCUAGAAUUAUUGAAUUAGGUGGGCAUGGAACAGCUUAAAAGGUAAAGGUAAAGGACCCCUGACAGUUAAGUCCAAUUGCGAACAAAUCUGGGGUUGCAGUGCUCAUCUCUCUUUACUGGCCGAGGGAGCCGACGUUUGUCCACAGACAGUUUUUCCGGGUCAUGUGGCCAGCAUGACUAAGCCACUUCUGGCGAAACCAGAGCAGCGCACAGAAACACCAUUUACCUUCCCGCCGGAGCGGUACCUAUUUAUCUACUUGCACUCUGACGUGCUUUCAAACUGCUAGGUUGGCAGGAGCAGGGACCGAGCAAUGGGAGCUCACCCCGUCAUGGGGAUUUGAACCGCCGACCUUCCGAUCAGCAAGCCCUAGGCUCUGUGGUUUAGACCACAACACCACCCACGUCCCAUGGAACAGCUUAGUGGGAAGAUUUAGUAUGGAAAAAUAGGAGGUGAAGGAAAGCUUACGUAUUCUCCCUUCCCCACAAUAUCUUUGCUCAAAAUCUUACCUUCCUAAAGCCACCUUUCUAAACCAAAACUAUCCAUCAGGGCAUUCCUGUAUGCAGUUGUGGGAAUUAUGCUGUUUGUCCUAAGAGCGGCCAACAGUGCAGUCCUAGCCAUGUCUACUCAUAGGUUAGUCCUGUUGAAUUCAAUGGGACUUACUCCUAGGUAAGAGGGGUUACAGUUGUGAGGGGCAUAGCCUGGGGAAAGUUCCAAGGGCCAGUCAGAGAGGUCUGGGAGCUACAUUCAGCUCCUAGACCAGUGGCUCCCCACCCUGGUUCCAACUGAAGGGCAAUUUCAUAAGCAGCCUGUGAGAUGGCAUAAGGGGUCUUCUGUUCAAAGUCAGAGGAGUCAACAUGCACAAAAAGAGCUGUCAGGACUAUGGUUUCCAGUUUCUUUUGACGGACUCCUUAUCUUCCGAUUACUCGCUUUUGAACACUGUACCAACACAACAAAAGUUGCAUAAUGGACAAGCCACAAACAAACUUUGCAUGAAGGAGAAGCGAUAUGAAUAUUUCCCCUUGCUAAACCCCCCAGCACCUACUGAAGACUUUGCUCCCUUAUUUCAGCAGGCAUUACAACAGAACUCCAUUAUUUUAGUGUUAACUGGGGGUUUUGUGUUUUUUUCUAACCUUUAUUGCAUUGGAUUGAGUGACUUGUUCAUUGCUUAGAGAUGACUGCAAUUAAGCAGUAUAUAAAUUGUCCAAAUAACUAUUAAAUGUGCCUUGAUUUUCCCCCUGAGGCACUCCAGAGCACCAAUUUUUGCAGCUGCUUUUUUUGUAUGCUCUUCUGCAGUUGUGUUUGAUUCCUUCCAAUGUUUGAGAAGUCACACAACCUAAAAUACCUUUUUGGAUCCUUGCUGCUGUCUGGAGCCCACAGAACUACAGCUUGGACACGUCUCAUGGGACUGUUUACCCACCCCCUUUUUUUAAAACAAACAAACAAACAAACCAGCAGAGCCAUGUUACAAAAGUACUUUUGAAAGUCCUGAAAGUACUUUCAGGAAACACUUUGCUACAUCCAUUUAUUUAUCCACAUUAAAGGUGCAUAUUCUGCUUUUUUUUUUGGUCCAGUUAUCUCCACAAGGUGGCUUACAAUGCAGCUGCAAUAAAAUAGAAUACAGUAGAAUAGAAUACAAGCAUUAAAAAAGCCUUUGAGAAAAUAAUGUUCUUGCCUGUCAUGACUCCCAGAGUAACUCAUUCCCCAAAGUGGAACGCCACUAGUGUUGCUCCUUAAGUAGUAGCAGUAAGCCUAUGAUAAAAAGCUCCUAGAAAGUGUACAUCAAAGCAGUAUUGGACACAGCACCAAUCGCAUGGUUCCUUGAAUCCUGGCCUCUAACGAUAUUGCCUCCUGGAGCAUACCCUUCAACAUUUCUCCGAUGAAUUUCAUUAUUAUUAUUAUUAUUAUUAUUUAUUUAUUUAUUUAUUUAUUUAUUUAUUUAUUUAUUCCCCACCCAUCUGACUGGGUUGCUUCAGCCACUCUUGGCAGCUUCCAACAUAUAUAAAAACAUAAUGACACAUCAAACAUUUUUUUUUAAAUCCCUAUACAUUUCUGCCUUCAGAUGUCUUCUAAAGGUUGUAUAGUUACUUAUCUCCUUGGCUUGGGAGUCCCAUAAGUCCGUAUCCUUCAACAUUUCUCUGAAGAAAAUAGGAACGUCCGACAAUACCCGCCCCCCACAUUUUUCAAUGAAAACAGGGAUGUCCUAAGGAAAAGAGGGAUAUUCUGGGAUCAAAUCAGAAACUGGGAUGGCUUCUGUAAAUCUGGGUCUGUCCCUCGAAAAUAGGGACACUUGGAAGGGCUGCUAGAGCCCUAGUGCCUGAUUUUAUGCAUAUAAUGGUGCAAAUAAAUGGCUCAGGACCGCAAUAGCUCAAGGACCACCUCUUCCCAUAUGAACCUACCCAGACCCUGAGAUCAUCAUCUUCUGAGCCCCUCCUUUGUGUGCCCCCUUCUCAAGAGGUUCAAAGGGUGGCAACAUGAGAACGGGGCCUUCUCUGCAGUGGCUCCCCGUCUGCGGAAUGCUCCCCCCAGGGAAGUUCGCCUGGUGCCUUCAUUAUACCAGGGGAAAAUGUUCCUUUUUAACCAGGCCUUUGGUUGAUCUGAUUUACAUCCUAUGCCCUUUUAAAAUGUGUUUUUUGUGGUGGGGGAUUUUGGGUUGUUUUCGUUUUUAUUAUGUAUUUCGUGGUUUUAUAUCUUGAUUUUAUUCUGUGACCGCCCUGAGACCUCCGAGUAUAGGGCAGUGUAUUAUUAUUAUUAUUAUUAUUAUUAUUAAUAAUAAUAAUAAUAAAUAGCUUGAGCCACUACUGCUUCUAAGGCAGCAUCCUGUAUCAUUCAAGACCAUGGGUAAGCAAACCAAGGCCCGGCGGCCAGUUCUAGCCCAGUCGCCUUCUAAAUCCAUGGACGGUCUGGGAAUCAGCGUGUUUCUACAUGGGUAGAAUGUGUCCUUUUAUUUAAAAUGCAUCUCUGGGUUAUUUGUGGGGCACAAGAAUUCGUUCAUAUUUUUUUUCUAAAAUAUAGUCCUGCCCCCCACAAGGUCUGAGGGACAGUGGACCGGCCCCCUGCUGAAAAAGUUUGCUGACCCCUGUUCAAGACGGUUGGCUCCGAUUCUUACCCCCAGCUUUUAGAUCUUCCUUCUUUUUAAAUCAAGUAUAUAUUAGUUGCCCUACAGCCCACAUUUGCCAUGGAAACAAAAUAUUCUCUCUGCAUUACAGGGCCAUUGGCAGUUUGUAAGCUCCUUCUCCUCGUGCCAUUAGUUCCUUCUGCUAGUCUUUCCCCUUGUGACUGAUGCUUUGUAUUCUGGCACUGGAACAUUUUACCCUAAGACCAGAUGACAUGUUUCUAAAGCUGUAGGCCUCAGCACAUAUGCCCUGAACAUGAAUUCUGUGGAGCUCAGUGGCACUUACUUCUGUAAUUUUGAUAAUGUCGCAUUUAUUCCCACAAAGGUAUGCUUCUUGUAGAUUCAGAUUUGCCUUUUCACUCAGAUCUAAGCUAAUUCCAGUGUUAACACCCCUACCUUUAAAGUACCAUUAAAAAAAAUAAUUUUCUAAAGUUCACUCCAAAUUUUCCCUUAUAAUCAUAGAACCUUUCCUGGUACCAUAAUGUGAAAAUCACAAGUAAAAUGUCUACUUCCUGCAGUUAUUGAUCCUCCUCCUUUUGGUUAGUCUAUAAUAAUUCAUAUCUAAUAUGUCUGAGGAAGACUUUCUUGACAGUGUUUAUAAUUAACCUUUCCUAAUUGGCAUAAGCUGGGCCAUUUCAUAGGUAGAAGCAAUGAUUAUGGACCGAAGAAAAGGACAAUUGCAGUACAUGGCAUUUUACAAUAAUUUGUUUAUGGAUGUGUACACAAUCUAUAAAAUGAUUAAAUAAUAAUCUGUCUAUCAAAUGUAAAUGCUCUUUUGGUGAGCGCAAAUUGUCUAGGAAUAACAAACUAAAUGUAUUUUACUCUUAUUAGUUUGCGGAAAAAUUAGAGACUACAGCGGAAUGUGUUUUAUUUACUGCAAUCACAUGGACUUCACAUAUUGUUUAAAGGAUUGUAGAAACCAGUUCUUUGUACUUCACUGACUACCAACACACUACAGCUCUUAACCAAUAAUUAUCAUGUAGGGCUAUCCCAUCUCUUAAUAGACAGUCAUAAUUUUAGGAUUGACACUUUGAAAACUACUAUAUUCUACUUAUUUGCUGUAACUAUUGUUUAUGCACCUUAAAAAUAUAAAUAAUGAAAGAUGAAUUGUAUGCAUUGUAGCAGUGGUUAAUAAAGCAUUACCAGCGUAAUACAUCUUUAUAAAAUACAUCUUUAUACUUUAUAUCUUUAUACUGUCUUGCUUUUCCAAGGCUAUGGAAAAGUGGCUGAAAUUAUAAUAUUUGAUUUUUAAACUAUGCUUUUUUACCCACCCGCAACGUAGUAGUGGCUUAAGGGAUCAUGUGCUUUUGUGUCUGAAAGACCGAGAGGUAAAGUAAUAAGCAAAAGGAUACUGAGAAAUGCCCUAACUCCUGAAAGAAAAUAGUAUAGAGGUUUUACUGGGUAGUGAAAAUGAUAGCAUCUGUUGGUUUCUAUUCAUUAAAAAUAAUGGAAGCAAUUAACCAGAUAAAAUUGCUGUACCAUCUCCAUUUGUUAGGUUGGAGCAGCUGGCCUGGCGGCUUGCAUCCAGUGGGUGCAAUCCAGAAAGACAAAGGGUGUGAUCCUGUACACACUUACUCAGGAGUACCUCCCAUUGAAUUGAAUAGGACCUCUGUCUGGCUAGUCAUGUAUAGGAUUGUUAGGCAUGCAAGUCCCAUGAAACUUUGGGGAGACUUUCAGUGAUCUUAUGCACCCUUCUUAGAAGGAAGUUGCUUUGAGUUCUGCAAUACUUUCUUCUUAGUUGCGAUGCUCAGUGUGGCAGUGAAGAGUCACAUGCUUAAUAGUGCAGUCCUAUGAAUGCGGGUGGCACUUUACUAUGAAUGCUUAGUCACAAGUACGUAGUAUAGUGCUCAGUGUAGCUUACUCCCUAGUAAGUGUGCACACUUAACGGGGGGGGGGGGUAAGUAGUCUUGAAUAUAGUGGGAUUUGCUUGUGGCUAAAUAUGAAUAGGCUUGCUUAUUCAUAUUUAGGAAUAGGAAUGUGUCUCUAUUUUCCAAGGACAGUCCCAGAUUUACAGAAGCCAUCCCUGUUUCUGAUUUGAUGCCGGAAUGUCCCACUUUUCCUUAGGACACUUUUCAUUGGAGAAACGUUGGAGGGUAUGGUAGGUAAAGGUAAAGGGACCCCUGACCAUUAAGUCUAGUCAUGGCCGACACUGGGGUUGCGGCGCUCAUCUCGCUUUAUUGGCCAAGGGAGCCGGCGUACAGCUUCCGGGUCAUUUGGCCGGCAUGACUAAGCCGCUUCUGGUGAACCAGAGCAGUGCACGGAAAUGCCGUUUACCUUCCCGCCGGAGCGGUACCUAUUUAUCUACUUGCACUUUGACAUGCUUUCGAACUGCUAGGUUGGUAGGAGCAGGGACCGAGCAACAGGAGCUCACCCCGUUGCGGGGAUUUGAACCGCCAACCUUCUGAUUGGCAAGUCCUAGGCUCUGUGGUUUAACCCACAGGCUGUCCCUAUUUUCAGUGGAGAAAUGUCAGUGGGUAUGGAGUUAUGUGACCCCCCAGCCAAGGUGAUAACCUUUAGAAGACAUCUGAAGGCACACCUGCAUAGGGAAGGUUUUUUUAAUGUUUAAUGUUUUAUUCAGCAGGUGCAGAAUGCCGCGGUGAGACCCUUUACGGGGUCCUUGCCACGGGAUCACAUUCACCCGGUGCUAUACCAGCUGCACUGGCUCCCGGUGGAGUACAGAAUCAGGUUUAAGGUGCUGGUUUUAACCUUUAAAGCCCUAUACGGCCUAGGACCCUCGUACCUACGGGACCGCCUCUCCUGGUAUGUCCCAUGGAGGACCUUACGAUCUUCAAACAAAAACAUCUUGGAGGUCCCGGGCCACAGGGAGGUUAGGCUGGCCUCAACCAGAGCCAGGGCUUUUUCGGCUGUGGCCCCGAUCUGGUCACAAGAGACUAGAGCCCUGCGGGACUUGACAUCUUUCCGCAGGGCCUUUGGCCAAGGCACAGUCUGACCCCCUCCUUUGGUAAUCCUCAUAGAACUCUAGCCCAGUGGUUGCCAUUAAUUUGAUUUUGAAUUGAUUUUAGAAUGAAUUGAUUUUAGAAUGCUGUGUUACUUUUAUUGUUGUUAGCUGCUCUGAGCCCGGCUUCGGCUGGGGAGGGCGGGAUAUAAAUAAAAUUUAUUUAUUUAGGGGAGCUGCCCAGAGUGGCUGGGGCAACCCAGUCAAAUGGGUGAGGUAUAAAUAAUAAAAUUAUUAUUGUUAUUAUUAUUGAAUAGGGCGUCCCUAUUUUCCUCAGAGAAAUGUUGGAGGUUAUGGGAUUGGACAGCAUGACUAAAAGCAUAAGUGGAAACAACUAUCAUUUAAUAUGGUGCCAAAAACAAUCUGGAUUUCACCUAAAAAAAAUUUGUAACAAGUCUAUCAAACCAUCAUGCUCUCUUUAGUGAGUAAGCGCAGUUAUGCCCUGAUGUGUGUUUACUUGGAGGAAAGUUAUUUUGUACAAUGAGGCCUAUUUCCAUGAAGACAGACAUUGACUCUUUCAGGCUUUGUGCAGGACUAGUCUCAGGUGUUUCCCUUUAAAUUUAAUAAGAAACAUUUUGGUAAGCGCUAGCUUAUUAAAAUAAUGCUUCUUACAUAGAUUUUAUUUUUGUCUCUUGUGUACCUUAUUGUGCAUAGUUCUUAAACAGCAGAUAUUAAGACUCUGCCAUUCUAAAAUUGGAGAUGUCAGCUGAGAAAUCUAUAAAGUACUCUAGUUUGAAACUAUUUAAUAAAUGUUAGCUGCUGAUAAAAUCGGAACUGUGUAGUACCAUACAGUGACAAAGCUAAGACUUUGGUUUCUCUGAUGUACCUCCAGAUAACCAGUUUAAUCAGCAUUUAUCCUGAUCUUCUACCACAAAGGUUACACAGUGGUUAGGCUAUGUCUGGUCUUUAUUGAGCAGUAUUAGCCCUGUGCCCUGCAUUGCUCAGAAAUUCUAGGAAACAAACAAACAAACGAAAACCACCAGUGCAGUUUUAAAAUUAGUGUAGUUCUGAAAGGGGCAGUCUGCCCAUCUUGAUUCAAAAUGGCAUCCAGUUGUACCCAAACAUAAACGAAAACCUGCUCCUUGAACUUAGGAACCAUCAUACAAAAUUGGAUUACGAUACCUUAAGAGGCAGAGCAAACCGACAAAAAUAGCAACUUUCCAAAAUAUAUAGUAGAUCCAUUCUGAUUUGUUAUUGGGACAGUUAUAUAGCAAUGAGCGUUCAUCCUGAUUUGCUUGUGGGGUAUUUACAUGACUUUCUGUUGAAACAUCCAUUCAUUCCCACACUUUUCAAUGCCUUUCCCCAUCACAUUCCAAACUGCAAAAAAAGCCAUUUUUUAAAAAGCGGGUUUGUUGCACUAGGGCAACAGCUCAUAAGUCCACUUUAAUUGUGCAAACCUGAAGUUCUAGAAAGCACAUGAAUCUCUCCUGAAAAAUACAGAAAGUUUGAGGCACCCAGAGAGCAUUUUAUUUAUACUGUGUACACGUCCACCAUUGCCAGUCUUCUGCCUUAUUUUCUUUUUGAAAACCCAAUAAGAUGCAAAAAAUAAAAUAAAAAAGCAUUGUAACAGAUGGUUAUAAGAACUGUUUUCAAAUGUGGCAACUAAAGAUGUCCCAGCUGCUGAAGCUAUAGAUGUUUGUAUAAAUAUAGGAUUUAUGUAAAUCCUAAAUUCCAGAUAUGGAGCUGUCUAAUCUAUAGAUGUGACAUACAUUGUAAACCUCAAAAAUCCUAUGUUGGACUUACGUUCUCAUCCUUCGUGCUGUUAUCUCAUCUCAUGCCCUACAUGAUCGAAUCUGUUGCAGGAAUGAAGGGGAGAGGAUGUUCGGUGCAAGAUGAGAUUUAAUUUUAUUUCCAAUAAGUAGCCUCUCAGUAAGUGUGUCCACAGAAGGAUGGUCUUUAGGCCUAAAUCCCGAUUCUGGCUUAUCCAACGGAUUGUGCUUUCUCAAGCCAACCUUUGCAUUUCGUUCUCAUGAGGAGGAUAAUUUGUGGUACAUUGUUUUUAGUUUUUCCAGCCUUGGCUUCCAUGUUCCUCGUUAGUUUACUCAUCACUGUUAAAGCCGCUAAAAUCCCGUUGACCAAUGUGAUUUGAAUAGCCUAAUUCUAUGCAGGACCGUAGGCUUAAAUUCACAGCCUUUAAUUUCGUAGCUCGUGUUUGUGGAGAAAACCUGCGCCCGGGUUGAUGUUUGACAGUGACGGCCUUCUCAUUAUCAUGAAUGAUCACAGCUAACAGACGAGAACUAACUCCCUUCCACCACCCAAUUUUCUGUUCCACUUGCUGCGUUUCAAUUAUUUUGUUUUAUUUUAUUUUUUAUUUGCACCUUAAACGCAUUGUGAAAGAAACCCAAGAAUGUUCUGGCACCUGGCUGCAAAGCGCAAAUGUCUCUUUUGCAUUUCUGCAUGUGCUUAGGUGUACUUCAAUGGCUACCACGGUGACACUUCCGAAACAAUUCUAGUGGGCAACGUGGAUGAGUCUGGUCAAAAGUUAGUGGAGGUUGCCAGGAAAUGUAGAGAUGAAGCAAUUGCAGCUUGCAGACCUGGGGCUCCUUUCUCUGUAAUUGGAAACACAAUCAGGUAAGCCUUAUAGUGACAAGUAAAGGGAAGGCUGGCAAGUGGGACAAAGGUUAUUGGUGGUUUGGUACAAAGCUGAUGACAUGUUUUAUGAUUCAGAACCAUCAUUUCAGUCUGAUAUCACUAUGUGAACUGCCAGGCUGUAAUGUUGUUCCCUGGGUAAGAAAGGAUUUUUAAAAGUGAAUUACACUAGACAGGGUCAGUGGAUAUAGCCCUGUAGGAAAAGCCAAAGACAUUUCUAAGACUGGCUGACUCCUUACCUUUGCAGGUAUGAUUGGUAGCUGCUUUGACUACCUUAAUAAAAUCAUAUUGGAGAUGGAGGGGGGAGCGUUGUGUCUGUUGCCUGAUAAAUAAUGCCAGCAAGGACUUUUUAUCCAUGCCACGAAGAACUGCUAAAGGUUGUCAGAAUUAUUCAGUGCUACUAACCCCUUCCCCUUUUAUAAAAAAAUGCAGACAGAUUUAAAUGCAAGGGAUCUCCCUUUAGGAGGUCCAUCCCUUGUGAGAGGCUUUGAUCCUGGAACAAUAUGAUAAAACCAAUGGUCCAUCAUGCUCUGGUCUAUUAAAACGUAUUAUUUGAUCCUUUUACUAUUUGCACACAUUUUUUUCUUUUUUAAAAAUGUUGCGCCUUAAUGCCCUUUAAUUAAUAUGUUAAUGCUAUCGGGAAGAAAUUGCAUGAAUCUCGACGCCUACAAAACCACGCAUUGCUCAGAAUCCUGAAAAGAUGCUGUCUUCCCUUUCUCCCCCACCCCCCCUCUGUAUGAAUCUUCAAAUACUUUAAGAGAAAUAAGAAAAGAGAGCAGGAAAAUAUCAGUUUGAUGUAUUUAUAGCUUUAAAAAUAUUGUAACAGAGUCUGAAUCAAACUUUAGUAAAACCACUUUGGGUUAUAUCCGAGAAGCUUUUAUUGAAGACUUUGUAUAAAAUUGUGUUUUUGACAGUUUUAAAUUAUAGGCUAACUAGCCUGGGGAAAAAGGAUAGUGUCUAUCUGUUCUUUCAUAGGAAAUGUUGAAUCAGACCCCUACUGGGAAAAGAAAUUUAAUGCAUAUCUCACUAUCUUACUGUCCAUGAAUGUAAUAGAAGUGAAUUCAAAAUGUAGUUUUAUUUUUGCAAAUGGGAUGAGUCGAUGGAUGCAGCUCCAUAUUUUUGAACACCUAGGGUUCAACAAAUUUACUGGUGGUGCUCUUGCAUUUUAACAAAAUUUAUUCUCGAGUCGAAGGGGGCACAGAAGACGAGAUUCUUAUUCAAGCAUUCUCUCGAGCGCUGCAUUCAUGGCUGUGUCUAAAGGGCAUGUCAGCCUUUGAUUCUCUCUGAGAGGUAAUUAUCCUUUUCCUGUCACGGAACAACAAAUGAUAGCUAACUACAGAGGAACAUUUGCAGUAGUCACAUUCAUCAACUGCAGGGGAAAAAAAAUUCAAUUUAAUUGUGCAACACAGCUGCACAUAGGCUUUUUGAGCAUUGCUGUUGUUCUCCCUGUCUUGCUAUUCCUCCCUACCAGAUCUAUUUUUUAAACUUUUUUUCCCCUCUCUGCUUAUUUUUCCCCCUCUUCCACCUCCCCCCCACACCCCAUUUUUUUAUUUUUUUUGUCUCUUCUUCCAUUUUUACUCUCUGUACUUUCUUGUUAAAGUAAUUUUCCUUUGUGGCUCUCGUUCUUUUUUUCCCCCUCUCCCCCCCCCCCAUUGAAGGCUAUGAAUGUAGAAAAUUAUCACAAUUACUCAUAUAAUUGAGCCUCUUUGUAGCAAGUGCAACUCCAGUACCCUUUCUCCAUCAUGAAAAUGGUUUCAUUAUAGGGUUUUUCAUAUUCUCUGACACCAUCUACACAGAGGAAAAGGCGUGCAGAUGAGAUGUACUAGGAAUAGGGUAGAUCAGGAAGGUCACAGUGGGAAUAAUUAGCUCUGCUAUGGAAAGAGCAUCUAGGCCUUUUACCGCUACAUAAAUGUACUGUCCGUGGCUUUUAGUCACAAAAAAACUUACUAACAAAUGGAGCUCCCGCCUACUACUUUGAAAAAAAGAUUUGUAUCAACACUACAAUUUUCCAUCAUUAAGACUAAUAACACGGAGCCUAGUAUACAUCAAGGGGAAUAAAAAGAAAAAUCUCACAUUCAAGUGGCGACUGGGUGCUGACCUUUGUUCCCCGUUUUUUUUGUGUACGACUUAACUCUUUACAAAAAGAGAGCCACACGCCACACCAACACGCAGGUGAACUCCAGCCAGUGCUAGCAAAAGUAGCAGCAUUCACUUGGAAAAAUCUGAUAAAUCUCCACGCAGGGUAAUGCAUUUCAUUAGAUUCACCGCAUUAAGUCUAGCUGUAUUUUUUUUUUUUAAAGGAUAAAGAGAAGAGCAGAAUUGAAAGUGACAUUAGCCUCUCUCUCCCCCCCCCCCCGCUCUUUUUUGCCUUUCCCCUCCUCUCAAUGUUGAUGCAGAGGUCAGUAUUUCACCGCAUGUAAAUGCGUAUGCAAAGCUCAGUUGAAAAGCAAAUUAAUUUGGAUUGGUCGCAGUCACAAUCACAUCCAGAAUAACAGACCCCCGAUCAUCUGUGCUCCUACCUAUUGUCUGUUUUAAAUAUGCUGGUUUUGCUGAACCAAGGCUUUUCCCGGCCUAUUGCAAUGUUGCAUAUGUAGGCUUUGUCACUGUAUAUUCAUGUAAACAAGAUGAGAGUUUGGUGGGGAAAAUAUAUUGAUUUCUUCCUUGCCGGCAUUAUAGGAGAGACCUAUCAAGAUUUGAAUAUGUGUCCUUCUUUCCACAAAUGUGCUUGGUAAGCUUGCAGCGUGUAUUUUGAGAUUCCAUAGAAAACACAUUAUGUUAAUACAUUGGAUGCAUUUGAAUGGAUUCUGUAAUCCAGAAUGUUCAUCGAUUCUGGAACCAGAACUCAAAGAACUGUAGCGUAUCUUAUAGGAAGUCUAUUCCGAGAAAUGGAUAUAUUUACAAGAAUUAUUUAGCAGAUUGGUUUCCUUUGACUAGGCAAUUACUAACCUACUUUUAUUCCGUCCAUUUAAGUUGACCGCCAGAAUUCAGAUGAAGUGUAAUGACGAUUUGAAUGAUCUUUAUGUACACCUUCUGCGAGUUUUCUGUUAAAAAACCUCUGCAAGUUAGUUUCUAAAGCAGUGGGGCAUGUUCCCUGGAAGUCGUUACUUAGAUCUAAACAAACGAAUGCAAACAUAGUUGUAGUUAAAUCAAGCCAAUUUCAAACUUGUAGUUAAAAUUACCGAGAUAAGAGUAUCAAUAAAUGGUUUUAAAAUGUUUUAACUUAUAAAUAUAUGUUUUGAUAUUAACUUAGAACAAUACAAAGGCAGACUUUUAAAAAAGAAAUCUGUUUCUAUCAGAUUAUGCACAUUUAAACAAUAAGUGGCUCAGGCAAAAUAAGUCAUUUUAAUGUCAUCUGUGAUAGAUUUUCUUUGACAGCUACUGUAAAUUACAAUUACACUGCUUCUCCCUGCAUUUGGAAGUAAGCAUUGCAAUAAAUUAUCUUUUAUUUCAAUCCAUCAUGUCUGCCUUUCAGAAACAGAGCACCUUAAAUAAAAGUUCAGCUCUAUUGUAAGAAAAAUAUAGUAAUUUGUGAUAGUUUGAAACUAAAAAUGUACCUUUCUUUAAGGAGAAAGCCCUAAAUUGUGGGCUUUCAAAAAAUAUUAUUAAUUAUACUUCAUCGUACAUUGUCAUUAGAGGGAAUCCCUGAACUUGUGUAUUCUCUUAAGUCUAGAACUGCUGCUUAAGGAAAAUAGUUUAAAUUCUCCCGGGAGCAUUAUGUAAUCAACCGGGUAAACCAUUGUGAUACUGUUGGAAAAAAUCCAUAAUCCAACAUAUAGGUUCCAAAGUCAGGUUGCAUCUAUGUUGGCAAAAUUAUGCCCUUUCCACCUCGAUCAGUGCUGAUAACAGGGCAAGCGGGUUGCAUUUGGCGAGGCGGCCCCUUUCAAUGCUUCUGAAUCAGAAAUAAAACUGACGUCUUUGUGCAUUUGUUUGUUAGCAGUUGCUUCCUGUCUCUCAGGUUCUGUAGCCAUGGUUUGGUUCCCUGACACACACUUGAUUCCCACCCCCUCACCUUGUGUUACGUCUCUUCUGAGAAUUACGCAAUUUUGCAUUUGACAGUUGUAAGCCUGGCCGUUUCUUAAUAAGCACCUUUCCUCCCUGUUCCCUUUUUAAAAAACAAAACAAAAACAUGUAUUUUUUGCCUCUGUUAUUCCCUCAACACGAGAUUAGUAACACACAUCUAGCAAACCUGCAGAGGUGCGCAAUUACGCAAAACGUAAAAGAAGGUGGAAUUCUGCAAACUUGGACCAGGUCGGAGGGCGAAAGGAUAGGGCUCAUCAGAGCUUAACAAGGGACUAUAGACUUCUGUCCAGGAGAGACAGGUUUCUGUGCAGAACUCCUAGUACAGCCGUGUAAACUGUAGUCAGAACAUUUGUUCUGCUUUUUCAUCAUAAAGCUAGUUUGAGCAGUCCUUUCACUUGGGUGCGAAGGUAGGCUCUUCUGUGCUUUCGUGGAGAAACAUGCCAUGUGAACUGGUGGUUCAUGGCUGUCAUCAGCUUAGUUACCGUAGCAGCAAUCCACUCCACCGCCCAGCAAAAAAAAAUUUUUAGCUGCAAAUAUAGGAACUUUUGCUAACUCCACUGUCAUAGAUAUGGUUAACAUGUGCUGUUUGAGCGUGUACCCAAGCAACCUUGAGACUCUUCACGUGGGCAGAAAACGUACUGGGUGGGCUGGCAUAAACUUCAUCAGCUGCUUGCAGCGCAGAGUAUACAGGUUCCAUGUGCUUCAGGUGUGCUUCAAGCUUGUUUCUCACUUGCAACGAAAACCUUGCGCCAACAAUGCCUUGGCUCACAUUGCAGCCAUCUCCGUAGGCUAGGCUAGGCUUUAGGUCGAGACUAAGCGAAAAUAGAUUUAAAGGUAACAUGCAUUCUGCUGUAGUGCUCUGUAAGAGCUAUUAUUUUCGUAGGCGGAAGGGUAUUUAAAAUCUGCAAAGGGUGACAUCAUACUAUACCAUUUCCGAAUCAAGCGUAGGGGGCAGGGGCUGUCACAUAUGUGACAGCUUCUCCUAUGUGUAAAGCUGAUGUUCUAGGAUAGAGUUGGCUAUACAUCCAGAUUUUCUUGGACAUUACCAGGAUUUCAAAGGCAGAAAUAACGUCUGGGAGGUGUUUCCGAAAUGUGACGCUUUGUCCUGGAUCUUAGGCAAGUUAAUUGAAAAGGCGCAGGUUUUUUGGCAUUUUCGUAAAAAAAGAAAAAGCUCAACUACUUUCGGAUUUGUCUUAAAAACCAACUUUCUGGGUGUCCUGGUUUUUACUUUCUGAAAUAUGGCAGCCCUAUUCUAGGAAGAAGUCUUCUAGGUGAAGUUCCCCCCCUACAAGUGUAACAUUCAGUUUAAUCUUGCUAAAGGGGUGCUUGUAUAGAAAGAGUGUGCUGAAAAUCUAGAGGUGGUGUGGUUGAAGGAAACAGUUGUCCAAGUUUGCACACUUGAAUUGCCCUUUUGCACUCCUUGCUUCGGAGAAAAGGUCUUGUGUAUCCAUGUGUUUCAAAUCCAUUUCCUAACUGUUGUCCUCUUCCAUUCUCCCAAGUCUGCCCCACAAUAUUCAGGCUUUCUCAGUUGGAAAGAAACUGAGUCCAUAACAGAAUCAGAGCACCAGAUCUUUCUGUGUUCUUCCAGGCCAUAAACACCUUCUCUCCCAGCUUUAUUGACUAAUCUUCUCCUAGCUGCUACUUUUUAUUUCAGCUGAGAAAAGAAGGCAAGGAGGUAAUUGUGAAUCUUUGUCGCUACCUACUUCAGUCGAGAUUUCUUUCACCCGGUUCAUUGUUGAGGGGUUACAAGUUCAGCAUCUCUUCCCAAAGUUUUCCUUCAAAACACUUUUGUCACUUCGCACCUUGAACAUCUAGACUCCGGUGGCUCGCUAGGGUCACACAAAAUUUUGCAGGAAGAAAAAGCUUUCUGGGGCAUAGCUUUUUGUCAUUUGACUUUCAAGCCCCAAACCAAUUUUCCUGAUGCCAUCCCAGGAGAAACAUUUUGGAGAAAGCUCUCGUCCUUCUUCUUUCUGUGGCACGUCAAUGACACUUGCUGUUACUUUCUUUUUACUGGAUCCCAAGUGGAGAAAGGGGAGAUGGUUGGCCUUUUAUCUUUCAACAUCUCCUCUCUAGUCGUCACUGCGGAUAGGUGAAUCUGCUAGUUUUGUUUUCUCUCUGUUUCUCGUUUCCCCCAUCUUUUGGUAUGGAUUUGGUACGAUUUUUGCAAAAUUGUGAAUUCAGAAAGAAAGAAAGAAAGGAAGAAAGAAAGUCCUCACACAAACAUGUCAGCAUUUCAAUCCAUAUUCCUCCUAAUACACACAUUUUUCUUUGUUUGGAGAACCACAUCCUAAAAUUCAUGUAUUGUUCGUAUAUUUUUUCAGGAAGCGUAAAUUAAACAGGAUUGCACUAAAAGGCGAACAGAAGCAAACUGUCUCCCAUCCCUAGUUGUCACUUAGGCCCCUAGAACACAGAGCAGUGUGUGAUUUCAAAGUGUGCUGUGAGAGGCCUUUUUCCCACACUUGUAGCUCUACAGCUCUGCCUCUCCCCAAUGCGUUAUUAUUAUUAUUAUUAUUAUUAUUAUUAUUAUUAUUAUUAUCUUUAAAUGCUGGCUUUUGCGUGUCCACUAACUGACAAAAGGGCCUUGGGGCCUAAUGUACAUUAAAAAUAGUUGGGUUUUGUCCUAGGAAAUUUGGGUUCAGGUUUCCAGUUCAUCCAUGGUUUUACUGGUUGGCUUUGGGUAAAGAAAUGGCUUUUAGCAUCUAUUCCAACAUCUGCAAAAUCGGAAAAAGCUAAGCACCUUGCAGAACUAGGCUUGCAAAGUGCCAGUGUAUCUUUACGAAGCACCGUAAUGCCAGAGCCAUCGGCAGAACUCUGUGCAAAAAAAAUUAUUGAAGUGCAAAGUCAUGAAUGGAGGAAAAUGCAGAAGAAACCUAGUUUGUGCUGUUGAUUAGCUUAGACAGACACUGGCCUUUGAAAUAAAUGUUAAGUUCAGUUGAAUUUCGCUGUGCUGAUUUGCCUACUUUCUAAAAGGAGAGGUGCUGGAUGAUUUGUGUAGUCAUCUCUGCCUACCACCUAAAUUUAUUUGUGUUUAAAAAAUGAUUGGUUGCCCUGAUAUAGAAGUAUGCAAACACAACACAAAAUAAAAGUGAAAGAAGGUUUAAAAAAAUGGGAAGAGAAAGCCAUCUAGAAAUUUAUUGCACCAUCAUUUUUUAAAUUGGGUGGUAAAGUGGCUUGGCAGGCACCUCUAUAAGAAAGAUGCUCUAUGACAUGGAGUGCAUUGGGCACACUGCAAGGUCUAAUUUCUUUAUAAGGUAUGGAACAUGGAAUGUGGUCUUUCCUAAAAAGACCAAAGAGUCCAAAGAAGUCCUUAGGCAAGAAAGUGCUCUCACAGACUGGUCCAUCAGCAGGUCUACAUCCCGCCGAGUUAACCAAGUACAACUCCUUAUCAGAAGUUACAAUCUCAUAUCAAAGCAUCUUAGCUCAAAUAGCAUCGUGCCCAGAACUCCAGUAUGAUAUGAAGCAGGAAAAAACUCAAGGACUUUGCUCACACAGCUUUCCUGGGACAACUAUUCAGCCUUGGCUUUAAGAUAUCUGUGGAUGGAGAUACCCCCACAUCUUUAAGCCAACCUCUGCUGCUGCAACCACUACUCUUCUGGACAUAAGGUUGUUUAUUAAUUGUCCGGUUUAAAUCUUUUUACCUUCAAUUUGGGCUCAUCAUUAUGUGUCUUGUGUGGUUACAGUAGACAAAGAGCUGCUGACCCUGAUUCUGCUUAAUUAAGGCAACUUUUCUAUCUGACCAUAGUUAUCAAAAGAGUCACAAUAAUGAAUUUUCUGCCAUGAAAUUGAAAGCAGGCAAUUUAUUAACACAGUAGCCAGGAGUGGUUUGAAGGUUGAUUAUGGUGUGUUUAUAAAGGUUGGGAUUCAGCUACGUUGCUGUGUGUGCGGAACGAGGUCCACUUGUGCAAAGGAGCUUGCCCCUUCUCCUCUCCCCCAAGCCCCCCAAACCCCUAAAUAUAUUCUGGGAGUUUGAGGAGGGGAACAAGCAUAGUGGGUGGGUGGGGAGUCUUAUUGCAUGACCAGACCUUGUUCCCUAUACUUAUACCCCACUUAGCACUAUGGUGAAUUCCACCCAUGGAAUUGUACUAAGUUGUCUCCUUAGUACAAUAACAUCUGCCUAUGGCCGGGAUCUCUCUUCUCCUCUCUUCCCAUAUUCACCCACCUGCACACAUCUGUUCUGUGUUACCACCACCACCACCACCCAAUACUCCAAAGCAGAUUUGGGCCACACACCACAAGGGCAGAGAGAAGAGGAAGUCCUGACUUCACACUAAUAGGACAACUUGGUUGGAUACCAUAGAUGGGGAAGGGUCCAGUGCCAACAUGGACACGAUGCCCGCAAGUGGACUCCCAUAGGCUCAGUAGGCCUUGUUUUCUCCCCACACCACACAUACACUUGCACACAGGCAACACACCGGGGCAUUACAGUAAAUGAGAGGGGCCUGCCCAUGCCUCGGUCCAGUAUAUCUGAAGGAGCAUCUCCACCCCCAUCGUUCUGCCCGGACACUGAGGUCCAGCGCCGAGGGCCUUCUGGCGGUUCCCUCAUUGUGAGAAGCCAAAUUACAGGGAACCAGGCAGAGGGCCUUCUUGGUAGUGGCGCCCGCCCUGUGGAACGCCCUCCCAUCAGAUGUCAAAGAGAACAACAACUACCAAACUUUUAGAAGACAUCUGAAGGCAGCCCUGUUUAGGGAAGCUUUUAAUGUUUGAUGUAUCACUGUAUUUUAAUAUUUGGUUGGAAGCUGCCCAGAGUGGCUGGGGAAGCCCAGCCAGAAGGGCAGGGUAUAAAUAAAUUAUUAUUAUUAUUAUUAUUAUUAUUAUUAUUAUUAUUAUGCCACCCAGGUCCUUGGGCAUCUUUCCAGUCUGCAGGAUGAAAUUCAUUCAGACUCCAUGUCAGAGAAUAAAGAAGGAUCGUGGCUCUAUAGAGGCUGAUGGGAAUUUUCUGUCUUUAGUACAGGCACAAUAGGAUUAGACUAUGUCUGUAAUAUGCUCAAGGUCCAGGGUGACUAACAGCCUUUAAUAUAUAUAAGGUAAGAUCAGUGGGUGACAGUUUUUUCUACAGACCUUUCUCCCACCUCACCCUUUGGUUUUGGUGGCAUGCUCCCCCUUUUAAGGCAGCAGGGGAGCUGUCUUAAUUGCACAUUAAAAAUAAGCUAACAUAAACCAAGAAUCUUUGGGCAUACAGAGUAUGGGGAUGGUUUAACAUCGCGCUUUCUGCGCAAAGGUUGUACACACACAGCAGAUUUCUCUAUUCGGAUUACAUUUCCCUUAAGCUUUCAUUACUGCUGUUCCGUCCCUUAAAUGACAGACUAGCAAUGACCUAUGUGUCUUGGUCUGCCUGAGCCCAGUGCAGUUAAAGUUCUUCAGAUGAACCCACUCUUGUCCCAAAAUAAAAUAAAAAAGAUGGGGAGGUUUUGUGUGAAUGCAAGUAACACCCAAAGAAUUGGUCUGGGAUAAGCUUGUACAAACAUUUGGAACCCAACUGCAAGCUACAAUAGCAGAAAAAGAUGAGUCAGAUCUCAUCUCUCCAACAGGGGAGAGCAGACAAAGAUUGUUUUCUAAGGUAAGCCAAGGAGGGAAAAUUUGUCCCUCUUCAGUCAGGUGUAAUUUGCAGCACAGUUGCACAGCAUGAGACCUCACUUAGGCAGAUGCCCAUCUCUCUAUUGUCAGCAUAGAUGCUGCAUGGGAUCUGCACCUCAAAAGUGUACUACACUGGUGGUUUGACUAUUUAUACAUUAACUUCUGCUCACUGCUGACUCACAACCGGCUUGUAAAGUAGUCAAGCUCUUAGCGGUGGUUCUGUGGUCCAUCAGAACUGUGUGUUGUUACUCUUGGGCUUUAGAGAACCUGAAUUCAUCUCUCUGGGGAGCUGUGAAUAGGAAUAUGAACAACCCACCCGUUGAGAGGAUGAUUUUUAGAACCAUAAAGCACCCAAAAGUUUCAGUUGGUAGGUCUCACAAUGAAAAAGAAACUAUUGGUUUUAAUGCAUUCCACGACCCCUUUAAGAUGGGUUAAUGGAGGGGUCACCAUCCCUUUUCGGCCCAUGGCAUAUUUGCAAAUCAGAGAAACUGCCAUGGUAAAGGUAAAUGACCCCUGGACAGCUAGGUCCAAUCAAAGGCAACUGUGGGAUGCGGCUUUCCUCUUGAUUCAGGCUGAGGGAGCCGGUGUUUAUCUACAGCCAGCUUUCCGAGUCAUGUGGCUAGCAUGACUAAACCGCUACUGGUGCACAGAGGACUGCGAGAUGUGCCGGCGCGCACGGAAACGCCGUUUAUCUUCCUGCUGCAGCUGUACCUAUUUAUCUACUUGCACUGGCGUGCUUUCGAACUGCUAGGUUGGCAGGAGCUGGGGCAGAGCAACGGGAGGUCACUCUGUCGCGGGGAUUCGAACCGCCGACCUGAUCGGCAAGCCCAAGAGGCUCAGUGGUUUAGACCACAGCGCCACCCGCACCCCUUAAACUGCCAUGGAUAUCCUACACAGCCCACAACCAUGCACACACUGCAACCUAUUCUGUUGGUUGCAAAAUUAUUAUUAUUAUUAGUAGUAGUAGUAUACCGCCCUAUACCUGUAGAUCUAAGGGCGGUUCACAAGAUAAAAUUCCAAUAAGAAAAACACAAAAUACAUAAUAAGAAUAAGAACAGAAACAAACCAGUAAUCCCCCCUUCCACAACACAUUUAAAAGGCCAUCGGAUGUCAAUCAGCCCAAAGCUUGGUUAAAGAGGCAAAUCAAAAGGGCCCUUGAAUACUUUAUUUCAAGUCUAAUCUCAGCAAAGGAUGGGAGGGAACACUGUGGGCACCAGGGAAGGCUUCCUUGGGGGCAUAUGCACCCGUGGGCACCACUUUGGCCAACUCUGGCUUAGAGCCAUUUGGCACUGAGCUCAGGAAUGCUGAAUUCCCAGCUGUUUUGUGGCUCACUUCCUGUGUGCCCCGUGGCGAAAGACGCGCCAAAGAAAUCUUCCUGCAGAAACCAACAGUGAAAGCUACUAGAAUAUUCGCCAAACGUCCGUGAAAUCACAACAGGAAAUUAAAAAUGUGGUGGGUGUAUGUUUGUUGUACCUACUCUUCUCCCAUUGCCUAUUCACAUGCCCUAAUCACAACCCCCCCCCCAUUCUGCCAUUUGUACACAGACACCCCACAUUAUUCUCGUACUCUUAUGUCUAAUAGCUUCUCACCAAUACAAUAGUUGUAGCUCCUUGUGUACAGGACACACAGGCACUGAUGAGCUAAUGGCAAAUUCCAUAUAAAUUUUACAACAUGUUUUUUAUAAAGCAUUUUCAUAGCGUUUUUAAAAAUCUGUGUAGAUCCAGCCUAUAUCUGUUUCCAGCCACAGAAUACAGCCCCACCUGUAAGUUCUUCAUGCUAGCAGCUUAGCUUGUUAGCAGUCAGUAAGAAGCAUUAUUGGCAUGCGGUACAAUUAUGUCUGCUCAUUGUUUUGUGUUAUUGUGAGCCACUUUGAGCUCAGUGUUGCUCAGAAAGGCAGAAUACAAAUACUAAGUCAAAACAUAUAAGCAUUCUGUUACAUCACAGACCUUCAGGCAGUAACAAGGCAUAGGGCAUCUUUGCAAUGAAAUAAAACCAGACUUCUGUCUUGCAGCCAAUGGGGAUAUUUGUGUGGUUUUACCUCCAGUGUAUGUUGACUCUGGGUUUUUUUGGGGGGGGGCAGAUUUGUUAGGCUAUAAUAUGUAGUGAUUGGAAAACCACCACUUGCAGAAAUCUGGCUUCUACCUAACUCUUAAAGGAUACAGGAUAAAGGAUGAUUUGCAGCCUUCCACCCCCUCUCCUCUGUAUUUGGUAGCUGUAAGGGAAUCUGCGAAGAGGCAGAGGCGUUUGCAUAUUUGUGACAUACUUGUCUGAACAGAGUGAGAGUAAUGCUUCCUGUCGAGACAAAUUGAUUUUAUUUAUUAAAGAUGCUGAAACAAUUGUUGAGAGGGGCAGUGAAGAAAAGUAAACCCGAGCAGCAGCAACAAAAUGUCUGAAGAACAUGUGUCCUCCAGAGCUGCUUUUCUGCUCCGAAAAUCCAACCCCCCCCAAAAAAAUAAAAUUAGUGCAGCCUUAGUCUACAUUUUUCAUCUAGAAACCCCAUGCUUCAUUUGCUCCCAGACAUCUGCUUUCCACAGCUCCUUUUCCACUUGUCUUCUGCCCUUGCACACAGUAUGAGGGUGUGGCUGAUUUUGCUUUCUCUUUGACUUUCCUUUCUUUAUAUCUCCAUUUCCCAUUGUUUCUUUCACUCCACGCUUUCCUGACUACGGUGGUACCUCAGGUUAAGAACUUAAUUCAUUCUGGAGGUCCGUUCUUAACCUGAAACUGUUCUUAACCUGAGGUACCACUUUCGCUAAUGGGGCCUCCCGCUGCUGCCACACCCCUGCCACGCGAUAUCUGUUCUCAUCCUGAAGCAAAGUUCUUAACCUGAGGUACUAUUUCUGGGUUAGCAGAGUCUGUACCCUGAAGCGUCUGUAUCCCGAGGUACCACUGUAUUUUGUGUCUCUUUCUCCAGUGCCCCUCUAACAUUUCUGUCCCCCUCCCCUCUUCUCCCAUUGGAAGCCUGCUCUGAUCUUAAAAUGUUGUGAGACUUUUUCAGAACUCCACCUCACAGUAUCCUUUCCCCUCUGCCUUUCAUGCUGUUGUCUCUGUCUCUUUCCUCAGCUUCUUGUUCAUUGCCUACAUUGCACAUGCCUACUCAGCCAGCUCGCCUCCGAGCUCCCAGCUUCCCUACUUCCUGAGAUUUCUUCCCGCUUCUCACCCUGGCACACAAAACGUCUCCUCUCCCUGAGGCCAGUGCGCGGUUUAAUCCCAGCCAAAUUAGCAACCAUCCCUUCCCUCAUAGAAGCAGAACUGCAAACAUGGACAGCUUUGCUCUCCCAGCAUGUAGUAGGUUUGUAAACAAUAUUCCAUGCUAUCACACCGGCUCAGCCAAUCAGUAUCAGAGGCUUCACUGGCAGAAACAAUGCAGUAUGGAUGUGCAAUAUACUGUAUUGUUGUCACCUUUCACAAUAUUACAUCCAAUAGUAUCAAAUUUCUACUGUUCUGAAUGGGCAUUUCAGACAUGCAUUAGAAACUCUGCCCAAAUGAAUGGAUUACCCAUUUACAUCCUUAGAUGAUCAUCCACUGACUAGCGAUGAUGAUUAGAAGCCCAUGCUUUAGCCAGCUGUUCUGCUUUGAUUGAUUUAUAUAGUGUAUAUUUGAGACUAUAUUUUGAAUGAAAAUACAGUUGGGGAUUAUUAUUUUUAAUUGCGUUUAAAUUUUUAUUCUAACAAAGUAAUAAAAAUGUGCACCCCACCCCUGAGACCAUUCCAUUAUAACUAUCCAACCUCCCAAAAUUUUAACACCUCUUGUGAUGGUUUGACCCCUUUCCGUUUUAGCGGUACAAAUUCUACAAAUACCUUCCAUAUCUCCUCAAAAUAAUUUCUCCUGCAUAUUCCCCGUCUUGCCUUAAUAGCACAUGUCAAUUUAUCAUUAAUAGCUAUAUCCCACACUUCUUUAUCCAAUUCUUCCAUUUUAUAUUCAUCUUGCCCCAGCCACUUCCUAGCUAUCAUAACUCGUGCAGCUGUCAAUAAAUUUGUCAGCAAGUCCUCCAUAGUCUGCGAACCUUCCACCCCCGUUGUAGAUCGAUAACAAUGCUACCUCUGUACUUUUGGUCAGCUUUGACCCAGUGAUUUAUGUUAUCUCCUUAAACACCCUUUGCCAAAAAAAAUUGUACAUAUUUACACCCCCCACCACAUGUGAACAUAAGUCCCCUCCGACAUAGCACCGAAUAUUCCUUGUUUAUUUGAUUUAAUCUUACUGGUGUUAAAUACCAUCUCCAUACAGUAAUUUUCUUUUAUCCUUAUAGACAUUUUCUACGUUCAUUUCUCUUACAUUUUCCCCCAGCUUUGACUAUUUACCUGCCUGUUGUCUCCUUUUCCCACACCUCUUUCUGCUUUCUACUAAUAUUUUAUCAAUUUCGCUGGUUUCCCCUUUUUAAACUAUAUUUUCUUCUUUAGCUCCCUUUUUUAUAAUCUCUCCCCCCCCCCCAAAAUUUGUAUAUUCUUUGCAUUUCUUGUUUUCCCUUCACCAUUUCUUUGUUCAUUGCUCCCGUUGUAUACAGUUAAACAAAGUUAUUUUACUUCCUGAUAGAGUUCCUCUUAUUUGUUCUUUGCUUCUCAUUUUCUCCACCCAUUCCUUUAUUUUAAGUAUUUUCUUCUCUUUCGCUUCCUUUUCAAUUUCCUUUUUAAAAUUUACUGGGAAGGGGUGGGGUGGGGGGAAACUUCUGUUGCUGCUUUAGAGUAAAGCAUGAAAAAGACAGUCUCCAUUAGUGUCUCAAGAUAAGCAGGAAGAAAAAGUCAGGCAAACCCAAAUAGAAAAUUGAUUAAAUUAUUUUGGCACCAGCAAGCACACACUUGGAGAAAAGCAGAGAGAUAUACAAAGGCUUAGUGCUUCAUGGAGGGGGGAAUAAUGAAUCGCUUGUUCUUAUCUCUUUUUUCUGUUCAUUUUUAUGUGUUAAGUGAGAAAACUGUUAACUUCCUAGCUUCUCAUUUCUACUGCUCUUUUCGGUGACUCUAGUGAAACAAUUGCGUUUUUAAAAAAACACUUCUCAAAUCCUAGUGAGAUUUUUUUUUGGAAAAAAAAGAAAAGAAAAAUCUUUUAACUUCCAUGUUCCUUCUUCUUUGUGUCAUUACUUAACUCCCUGUGAGUAUUUAGGAGAUCCAUAAAGACAUUUGAGCUAUCAUACAUUUGAGAUCUAUACUCUGCUGUGCUCCAGAAUCAAACAAAAUACUGUAAUAGCUAAAGAUUUUUUUUGUUGGUGUGGUAGGCAAGCAGUAGCUAAUCUAUAGGGCCUGUUCAAAAAAAAAAUCCAUUCAAGGUGUUAUCUGUGAGCAACAUUAAAAGUUAUUGACCUAGUUCUUCACUCUCCUACUUUCCAGCUCUGGGGUGCCAUUCACUGUAAUGGCAGCGCUAUUGUAGUGGCAGCACAUUCUUGAGCAAUGGGGCAGAUGUGUGGGCAGAUGCAACAAAAGCUCCAUCUAAAUAGACCCAGAGGAAGGAAUCAAGUCCUCACCUUCACGGGCAGAUAGGGCGAUUUAUUUGAAAUCAAACUGGCAAGUAUAGUCAACUUUUUUCAAAAUAAAAUAAAUGUAGCUUCUUUAAAUGCCUCGACCCUUGGGCUUCUGCUAAGCUCAUAAACUGUGUGGAAAUCAAAGCCCCUGUGUGAGAGACAGGAAAGGGGAAAUCUCAAAGGGUGAGAGGCUGGGAUAAGAGAUGGGCACCCCCAGGUGAGAGCAGGAAAGAUACCCCCUUUUCUGGGUGGGGCAAAAGUUAAGAUAUGUUUGUGAGAGAGGAUCCUGUAUUUUUCUAUCUCUUCUAUCUUUUCUUUGUUCUUUUAUUCUCUUUUUUUGUGUGUGUGUGUAACUAGCUUGUCUUAUAUUGUGCUGUGAAAAGUGUUAAGGAAUAUAUACAAUAGUACCUCGGUUUUCGAACGUCUCCAUUGACGAACAUUUCGGAACUCGGACGCCGAAAACCCGGAGCUAAGUGCCUCCUUUUUCGAAAGCGCCUCAGAAGUUGAACGGCUUCCGCUGAGUGUUUCUCAAUUUUCUCAAUUAAAUUUGCAGACUGCCCUUUGCACCUUGGUUUUCGAACGUUUCAGAACUCAAACGGUCUUCCAGAACGAAUUACGUUCGAAAACUGAGGUACCGUCUGUGUGUGUGUGUGUGUGUGUUAGUUAUCACAUGCCCACUGCAAAUAACACAGGAUGGUGGCUCUCUUAAGAGAGGUAAUUGCAACAUUUCCACAUCAAAAGUAUAUACAUGGCAGAGUUUAUGAAUGCAGUCUCUCAUGCCUUCCAUAUACACACUGACAUACUACUGUGCUUGUUUCAAGAGUAAAAGGUAAAGAUAAAGGACCCCUGGAUGGUUAUGUCCAGUCAAAAGCGACUAUGGGGUGUGGCACUCAUCUCACUUUCAGGCUAAGGGAGCCGGUGUUUGUCAACAGACAGAUUUCCAGGUCAUGUUGCCAGCAUGACUAAACCGCUGCUGGUGCAACGGAACACCGUGACAGAAACCAGAGCGCACGGAAACGCCGUUUACCUUCCUGCCACAGUGCUACCUAUUUAUCUACUUGCACUGGCGUGCUUUCGAACCGCUAGGUUGGCAGAAGCUGGGACAGAGCAACGGGAGCUCACGCCGUCGUGCAGAUUUGAACUGCCGACCUUCUGCUCGGCAAGCCCAAGAGUCUCAGUGGUUUAGACCACAGCACCACCCACGUCCGUGUUGUAGGAAACUACAGCAGCCAUUUGUUGUCUCUAUGGUGAUGCAAUGCAUCUCUUAAGUGAGGCUUUUGUGGAGCAGGAAUUGGAGCAAGUGGGACCCUAGACUUUCAUCCAAUCCACUUUCAUUCCAUGAAAUUCCCUUUUAAGUGGUGAUGGUGGUGGUCUUAAAUUCCAGUAAGAGUGCCUAAAGAGUCUUCUGAUUGAAGACCUCUGUCUCUGUUCCGCAAAACAUGUCAGCCAUCUGCCAUGUAUAAAAAUAAGGAAAUGUGAAAAUACAUUUCACACUGAUUAGGCAAUGCAGCCCAGUGGCGGAGCUUCAUGUUCCGGCACUGGGGGGCAGAGAGCAGGCGGGGGCGGGGCUGCCACCCAGAGGGGCGUGGUGUGCGUCCUGGGGGCGUGGCACGUCGCUUGCAGGGGCGUGGCACCCAGCGCAGGCAGGGUGGCAGCUGCGAUGGCACCCUACUGGGAUUGUGCUGCCGGGGGCGGUGCGCUCCCCCCGCACUCCUCUUCCUCCGCCAAUGCUGCAGCCCAAACACUGAAAUGAGGACAGCAGCGAACUCUGGAGAACCUUGAGUUUUGCAGAACUAUUUAAAAAUCCUUUUUUAAAAAAAAUUAGCAAAAUAGUCCUCUACCCCUUUCCUUAAAAACACAAUAUAAUAGAGCAAGGAGUCAAUUGGUUUGGCUUGAACUCUGAAAUGAAGUACUCCUGUUACAAGGUGAGAAUGUACUGCAACAUUUCAUCUAUGUUCUAUAGCCAGAUUAAAUACCCUUUGACGCAGUAUGUUUCACUUCCAAGAGUCAUGCUUAGUUCAGAUGCUUCUCUUGAACUAACGGCAUUUGCCAUUAGUUACUCCUUUUACUCCCAGCCUGUUAUAAUGGACGAUACAAGUUCACCCAAGUACCCGGUAUAAAAGAUCCCUCAAACCACCCUCACUGAACCGGGUUUUUUGGUGGGUUGUAAACCACAGAGCCUAGGGCUUGCUGAUCAGAAGGUUGGCGGUUCGAAUCCCCGCGACGGGGUGAGCGCCCGUUGCUCGGUCCCUGCUCCUGCCAACCUAGCAGUUCGAAAGCACAUCAAUGUGCAAGUAGAUAAAUAGGUACUGCUCCGGCGGGAAGGUAAACGGCGUUUCUGUGCGCUGCUCUGGUUCUCCAGAAGCAGCUUAGUCAUGCUGGCCACAUGACCUGGAAGCUGUACGCUGGCUCCCUCGGCCAAUAAAGCGAGAUGAGCACCGCAACCCCAGAGUCAGCCAUGACUGGACCUAAUGGUCAGGGGUCCCUUUACCUUACCUUGUAUCUUAAUGCUGUGGAAACUGUAGCUCGUUAGCAAAUUGCCAGCCUGUGCAAAUUUGUGUUCUACUCUGGGAAAAUAUUGACCUUUUCUAUUAAAAUAUAUAUAUUAAUUUACCGGUGUCAACUCCACAUGUAAACUUGGCCGUUUAAAAGUGCUUGGGAAUGCAACCUAAAGGUUUUGUCCACUCAGCAAUUGUGGUGGCUGCAUUGUUCUGUCCAACUGCAUUAAAAUUGCACCUGAGGAGAGAGGUGCUCAACCAUGCCUAUUUGCUGUGAUGACGGCCUUCGGGGAGAGUAACAAUUUGGUUUUUAUUAAUAUCAGAUGUACUCUCGGAGUCGAAAGAGCUUGCUUGGGGAGGAGCAGUGGCUUCGUUUUAAGGCAGGCUCCUUUGUGUGCUGAAGGGCACACAUUAUAAGUCUCCAAUUAAAAGGAUCUCAGCAGACCCUGGAGAGCUGGCUGCUGGUUGGAACUGAUGCUACUGAACUCGAUGGAACCAAUGAGCCGACUCGGUACAAGGGAGCUAUCAAAAUAGCAUUUGUGCCCCCUUCCGAUUUGUGCCUGGAUUUGUAGAAGAAAUGAUUUGGGGUUUGUCUUUCAGCUUGGCACUAAUGCUCACACCGAUGCAAUGAUUGGUAGAACUUUAAAAAGCAUUGCCUGCUUAGUUACUCUAUGUCCAGUCCCAUGAUAAACAUUACUUUGCUUUUAAAGGGUCGUCUGGUUUUUUAGUACCCUGUGAAAGAAGAUUCCUCUCUUGUCUUCCGAAGCCCCAAAACUCACUGCUAAAGUUACCCACCUUAUUAUGUCUUCCUGGGACAGAGAGCUUUUUAUGGGAGGCCACAAUCUUUUUAAAGACAGUGUUUGCUAUUCCGUAGGUAAGCACAUGGGAAGCACAUUGGAAAUGUGACAGAAUGGUUACAUUGCUCAAAGAAUGUCGUUUAACCCGCACUGAACUUGCAGCACUGAAAUUUACUGAACCGGGGGAAGUCCCUAAUGGGUUAAUUGAAACAAGCGUGAAUACGUAUCUGAAGAGAUUUAAUGUUUGAUUCAUUCUUUGAAUUCUGGAGUGUCUUUUUCUUUCCUGUUAAAUGCUUUCACUUUUGCUCUCCUUUAAAGCCAUAUAGCCCGUCAGAAUGAUUUACGAGUGUGCCCCUACUUCGUUGGGCAUGGGAUAGGAUCUUACUUCCACGGUCACCCGGAAGUUUGGCAUCAUGGUAAGAACUUCCCUCCAUCAUCUGUUCAUGAGCCUUGCACUUAGUGUUCACAUGCAGGAGAUGUGCUCCUCCUUUCCAGCUUUAAAAAAGAAGAAGGGGGGGAAAUGCAAGUGGGAAAUAGUCUUAAAACAGCUAGUGUGGUGGCCUCCAAAUGUUGCUGGACUACAACUCCCAUCAGCCCAAAUUAGCAUGGCCAGUAGCCAGGAAUGAUGGAUGUUGUAGUCCAACCACAUUGGAAAAGCUGAAGUCUGCACUCGUCACGUCUGGCCCAAUUGCCACAAGCCUGCAUGUAUUAAAAGACACUGGGGAUUGCUUGCAGGAGUGUUCUUGAGGAGUAGUCUAAGACCCUUGAGCCCUGCCUCUUUUAUGCUGGGCCCUAUAUCUCCUACCCUUCCCUGCCCUUAUUUGUAUUCAUGUUUAUUUUGCAUAAAGGGACUCCCAGCCUUGCUGCAAAGCUCAGCGCUGGUGAGACCCCAGCCACCAGCCACCUAAAUGUGCUCAGAGACACCUGAUCUUGCAUCGAUACAUAUAAAUAGCAUGUGCCCAUUUUCAUAUUGGGUCUGUACCCUGAAUCUUUUUAAAUAUCUAGCAGCACCCCUGGCUGAGCGAGACUGUUAAAAUUACAACAACAAAACACAAACCCCGGAUGCAUUACUGAUCUCAACAGUUUCCGGAGUUGCAUUUUGUUUGAGGUUCUCCCUGUUAGGGUAUAGUUCCAUUCCACCUUAAAAGGGUACAGGCAUGACAUUUGUGUAUUACAUGCCUGUUUACUACCAGCUCUCGCUGGGAACUUCCGUUGAAUGCAGCAUGUGCAUGUGAUACACAAACGUCAUGCCUGUACCCUUUUAAGGUGGAAUGGAACUAUAUCCUAACACUCCCCACCUCCAAACAGACUCCAGUUCCCGUCAGCCACAGCCAACAUAAUCAGUAGCCAGGGAUUAUGGGAGUUUUACUCCAUAACAUCUGAUUUCUGAGUAUGCCCCCUGCUUGGUUGGCCAUGGGAUCAGAGCCGUCUUUCCCAUUGGUGUUAGUGGUUCGUUGCGCCAGGGCGCCAGCCUCUCAGGGGCGCCCUAGUGAGUGGGGGAGCUGCACAGCUUUGCCGGCAGCCUCCCCUUUCCCUGCAUGCCCACCAGCUGUGCCCCUGACAACUAUAUAGCUGGCGGGCAUGCAGCUUCCCUCCCCAGCCUCUGCAUCUGCUAAAGAUGGUCCUGGUCAUUGUCCUCCUCCUGCUUUGCAUCCCAACGCCAGAGAGCAUGACCACCAGCAUGUUUUCCUGCUUGAUCGCUGCCACCAUGCUGGGGAUCGGGGCAGUGGGAGAGGCAGAGGACAUUUUCCAUCACCCCCUCCCUUGUUUUGGAGUUGCCGGGGGGGGCGCCAGAUAUGCUUAAGAUGGCCCUGCAUGGGAUUGGAUCUUACUUCCACGGCCACCUGGAAGUUUGACAUCAUGGUAAGAAGGCCCUUCCAUUAGCUACCCCUGCUUUAGACUGAAGCGAUAUCUACUGUUGGGAGUUAGUUUGGUUGUGGGGGAUGUUGCAUGGUUCUUUUAAGAUCUUGACGUGUUGCAAGACUAUAGGGCAGCGUGGUCAACGUGCCUUCCAGAUAAUUGUUUGAUAACAACUCUCAUCAGCCCUAGCCAGCAUGACCAAUGAUUAGGAAUUGAAGUCCAAUAACAUUGGGACUACCCCAAGUCUCACUACCUUCUGGAAAACGUGGGCUGAAGGAUUUUCUUACGUAUAAAGUCAUCACGAUCUUUUACGGCACUGAAGCUGCUCGAGUCAGCAUUACCAUUCCCAUCUAUCGUUCUAAACAGGCUGAUGUGGAGAGUUUGCAGAGACAUGUUGAAUUCCCAAUGACCACAGCAUCAAGGGAGGACUUUGGGAUCACAGCUGAAACACACAGCUUUUGUGUUGCCCUUUGGAGGCUGCCCAUUGUUUAACUGAAAGCUGUGGCAGGGUGACAUUUCGAAGGCAGCGUAUUUAGCCUCCAUUUCUGCAGAUAGGACUUGAGUGUUUUGGUUGCAAACAGGGAGCCUUUCCUGGAGUGCCAGGCUGAAGUGCUUUUGCUCUCCCUGAUGCAUCUUCUGAAAUAAGCUGUUGCUUACAAAAGUUCGUGCCGCAACCAAUCUAUUGUUGGCAUCUGUCUGUCUCGAGAGACAAUGGAGUGCGCCUCCAGGGGUGAAGUCAGACCACUGUGUUAGCGGCACCAAAGUGACCUCCCCUGAGCGCAAGCCUGGGCAGUGUGUAUAGAGGUCCUGAGCUACCCAGAGAACAAGACUCCCUUCUCAGCCUCGCUGAUGUGGUCCAAAGGAAAGCAGAGCAAUAGGUUUGGCACCAGCUUGGCUGCAGGAGUUGCCAGAAGAAGGCAUGCAAACCACCAUCCAACUAUCUUAGGGACUCCACUCUCGAUUUAUGUAAGGUUUACUCCUUAGCCUUUUCUUCUCUGGAAGAUAUCUCACAAGGCAAGAGAUAUCAGAAUGUUCCUUCUCCAAGGUGGGCUAUCUUCCCAAGUGGAUGAGCCCCACCUGCCCCUUAUUUUCCUCUCCAUCACGUGCAGAAACUGCCUUCUUGACCAUUGGGCCCACUAUGGGCUAAGUUCACCCUUAACACUGGGCUCUCUGAAAUUAGAGUGGAGCUUUGAGAAUAAUCUGAAUUGACCCCUGCCCAGUAAUUCAGUAUCAUUUGACAAAUAAGAGCCAGGAUUUAGGGUCCAGGUGUGUUUGCUCUCCCCCCCCCCCAAGUAGACUCCGGUUCCUGUAGCUAUUGCCCUUAGAAUCACAGAGUUGGAAGAGGCCCCUUGACUUUUUUAGCUGAACUGAGAAAGGACGGCACAAGAUUUUCCAAGGUACCGCUUGUGAGAUUCUUACUGACGUUGGAGUAGUGGAAGAAGCAGAUCAGAAGCUCCAACUUUUCUUUGAUGCAGAGUGACACUCACUGCCUUUGUUGUGGUCUCCCCUCCAAAUAGAAUUGUGAAUCAACUUUGUGCAGCAGCAAAACCAUGCCCAGGGCUCAGUGUUGCUAAUAAAAGUCAACUCCUGGCAAUCGCCCCAACCUCACCCUUUUGGUUACAUAGGCACUUGGAAAGCAAAGAGCUAGGACAGAAGUGGGCAUGGGUGGGGGUUAGGAGGGGAACCCAGAAUUCGACCCUCACAAUCCAAAUUGAUAUCACACAAAGAGAGACAAAGAAGGGAGGAGAAGACAAUCUCAUGUUCCAGCAUUUUUGCACAUUGCUCCAGAGCAGGUCCUAUCGCUUUACAUACUUCCAGCUGAAGGUGCUGAGGGAGAAACCAGGUGUUGGUACAAUGAGAACCUACUGCAGGUGCAUUCUGGAUGUUGGACUUCAGAUCCCAUAAUCCAUGACUAUUGGGGCUGUGCUGGUGAGAGCUACAAUAUCUGGAGGGCUCCACAUUGGCUACCCCUGUUGUUAGGUAAAGGUACCCCUGCCCGUACGGGCCAGUCUUGCCAGACUCUAGGGUUGUGCGCUCAUCUCACUCUAUAGGCCGGGAGCCAGCGCUGUCCGCAGACACUUCCGGGUCACGUGGCCAGCGUGACAAGCUGCAUCUGGCGAGCCAGCGCAGCACACGGAACGCCGUUUACCUUCCCGCUGGUAAGCGGUCCCUAUUUAUCUACUUGCACCCGGGGGUGCUUUCGAACUGCUAGGUUGGCAGGCGCUGGGACCGAACAAUGGGAGCGCACCCCGCCACGGGGAUUCGAACCGCCGACCAUACGAUCGGCAAGUCCUAGGCGCUGAGGUUUUACCCACAUCGCCACCCGCGUCCCACCCCUGUUGUUAGUGCCUCCUUAUAAUUCAGAAAUGCUUCUGUUUGCUUUUGCUUUAAGGGAAACAAAACUUAGCAGUUGGACAAUGAUUGCUUUUGAUUUGAUUUGAUUUUUAAAAAAGAAAAAGUGUUUUUCCACCUUCAGUUUAAAAAAAUAAUAAUUCUGAAACAUGGUGAGGUGGGGUGGCUUUAAGUUAAAAACUCACAGAGUUGCAAAGCAGCCUGAAUUUAUUUUCUUCCUGAUCUCCUCUCCCCCCCCCCCCCACCUCUUUCUGCAUCACUGAAAUCCACCAGCUAACGGGGGUUAACUCUGCCUUUGGUGACCAGGUUUGCAACAACUGAAGGCUCGAAUUGGGCUGCAAUGUCUCGAAUUGGGAAUAAUUCGCUAUGUGGGCAGGAUGGAGAGCGAUUUGGACCUUUUUGAGGAAUGGGUGAGGUGUGCUUCGUUUUCAGGCCACCACUACCUCAAAUACUAAAAAGAAACUCUGCUCCCCAAAAAGGAUUGCAGAUAUACUCUACUGAGGGCGGGCGCGCAAUUUCCCCCUUGUAAUUGAAACGCUUCUUUUUUUCUCCACUCCACAGAGAACGAAAGCGAUUUGUUAAUGCAAGAGGGCAUGGCGUUCACAAUAGGUUAGUUGCGGUUUGUAUCGAAAAGGGGAGCCACCUUCUAUUCUAUUCGGAUUGACUCAAAAUCGCCAGGUUUCUGUUUUUGUUUUGAAGGCAUUCGGUGCGUUCCCCUGGCCCCGGUCUGCAUAGCUUGCUUGUUUGUACUGGAUAUAUGAUUUUUUAAAUUCCACCUCUCCCCACCCUCCAGUUUUCGCCCCGAUCCAGCCAGAGUGAGUUGCAACCAGUCACAACUGCUGUCGCACCCUCGGAGCCUCUUACUGUUAUCGAUGUGCGCGCAUUAAUCCUCGGAAGUAAAACGAAGUUUACGCAGCGCGUUGCUCCCCUGCCCAUAUAGAACCGCAGAACUAUAGAGUUAGAAAGGGGUCCCACAGGAUCAUCCACCCCAACCCCCCUGCGAUGCAGGAAUCUCAACUCCUUAAAGACCCUCCCAAGAAAGAGAGUUCACCACCACCUCCGGAGGAAGUCCCCCUUCCCUAGAUGAGUGUUUACCCUCCCAACAGCCCUGCAGAGUUGGUCGUUUCGACGGAAGUGCGUGGAACAAAUCAAGAGGGGGAGGGAGGAGGGGAAGAGAUGGAAAUUCCUCAGUCCAUCAAAAUGACAGAUGUGACUUGCGCUUUGGCAAGCCACGCGGUUUGAGGAGCUGGGUUUUCCGCAAGAGCACAAUCUAAAGUCUCUGUGCGUGUGUCCCCCACCCCCCAAAAAUGCAAUGUUAAUCACCCUUCUUUCUUUCUCUCUGGGAACGAUUAUGCCCUUUAUUGCAUACCCAGGAGCUGCUGCUUCCUCGUUUUGAGCUCUGCUGAGUUCUGAGUAGCCAGGCAGCAGCCCUCGCCUUGGCGACUGAGCUUCAUCCUAAAUACCAAUCAUAGGGGGCGAAGGGGGGAAAAAUGUGUUCCGCGCUCACGGUGCGCCUAAAUGGCGCGGCAAUUAGAGGAAAAUAAGAAAAUUGUUGUUUUGCUGAUUUAAUGAACAUUUUAAAGCCUGCUCUUAAAGGGGGGAAAAAAACAACAACUAAUAUUUCUAUCCUAUCUGCUGUUUGGAGGAGAGUGGCUGGCGCUUUGGCUGUUAUGAUCCAUGGGGAUCUUAAUUAAAGCUUGAUUAAAAUGCCCUUCUUCGCACUUUAAAAACAGAAGACACCCAAGUUCAAGCCUGAAGGUUGCCACUUUCUCCUCCUCAGUUCAGGGGCUGCUUUCUUUGGUUUUAUUUUUAGGCAGUUUCCAAUGAGGUGGGGGACGGGGAACGCACAGUAAAAAUAAAAUAUCGGGCAUUUUGUCUGGGUCCGGAAUAGAUUUGGCUUGCAGGCCAGUGGACAAACUUUUACCUCGUUUCUGUUUUAUUUUUGCUACAUGGCAGAACCAAUCCUCAUGGAAGGAUCUUACGAAUUUAAGAUCCUAAAGGACAAUUGGACCGCAGUAUCCGUGGACAAUAAAAGGUGCCUACUUUUCUUUUUUUUAAAAAAGUUGUAGUUUGUUGUUUAGUUUUAAAUCGGUUUUAUCUCUCUCUGGCUAGGGGAAAGAGCGGAAGCUGUCUCCUUGAGUGGUUUUCUUUCGAAAUUAUAUAUCUCUCCGCCAGUAAAUAAAGCUCGGUUACUCUUUGGCCCUUUGGCCACUUACUGCGUCUACUUGUGUGUUUCAGAUCGGCCCAGUUCGAGCACACCGUCGUUAUUACUUCGAGAGGAGCAGAAAUCCUGACCCAAGUAGCCGGGGAGAGUUAA